GGGCCGAGCGAGGCCGUGCCCAGGUUAGGCUGAGGUGGAGGCAUCGCUCCCUUCCAGCCGAGAGCGAGCGAGCGAGGGAGGGAGCGAGCAGCCUCCGCCGCCGCCGCCGCUGCUGCCGCCGCUGCCGCAGCUCCAUCCUCGCUCGGGAGCGCGGAUGGUGAGAGGGGCGGCUCGCCAGCCCCGCACCGGCCCGGCCUCCAGGUAAGCGACGCGUGGGAGGGGCCGAAGGUGGAGCGGGUGUGGGGUUGGUUGUGGGAAGCGUCCCUUCCAGCGAGGUUUUUUUUUGGCGUGUGUAAGAUGGGGGCGAUGGUGAGGGGCAGUGGGAUUUCUGGUGCAUUGGGGGCGUCUAGGUCGUGUGGACGUGGUGGGGCUGAGGAGGGGAAAGGGUGGUGCGGGGGGUUUUUUUGGGGAAAGGGCUUCCCGAUGCCUUGAGGGUCUGCUGGGAGCUUGUGGGGCGCAGGGCGUGUGGAAGUUGGGGGGCUGAGAAAGGGAGAUGGCGAGGGGUCCGAGGCAUGAGAAGGGUGAGCAUGGAUGGACUGGGAGUCGUCUGGGCAGGGACUGGGGCGCCGGAGUUGGGCAUGAGGAGGCUGGAGGAGAGAGUGGGCAUGGGGAGGGGUAUUGUGGGUAUGGGGAGGGCUUUGGGGGUAUGGGAGGGUCAUCUGAUUUGAGGGGUGUUGCCUAGUGGGAGGGGGUUAGAUACGUGAGAGUAAGGAGUGGAACAUUAUCAUGGGCUGUGGACUAUGUUAGGGGAUUGUAUGCUAACAUGGGGGGCAUGGGGAGGGGUCCAGGGUUACCAAAAGGAAGCUUGGGGUCUAUAGAGUGAAUGGCAAUUGAAGGCUGAGAUGGGGGGGGUUGGGGCAAAAGGGGUAUAGUGAGGAGUUUUGGGGUAUAAGAUGCGUGAGGGGCGAAGGGCUAUUGGAUGGAUUAAGGGUUGUCUUGGGAUGUGUGAAUUAGGGGUUGAGUUGGUUUGCGAGCUGUGCUGAGGGUUUAUAUGCUGGAGGGGCUUGGUUUAGGCAUGAACAGGGGUAAAGGAGUGAAGGAUAGGGGCAAUGAGAGAGGCCUUCACCUUGAGGGGCUGAGUUAUGAGGUGUCUGGAAAAAUGUGGGUUGAGGUGCAUGACUUGGGGGAGCAUGACUUGGGGGAGCAUGACUUGGGGUGAUGAGGUUCCUUUGAGGGGGGGUUGUGUGCGAGUUAGAAGUAAAAGAGUGUGGUAGGUUGAUGAUUGCAUUCCACUUUUUCCUAUGGCCCCAGGCAUAACAGGAACAUUGCCCCAAAAGGGUGGCUUAUGAGAGAAUAUGGCCCUCACAUUUGGAGUCUGUCUGCAGAAUUAGGAAGGGUUUGGGGUAUGAAGGGAUGUUGGUAGAGAAGUGAUGGGUUGGAGCCUAGGGAGAAUUGGGGGUUGAGGAGCCAAGGGUAGGAAGUGGGAGAAGGCACCAGAAGGGUUAGAGUUGUUUUAUGGGUUUGGGGUAUAAAGGGUGAGUAGAGACCGAAUUGAAAGGGAAGUACAUUUUUAAGGGGUUGAGGCUGCCUUGGAGGUUUGUUUGGGUUGUGUAAUAUUGGGAAUUAGAGAAGCAUGAGGGUGCUGGGAAGAGUUAGGGAGUUGGGGUAGAAAGGUAUGGGGGAGUGGGGCAAUGUGGUUAGUUCAGAGAUUUGUGGUAUGAGAACUCUGGAUAUGGGGGAGUGGGGUUGGAAGUUGGGGGCAGAGGUGUUUGAGGUGUUGGAAUAACUGUACAGUGAGGGAUUUGGAUUGAGAGUUUAAUGUUUGGGGUGUUGCUUGUAGGUGCACUGUAUGUGACAGGUGGAAUUUAUGCAAUGAAUUAUCCUGAAUUUGGGGUGCAGAGGAUAUAGACAGUUUGCUUUGUAGGAUGUUGUGGGAACAGGAGGCUUGGGAUGGGACCAUUGAAGAUACAGGCUUCAUGUGGAUGCUGGUGGUGUUGGUAAGGUGAUGGUCAAGAGAAAGAUUUGGGUCAUAGGUAUGGUUGGUGGGCUGUCGUUGACCUUGAAUAGGUGUAGGAUGGGUGCCAAGCUGUGGAGGAUACUGCUUUAGGUGUCAGUCUCAUUGGCCAAGGAACAGCUCAUCUUUGGGUGAAAGGUGUGUGACAUAUAUUGAGUGGAGGGAUAUUGUUGCACUGGGUGCAAGGUGAAGUGACCUAUGAAUAGGUGUGGGCACUGAUGGGUAAAGAGCUUGGAGUCCUCAAGAGGGGGUGGCAUGACUGUUACCCAGUGCCACCUGGAGCAAAGUCACUACAAAAUAGGGGCAAUGUUCUUGUGGGCUAGGAAAGGUGUAAGUGAUCUGUUCUUUGCUUCUGUGUGUAUAGGGAAGAAAAGACUCCAAAUAAGGGUGACACCUGUCUCAUGUGGGAGUCGUAAGAUCUCCUAAGGAGAGAAGCCUUUUGCUUUGCACCCAUUGAUCCCCAUUGCUCUCCAGUGCUUAAGAUGUCUUUGAAUGUAAUGUUCUGACAAACGCAGGCAAGUAUGUAAGCUGUGAUUGUGGAGGUGGCUGUUGAUGUGUGCUCGUCUUGGGUGGAGUGGGGUUGUCGUCCUGUCCUUGUUUGUCCCCGCAGCCCUCUGUCACUGCCUUCUCUCUCUCCCUGCCCCCGCUCCAGAACCACAGGCCUGGCAGAGAAGCCCCAUCGCAGACGCAAAAGCAGGUAAGAGGAUGGGCAUCUCUUUCCUCCAGACCCUUCCCCAAUUUAGUGCUGACAGAUUCAGUAGCCUCUAUUGAUCUUGCUUUCCCUGUUACUGUAGUAGUGCCUUUGUGUGUGUCUGUGUGUGUGUGUGUGUGUGUGUGUGUGUGUGUGGUGGUGGUGGAGGGGCACAGAAAAUAUGUUUGGGAUUGGUUUGAAAAAUUUAACUGAUAGGUGAACAGAUUCUGUUUAUUUUCCUGUUGCCGUUGCCCUGGAGAAGAUAAAGAUGGAACUGUACCCCUUGACUGGCUCUUAAUUCUAAACGGGGUUGUAACUGCAGAGAGAGAUUUUACUUAGUGCUAGUUACAGGAAGGUAAUUAAUUGCCUCACCCCUCAAAUCUUGAGGAGGAAUCUCUUAAGAGGGAACAAUCCAUCUUCUUGGAUGUAUGCUUCCCCCCCCCCCAAAAAAAAACACACUCAAGGGAGUGUGUUUCUCAGUGUUUAUGUACACUCAUUUCUGCAUCUCUCUUUGACUUAGAAGAGCCUUGUCUGGAAAUGUACACUGCAGUCAUAUUGGCUGCACUUCCUGUUGGCUUCCCAUUCUUCAGUCUAGGGUUUUAAUUUCUGUACCAAAGCAUCACUCCCUGGUGUGUAGCAUUGGGCUUAUUCCACAGGUUUUAUCUGCCCCCCCCUUUAAAAUACGUGUUGUAAACAGCCUCUGGCAUGUAAGACUCUUGAGUGUUCUGGAGUCUCCUUCCCCCCCUCCCCUUACCUACUGCUGGAAAAACAUACCUUCCACCCCAGUUACUGAAAUGACAUCAGCUCCUUGCAUGCAUGCAUGUGAAUCAACACUUCCUAUGUGAGCUCUCUGCUGAGCGCUGGUCUGCUGGCUGGCUGCACUCACAGACUUGCCCUUUUUGUUGGUGUCUGGAUUGCUUUGCAAAAGAAGAAGAAGAGAGGCAGCUGUGGGCAAUGGCUGAAAAAUAUUACCUGAAAAAAUUGUGUGUGAUGCAUGCUGUUGUGAACUGUGGUAGGAAAGUCUGUUGGGCAGUGUAUGCUGUGGAAAGGCUUCAGAAGUUUGCAACCCCCCUCCCCCCUAGUCUCUGCUAUUUGUCAGGAGACCUUGCCUUGCAUUCCUGGAGUGCUCUGCUAUAGCUGAAGAGCUUUAGGUAGCAGGUUUGUGUUCCCUCCCACCCCACCGCCAUUUGAGCAGGAUGCUCUCUCUCUGUAUCCACAAAGGUGUAGAAAGCAAAGGGAAUCCCGAAGGGUUUGCAGGUGUGUGUGUGUGUGUGAGAGAGAGAGAGAGAGAGAGAGAGAGCACACACACUGUGACUCCUCUGGAGGAGGCAGCAAUGGGGUGGGGGGAAAUGCAGUAGAUGCUUUUUGAAGGUUUUAUUAUUAAGCAGAUGUUUUGCAUGGAUUCCUAGCUGCCACUCUCCUUCUCUGGCUCCUUCACCCACCUCUGCUUGAUGGCAUUAUUAAUUCUACAAGUGGCUCGGGUUUCUGCAUCUUAUUUUCUUUCAAGUGUUUGCUGUGUAAUGUUACUAGCAGUUUUCCAGUACUGUCAGGUUGAAAAUUCUCUUUGGGCAAAAUUGUUAAGAUUAUGACUAUUGGGAGCUGUGCUGUGCUGGUGCUCCAAGAACUGAGAUGAACUUCCUGUAGUUUUGCAGGUGCAAUUUAUAGUUUUGAGGUUUGGGCCUAUUUACAUGUGGCCCAAGCAGAACUCCAAGAGGCCAUCUUGUGAAUUCUGUUGUGAAAAAAACAGAUUGCCCAGUGAAUUACAUGGGAAUGCAGGUAGGUCUGUGUUCUGGAGUUUUCCUAAGACACUGGGAUCUGUUUUUCUGUACCUGGUCAGGUUUCCCAUUCUGAAAUUUGUAUAUUGCCUGAUGUGCAAACUAAUUGAGCUUUUGUACAGCCUAAGAUCAUAAUCCUGAACCUCUGGCCAUGUAGCUCACCUGCAGUGCAUUAUAGGAUGUUGGUGGUGUGGAAAAUCUCAAUGGUAGAGCAAUAGUUAUAGAAUUGUAGAGUUGGAAGGGACCCGAAGGGUCAUCUAGUCCAACCCCCUGCAUUGCAGGAAUCUCAACUAAAGCAUCCCUGACAGAUGGCCAUACAACCUCUGUUUAAAAACCUCUAAGGAAGGAGAGUCCACCACCUCCCGAGGGAGUCUGUUCCAUUGUCAGUCAGCUUUUACUGUCAUAAAGUUCUUCCUGAUGUUUAAUCGGAAUCUUUUUUCUUGUAACUUGUAACUUCUUGAAGCCAUUGAUUCAUGUCCUACCCUUUGGAGCUGGAUAAAACAAGCUUGUUCUCUCUUCCAUGUGACAACCCUUAAGAUAUUUGAAGAUGGUUAUCAUAUCUCCCCUCAGUCUCCUUUUAUUCAGGCUAAAUUUACCAAUUAUUUCAACCAUUCCUCCUAAGGCUUUCUUUCCAGACCCUUGAUCAUCUGGUUGGGCUGACCAAAGCAGAAUAGAGUGGUACUAUCACUUGAUCUGGACACUAUACUUCUGUUGAUGCAGUCUAGAAUAGCAUUAGUAUUUUUUGCUGCUGCAUUACACUGUUGACUUAAGCUUGUGGUCCAUUAAGACUCCUAGAUCUGAUUCACAUGUAGUACUAGUAAGCCAGAAGUGUUAGAAACUGAGAUAGAAAAGCUAGGAGCCAAAUGGCUCCUGGAACCUGGGUUACAGGGGUAAAAGCACAAUGGCUAGUCACCCCCCCCCCAAUUGCAGCAGCACUUUCUAUUUAUUUUUUUGAAGCACAUAAACCAAUACACAAUUCAUAUCAGUGACAGGUUGUUAAUAAAACAUUUUUAAUAGCAGUUCUUAAUUUGACACCACAAACAUAAAUGGGGCUCAGCCUCAGCAAUAGUGGCUAACCGUAAGCAUUUAUAAAUACGUGUGUGUGUGAGAGAGAGAGAGAGAGCGCUCAAUAUGUGUCGCAGCUUCAGCAAGUACUGCAGUCACAGUUAAAUAUGCCUGUUAUAACCAAACUUCUUGGAAGAACAGGCCUAACAGCACAAUCCUAACCAUUUCUACACUGAAAUAGAUCUUCCUGAAAUAGAUCCAAGCAAAUGAGAUUGGGAUUCAUUAUUUUUGAGCAGUAGUCUCCAUUCACAAGAUAACUUUUUUUUUUUACUUUUUUUUUGCAGGACUGCCUAUAUACCCGAGCCUUCAAAAUUCUGUUACAUGAAAGGUUCUGGGUACCUGGGAUGCCACAUUUACUGUGGCAAACUAACUGUGUAAACGUUAGUGCAUUUUGCAGGCCUUCCUUUUAAUAUCCAGAAUCUGAGAAUCUCUUAAAACAUUAAAAGAUUAAUGUAAUCACCUUCCUCCCCCUCUCCCUUGAUGGGUGCCCAUGUCCUCUCAAGAGUGUUUUCUUGUCCCAGCCAAUGGGACAACGAGAUGUCAGACUUACUAAGUGGGUUUAAAUGUGUUAAGUUUUAAAAUGCCAUAAUAUUUCUACUAAAUAUUGGGGGAAGAAAGGAGGUCCCAAACCUCUCCCAAGGAGCCUUCCAGCACCUCAUUAUGUAAACAAGAAAGAAAUGUCCACAAACAAACAAAGUAAACUUAUUGUCAAAUAAAGUAAGCUGAAACCUGGUGCCUCAUUAACAGUGGAACAAAAGCAAAAAGAGACAGAGGGAGCAGUGGGUGUGGGUGGGCUGUAUGGCAGUUUGCUUUGUCUCCUGCUUAGGAUUUAAAUCUCCCCUCCUGCUCCCUACCCCCAAGAGAGCUUUGCAGGUUGUUUGUUUACUUGUGCAAACAGUCCACAUUGGAGUCUCUUUAGCACAUCAAAAGUCUUCAGGGGAGUAGCAUGGAAAAGCUCAGUUGCUCUCCUGCAGGGGAGAUUUAUUUCACUGGCGAACAAGGUGACUGCAAAUCUCAAUUUGGUUGCUAGAUGGCUCUCUCGAGUCGCAAAAAUGACUGGCGACUAGUUAAUUUCGAACAGUGUAAGCCAGGCGUCCCCCAUUGUAUAUUUGUGCAUCUGGUUCUUCCUGCCUAAGUAUAGAACCUUACAUUUGUCUCUAAUGAAAUUUAUUUUGUUACUUUGGGCCUAGUUCUCCAAUCUGUUAAAACCAUUUUGAAUCUUGAUUCUGUCUUCUGGGGCACUACCCCUCCCAGCUUGUUGUCAUUUGAUGAGCACCACCUCAAUUCCAUCAUUUAUAAAGAUGUUGAACAACAAUGGCGCCUAAAGGCGUAUAAUGAAGGCGCCAGGCGAACUUUGCUUAGGAGACCAUUCCACAGACGGGGAACCACUGCAGAGAAGGCACCUUGUCUACCUCCUCAAGCCUUACCAACUAAAACUAAUCCAACACAACAGGACUAGAUUGUGCUCCAGACAAAAGGCCCUGUACAACCUGGAAAAACUCUGCCGGAUUACAUAAUGAGAGUGCAAUGGAGGCAGCAAUAUAUGCCUUCUUUGCUGCCUUCACUGCCACUAGGUAGGCUGCAACACCCCACUUUACACUUCUUUCCAGGAUGACGAGGAACCAUUAGGGAGCACUCAUUGGGUUUGGUCAGACAGCCAGCUACAAAUCCACCUAACAGUUACCUCGUCUAACCCUCAUUUUACCAGCUUCCUUGGGACUCUGUCAAAAGCCUUAAUAAAGUCAAGAUACACUAUGUCCACAGAAUUCCCCUGAUCCACCAAGCUUGUAACUCCCAUCAAAAAAAGAAAUGAGAUUUGUGUGGUAUGACUUGUUUUUGAGAAACCCAUGCUGGGUUUUUGUAAUCCUUUUCUAAGAGCUCACAGACCAACUCUUGAAUUAUCUGUUCUAGGACCUUUCCUGGUAUCAAUGUCAAUCUCAUGGUUGGUAGUUACCUGAGUCUUCUUUUCUCUCCUUUUUGAAGAUGGGGACAAUAUUUGCUUGCCUCCAGUCCACAGGAACCUUCCCUGUUCUCCAAAAAUUCUCAACGAUUAUAAACAGAGGCUCUGAUAUUACAUCUGCAAGCCCCUUUAGUACCCUUGGGUGCAGAUCAUCAGGUCCUAGAGAUUUGAAUUCUUUGAAAGUAGCUGGGUGUUCCCUUACCACCUUUUUCUUGCUUGGGCUGCAGCUCCCUUUUUACAUCAUUUAUUCUGUUAUCACCAGGUUGGGCACUGCUUUCCUUUUGGGUGAAGACAGAGGUAAAGUAGGUAUUGAGCAGUUCCACCUUCUUUCUGUCACCCAAUAGCGUUUCUCCAUCUUCCCACACAGAGGACCUACUACUUGCUUGCUCUUCCUCUUGCUUUGAAUAUAGCCAAAGAAACUUAGUUAUUUUUAAUCUGUCUUGCAAGCCUCAGUUCAUUCUGAGUUUGGGCCUGCCUGACCUCCCUGCAGCUGUUGACUGCAGCUAUAUAUUUUUACUUGUUCUGCUGAGUGUAGAUUAGAAUUCAGUCUAAGGUGUAUACCAGGUGUGGGGAACCUUUGGCCCUCCAGAUGUUGCUGAUCUGUGGCUCAGGCAGGAGGGGUCCACCACUGGGUACUUUGCCUGGGCUCUCUCUACCCUAGAACUGUCCCAGAUAGUUUUCACCCAUGAUAGUCUUCACCCAUUGUGAGAAGGGUAGCCAGCUCGUUAUAUCUGGCCCUGUAGAACCAACUUAUCUGACACAUGACAACAAAGGAAGCUGCCUUUACAGUGGUACCUUGGGUUACAUACGCUUCAGGUUACAUACGCUUCAGGUUACAGACUCCUCUAACCCGUAAAUAGUACCUCGGGUUAAGAACUUUGCUUCAGGAUGAGAACAGAAAUCGUGCUCCGGCGGCAUGGCAGCAGCAAAAGGCCCUAUUAGCUAAAGUGGUGCUUCAGGUUAAGAACAGUUUCAGGUUAAGAACAGACCUCCAGAACGAAUAAAGUACUUAACCCGAGGUACCACUGUAUAAUGAGUCAAACCGUAAGUCCAUAUAGUUCAGUAUUGUCUACACUUAACUGUCAUUAGCUCUCCAGGGUGUCAGACGGGGUUCUCUCCUAGCCAUACCCUAAGAUACCAGGGAUUGAAUCUAUGAUCUUCUGUGUGCAAAUCAUGUGCUCUGUUGCUGCAUUUCAUUUAAAAAUAAAUCAAGAUUCUACUUCUCAAGGUUCUGAAUACAGAGGCUGAAUUAAACAGGAACGCUGGAAGCUGCCUUACACAGAGUCAGAUCUUUGGUCUAUCUAGCUCAGCAGUCUACACUGACUGGCAGUGGCUCUCAAAAUAUUUAAAACUGGGAUCUCUCCAAGCUCUAACUGGAUAUGUCAGGUUUGAACCUAUUUCCUUUUGCAUGCCAAAAACUAAGCUGCAAACUCUUCUUUAAACUGGCAGCCCUACAGCUUGUAAAUCAACCUGUGGUUUUAAAAACAACAACAACCAUUCCCCAUGCUUUCACAGGGAGAGGGUUAGUGGUGGUGUAUUUUUUCAAAACUUUUGAGAAAUUCCACACUUCAGUGAUACAUCGCUUUUGGGGUGUGUGGUAUGUAAUGCCUCGACCAGACCUGAGUUUGUGUAUUCUGAAACAGUGAAACCUUCCUUGCUAUUUGGCACCCCCCUUUUUUUUAACAGAGCCCAAGUACUCACUCUGGGCUAACAUUCAACGAGUGAAAUAUACUGUACUAUUGUCCUGGAAAAUAAAGUGGCAUCCAAUAAUAGAGCAGCUCACCAUCUUUGCCUUGGAGUCAGCAAGGAAAAGAAUAUUGUUGGUGUGAGGGGACUCAAAUACAUAUGCACUUUGAGCUUCCACAUUCUCAGGAAAAUUGUAUGUUUUGACUCCUGGAAGGAACAGCAUUUGUUCUUCAUUGGCAUACUCGUAGCUUUCCAUUCUCUAGACUGGGAAAGUUAACCUGCAAAGCCAAGAGAGAGAGAAAGAAAGGACAAACUCUCAUAUUCUCAUUAUUAAUAGACAAACAGGAACAUUAUGGCAAGGGUAUUUAGAGUUUCUCUAAAGAAUGUGCAAGAUUGAAACCUGUGGAUCUUUUGAUUUUUCUUCUUCACUGUCAUCUUUUUGUACCUUUAGGACUUCUCAUUUUGUUUCCCCAGCAUAUUACUAUUGAGUGCUCUCCUCUUUCCUGCUUCCCUUUAGAAGAGGGGUGGGGAACCCUGUGCCCACCAGGGGUUCAAAUAUUGCCUGUAAUUUCCUUCCCCAAAACACGCCUACUUGCCCCAUAUUUUAUGUGACAUCAGGUAUGAGGCAGGUGGAGCAACAGAUUCCUAUGUUCAACUGGGAGCCUUAAAGUGCAAAGUGCAGAUUGUGCAUUGGCAAAAGAAAGCAGGUUUCUGCUGCUCAGUUCCUAGGUGCCUGACAGCUGGGCUUGGUCCCUAGUGAAGGUCAACCAAAUGUCAGUGGCAUAUAGGGAACCACCCGAAGUUCUGCAUAAGCGGAUCUCAAUGGUUGAGGUGGAGCAUAAGGCACCAGACUAUCCUUAAGCUGCACUUGGGAUGAGACAGCUCAAGAUACUGAAGGGGGCUGCAUUUGACCCUGGGGCUUCCAGCUGCUGACUUCCAGUGCCAUCUUACUGCUGAUUUUAGCAGGCCAAAUCCAUGAGAGAUGCUCUUAGCUCUUAGCUAUCCUACAGGCAGAAACUGUCACUGUUGGAGACCUAGAGUGCAUUUUGUGACCCAAGAUAAACCUGAUUGUGUAAUGCUUGGAUCUUCACAUCUCUGACAGUGGCAUGAAUGAUUGGAAAUUCUCUAUGUUGCAUCUGCUUGCAGGGCAGAGUAGUGGCAAGAGAAAACUUUUUUUGGAAGUGAGAUAACUCUUCCUCCUUUAACCCCCACUGUCCAUCUGCUUGCCUUGGGUAAGUUGUUGCAAAGUAACUGACAUUUGAACUGAAAUAUCAAGUUAUUCUGGCAUUUGGUUCCAGCUCCUUCUAUCAGCUCUGCCAGAACUACAAAGGGUGGGAUCUGCUCUUGGCAGCAGCCAAGCAAAAAGGAGCCUUGUUUUGGCAACGAGGAAUUGAAGUGUGGUGUGUGUUUGUGUGUUCUUAUUCCAAUAAACUAAAAUCUGGAAGGAGAAGAGGUGGAAGCAUCCAGACGAGGAGCUAGUGGGCCAAUCCUAUCUGUGAGCACAUUUUCUUCCUUAUGAAUUUCCAAUUUUUUAAAAUGUAUGUGCUGCUUCCAUCUCUUUCUGGAGUAAAACCUGCUGCGGCUUUUUUCAGCAGCAAGAGUGCAGCUUUGGAACCGUCUUAUCAGGGUAAUAGUGGUAGGGCAGCUGCUUUGCAUCCAAAAGGUACCAGGUUCAAUUACCAGCAUCUCUCUGUACGACUGGGAAAGAACCCUCUCUGAAAUCUUUGAGAGCCGCUACUAGUCAGUGCAGACAGUACUGAGUUGGAUGGACCAAAGUCUUGACUCAGUGUAAGAGUGUAAGGCAGCAUUCUGCAGAACUAGAGCAGUCUUGUUUUUUGAACCAUUCACUGGUGAUCAAAAGUGACCAGGAAUUCCAUGUAGGCAAGUGAAAUCAGCUGCUGGUGGAGGGACAAAUUGCUUCAUUCCUCCUUUGCCAGCCUGCUUGAAUCUCCUUUCUGGGGAGGAGAACAGCCAGCUUUGGGCCGUUGGUUUGGAGUAAGAAAAGCUGUAAGCAGGCUAAAUCCUUUGAUUCCUCCAAGUCCACCUGCUCUUGCAAGUAAUUUCAAUCUCAUAUGGCAGCAGCAGCAAUGGGGGUGGGGGCAAACCCAAGCUUUGACAUUAUUUGCACUCCCAACAGCCUAUCUCCGCCUGACUCUGCCUUCGGUGGAAAAUGUGUUGGGUGGUCAAUUUUAUUCCUCCCUCCUGCCCCCAUGUCCAAUUCUUAACACCUUCUAAUUGCUGGAACCCUUGACAUCAGUACCAUGCUGUGCUUUGGAAUUCAAAGAAUGGGGGGGAGUGUCAGUUCCCCUGUCUCUCAAUCCAGUUAUACAUCAAAGGAAUGCAAUUGACAUUAUGCCUCUUCUCGAGAUCCACAUCAUAGAGCCAGUUUCCUCAAAACAGAGAGGUCAGAGUUCCAUUCCCCCACCCAGUGGUGUUAACUGCUCCAAAAAAGUAAUAAAAGGGAAACAUGCACAAUUCUUUAUCUCAAACCUGCCAACCAUUCCUUCGCCUAACACAAAUUCAUAAUGGAGACUUUAAAGUCAAUUCUUGUAUGUCUUAAGUUUUGGUGAGAUAUAUAGAUACCAAUGGUCUCCCCACGUAUCUUCAUAUUCCCAUAAGCAGGAGACAUUGGUGCUUCAUGUAUGAGACCUAACGGUUCCACUUCCAAGACUUAACCUUUGGCCUCUCUUCAUCUCCAAGGAGAUUUACCGAGGUUUAUUGCAGGGGUCAGCAAACUUUUUCAGCAGGGGCUGGUCCACUGUCCCUCAGACCUUGGGGGGGGGGGGGCUGGACUAUAUUUUUUUUGGGGGGUGAACAAAUUCCUAUGCCCCAUAAAUAACCCAUAGAUGCAUUUUAGAUAAAAGCACACGUUCUACUCCUGUAAAAACACGCUGAUUCCCAGACCAUCUCCACGGGCCAGAUUUAGAAUGAUUGGGUCAGAUCCAGCCCUGGGCCUUAGUUUGCCUUCCCAUGGUUUAGUGGCACCGGGGCAGGAACAUACGUACAUCCUUACCUAGAUGAUCUGCAACAUCAUGGUUUUCUUAAACCUAAAAAAGAGUUGCCUGGAACCUUUCAAUAUCUUUUCCACUUCCCAGAGAUGCAAACUUUUAUCAGGCUUCUAGCUGUUCCUAGUCUUGCCUUUAAUCUCUGGCAGCUCCCCUUGGAAUUAGGAUUUCAACCAUCAACACUAUCUAAUGAGUGAGGUCUCACUCCGGAGCUCCACCCACCGCAGGUUUUCACCUUUAGAUGAGCAAGCAAAGGAUCAAUUGAUCAAACCCUUACUAGCAAAUCUGCCAGGAAAAUCUGGUCUCCCAUAUUAAAUACCUUCUGGAGGAUAGGUCAAAUGAUAUUACACUGACCAUGGCAAAAUUUCUUUCGGAGGUCGCAAGAAUCAAAGACCAUCAUACUCUAGACAUAACUAAAUGACUACCUCGGUCUCUUUCGCCUGCUGGUUGGUUGUUUUAACUGUAUCUUGUUUUGAAACUGUUUUGUGGGUCUAUGGACCACAAUAAAUAUAUUUGAUUUGACUUUAGAUCAUUAGCAGUCUGAAUCAAGAGGUAUUGGUGUCUUUGAUCCAGCACUCACUGAAAUGGUGAGUGUCUCCCAUGCACCUGUCUAGAGGAAGUCCAUUUGUAGAACCAUAACAAACAAUGACAACUGAUGGCUCUUUGAGAGAUUGAGGAGUUCAUCUUGCAAGUCUUGGGGACUCUGGUCUCUGGCAGAAAGCUCUUGGCAUCAACCUUUUGAAAUUUCAAGUAGUGAAACUCUCCUUACGCCUCUCACAUUCUGUCUACUAGUGUCACAGAUGGAUUGGAUGCAAACGAAUGGUGGGAGGAACCAGCUGGGGAACCCCAAGGGAAGAAGGCUAAGAGCUCAGGGAUUGGUGGUGGGACAAUGAUGGUCAGAGGGAGAAGAGAGAGAAGACUUCUACUGGUCUCCCUGGCCUCUAAAGGGCUGGUGGCAAAGCUCUGCAGAACACUUCCCCUCCUCCCAAGUGAACAAGAGGGGAGGUGUUCUGCCACCUAGCUUUGCUGAUGGGUGGGAGGAGAACUGUUCUCUUGCCCAGUGGUGUGGUGCAGCUUUGUAGCAACUUCUCUUGAAGGGAGGAGCCAAUAGCAAAGCCCCACUGCUGGGGGGGGGGAUCUGGCAGUGGGAAGUUUUGCCUCAGGUGCUGAAAUGCCUAGGACCACCUUGCUAUUUGGCCCUCUGGACUCUUUCUAAGCAACACCUGCUCCCUUCUCCCCAGUCCAUACCCCUCCCCAGUCUUGCUUUGUUACCUACUUUGCAUGACUAGAAUGUGUCCCUGAACUCUGAUAAUGCUGCUUCCUUGCCUGGAGAACGUAGAGGGGUAUGUGAUAUUGUUGGCAUCUACAGUAUAUGUUUUGAGAGACAAUGGAGUGUGCCUCUGGGGGUGGUCAAACCACUGGAGAAUCACAGCGCCAGCUGUGACUGUAGAAACUGGUAACUUGUAGCAGUUGCCUCCUGCAUUGUUUCUGCAGUGUUAGCAGCACCAACAUUACCUUUCCAGAGCUUAAGCUUGGGCACUGUGUAUGGAGGUUUUGGGCUGCCCAGAGGACAAGACCCACCUCUUGGCCUCACUGAUGUGGUCCACAAGGAAGCAGAGCCAUACACUGGGCAACUGCUGGGGGGUGUAGAAAGAAACCUACUGUACAAAGGUGAAAUCAGUGUUCAUGUGGGUUGAAAAGGGUUCCCUGUCUUAGAACUAGCGUCAUUUAUUGCUGCUUGUCUGGGAAACCAGAAACCGACCAGACCCCUCUGCCUUGCCUUGUUCUAAGGCAGGCAUCCCCAAACUCGACCCUCCAGUUGUUUUGGGACUACAACUCCCAUCACCCCUGACCACAGGUCCUGUUAGCUAGUGAUGAUGGGAGUUGUAGUCCCAUAACAGCUGGAGGGCCGAGUUUGGGGAUGCCUGUUCUAAGGAUAGGAAUGAGGAACCUGUGGCCCUCCUGAUGUUGAUGGACUGCAGCAUACAUAAUCCCUGAUCUUGAUCUGUUAGCUGAAGACUGGUGGGAUUUGGAGUUCAGCAGCACCUGCAAGAUCACAGGCUUUCCCUCUCUGCCUUAAAACAUUUCAUUUCUCCUUAACCUGCAUUCUGCCCCCUUUGUGUGAGCACCGUUCAUUUGAACAGCCAGAGGCGACUAUGCACGGGCAAAACCAAGCAAACAAGGUUGAGUGGACGUCUUUGUAUCUAAAGUAUGUGAACUUGCUGCCAAAAUAAAUGCUACCUUGAAGUUUAUGCCUGGUGAGGGAGUCCAUUUCGACUUCUACUGUAAGAGCAGACCACAGUACAGUUGUACCUCGGCUCCCAAACGCCUUGGGAGUCAAACAUUCCGGCUCCCAAAUGAUCGAAAACUGGAAGUGAGUGUUUCAGUUUUUGAACGUUCUUUUGGAAGCUGAACAUCUGGCAGGGCUUCUGCAGCUUCUGAUUGACUGCAGGAGCUUCCUUCAGCCAAUCAGAAGCCACAAUUUGGAAGUCAAAUGUUUCAGAAGUUGAACGGGCUUCCGGGACAAAUUCUGUUCGACUUCCGAGGUAUGACUGUAUUCUGCUUUCCUGAGAUGUAGAAUAGGAUAGGGCAACAAAUACCUUGGUGGAACAGCAAGUAUUGGAUGUGUCCAUAAUUUGUGAUGGGUGGUGGUGGUGUUCACUCCAAAAAGUCCCAUGUUGCCCAUGUUGUGCUUUCAGGAUGGUGACCAAAAAUAAAAUAAAAUAAAAAAAUUAAAAUGAAGAGCAGUCCUAGUGGAUUAGACUAAAGUGGAUCAGACUGCCAAUGUUGCAGUCUGGAAUCAACCAUCCAGGUGACUUUACGAAGCUCAUGAGCAGGGUGAUAAGAUUAUAGUUUUCCCCUGGUCAUAUCUACCAUCUGGUAGUCAAGGGAACACUGCCUCUAAGCACUUAAUAAUAAUAAUAAUAAUAAAUAAUAAUAAAUUUUAUUUAUAUCCCGCCCUCCCCAGCCGAAGCCGGGCUCAGGGCGGCUAACAACAAUAAAACAGUACAAAAGUACAGCAUAAACAACAGUCUAAAAUCAUUCGUUAUAAAAUUAAUUAAUUCAAGCCACUGGCAACCAUUGGGCCAGAGCUCCGUGAAGAUUGCCGAGGGAGGGAGUCAGGCUGUGCCCUGGCCAAAGGCCUGGUGGAACAGCUCUGUCUUGCAGGCCCUGCGGAAAGAUGUCAAGUCCCGCAGGGCCCUGGUCUCUUGUGACAGAGUGUUCCACCAGAUCGGAGCCACAGCCGAAAAAGCCCUGGCUCUAGUUGAGGCCAGCCUAACUUCUCUGGGGCCUGGGACCUUCAAGAUCUUUUUAUUCGAAGACCGUAAGUUUCUCUGUGGGGCAUACCAGGAGAGGCGGUCCCGUAGGUACGAGGGUCCUAGGCCGUAUAGGGCUUUAAAGGUUAAAACCAGCACCGUAAACCUGAUCCUGUACUCCACCGGGAGCCAGUGCAGCUGGUAUAGCACCGGGUGAAUGUGAUCUCGCAGCGAAGACCUCGUAAGGAGUCUCGCUGCAGCAUUCUGCACCCGCUGGAGUUUCUGGGUCAGUCUCAGGGCAGCCCCACGUAGAGCGAGUUACAAUAAUCCAGUCUGGAGGUGACCGUCGCAUGGAUCACAGUGGCUAGGUCAGGGCGAGAGAGGUAAGGAGCCAACUGCUUAGCUUGGCGGAGAUGGAAAAAUGCCGCCUUUGUUAUAGCUGCAAUCUGCGCCUCCAUGGAAAGGGAGGUGUCGAAGAUUACACCCAAACUCUUAACGGACGGUGCUGGCACUAAUUGCGCCCCCGCAAGAGAUGGGAGUUGCCCCUCCAAUCCCAUAUCGCCCCGUCCCAGCCACAGGACCUCUGUCUUCGAAGGAUUUAGCUUCAACCGGCUCCCACGAAACCAUCCAGCCACAGCUUCCAAACAUCUAGUCAGUGUGUCUGGGGCCGAGUCAGGAUGGCCAUCCAUCAACAGAUAGAGUUGGGUGUCAUCGGCAUACUGAUGGCAACCCAGCCCAAAACUCCGAACAAGCUGGGCGAGGGAGCAUAAAGAUGUUGAAAAGCAUCGGGAGAGUAUCGCACCCUGAGGUACUCCACACACCAAGGAGUGGCGCGAUGACAAUUCCCCCCCAAGCGCCACCCUCUGUCCCCGACCAGAGAGAAACGAGCGCAGCCAUUGAAGGACUGUGCCCUGGAUCCCCACGUCGGCAAGGCGGUGGUCUAGAAGUUCGUGAUCGACCAUGUCGAAAGCUGCUGACAGAUCUAGAAGAAUCAGCAGCCCCGACCCGCCUCGAUCCAGCUGUCUACGAAGAUCAUCUGUUAGGGCAACCAGAGCCGUCUCGGUCCCAUGACCAGUGCGGAAGCCGGACUGGAAUGGAUCCAGAGCCGAUGUUUCAUCCAGAAAACCACCAAGCUGUUCAGCAACCGCUCUCUCAAUCACCUUACCCAGGAACGGAAGAUUCGAAACCGGGCGGUAAUUGGAUAGAUCUAAAGGAUCUAAUGAUGUUUUCUUUAAGAGCGGGCGCACCACUGCCUCCUUCAGUUCCCCUGGGAAUGUCCCGUGCCAAGGGACAAAUUGAUGAUAUCCCCCAGGAGGGCCCGCACCUCGUCUGGACACGCUCUAAUCAGCCAAGACGGGCACGGGUCGAGAGGACAGGUGGUGGGCUUUCCAGCUCGGAGGAGUCUGUCCACAUCGGCUGGGGAUAUCCGGUCGAAGUGGUCCAAUACUGGACCCGAGGACAGUCGAGGGGCCUCCAGUUCCUUUAUUGUAUCCAAAUUGGCAGGGAGGUCAUGGCGGAACAACAAGACCUUCUCCGCAAAAAAGCUCGCAAAUGCCUCACAGCUGUGUGUCAAAUUGUUAUUUAAAUUUGGCUGUCCCUCAAGGGACGUUAAAGACCUGAUUAUACUAAAUAAUUGCGCCGGGCGAGAGCUUGCGGAUGCAAUGGAGGCCGAGAAGUAUGACUUCUUAGCAGCCUUCACCGCCAUCUCGUAGGUUUUCAUAAAAGCCCUAUAAGAUGUUCUUGAGGCUCCGUCACGGGCACCCCGCCAUACUCGCUCUAGCCGUCUGAGGUCCCGCUUCAUUUUCCGGAGCUCCUCGGUAAACCAGGGAGCCCGGUUUCUGCGGGGUCGCAGAGGGCGCUUAGGUGCGAUCUCAUCGAUGGCUGCCAGGAGCUGGGUAUUCCAGCCCUCAACAAGCUCAGUCAAUGAGUCGCCAGAGGAGCAAGGUCCCGCAAGGCUUGGCGGAAUCUAUCAGGGUCCAUCAGCCUCUGCGGGCGAGCCCAAAUCGGCUCGCCACCUAAGCAGGGUGGGGGUGGAAAGUCAAUCCUGGCUUUCAGAGCGUAGUGAUCAGACCAUGGCACCUUCAUCGAAGGAGACAUGAUCACAUCUAUACCUACGCCAAAGAUCAAAUCCAGCGUGUGGCCUGCUUGAUGUGUGGGGCCCGAAACAAACUGGGAGAGCCCUAGUGUCGCCAUGGAAGACACCAGGUCCAGAGCCUGUGAGGAGGGAGUGGCAUCAGCAUGGAUGUUAAAGUCCCCCAAUACCAAUAGGUUAGGGAACUCCAAGGCCCAGCCGGCCACCGCCUCCAAUAGGCCUGACAGGGUGGCUGCUGGUGCGCUAGGUGGCCGGUACACCAGCCAGACAGCCAAGCUCUCCUCGGAGCCCCACACUAGGCCAACACAUUCAAUGCCGGGGAUCGAUGGCGAUGGUAGAGCCCUGAAAGGACAAUCUUCCCGGAUUAAUAAUGCCACCCCUCCCCCCCGGCCCACAGUCCGCGACUGGUGGAGGACGGAGAAACCUGGGGCGCCAUCUCUCGUAAGGUAACUGUUGCCCCUUCGCGCACCCAGGUCUCCGUCACACAAGCCAGGUCGACCCCCUGCGAGAUAAACAAAUCUCGCAGGGUGGCGGUUGUAGUGCCUAUAGACCUGGCAUUGCACAGCACCAGUGACGGAGGUGAGUAAUCCUUGCUCACCCUACCCUCGUCCCUUGGGAUGGGGCGCAGAUUGGAAGGGGUACGAGCGUAUCCAUAUCUCGAUCCCCUUCGCCUAUAACAUCUGCCCCCACCGCCAUACCUCCCUCGCCCCUCCACGGUAGCAAUCCCAGGCCUCAUGGUAGCCUCCAUUGAUGGCAUUCUUUCGCAGCCUAAAACAAUAAAACCUUAAAACAAUAAAAACAAAAAACAAAACAACCCAGAAAACAAUAAAACAAUACAAAUAAAAACUGCAAAAAUUACAAAUUCAUCAAAAUCUAACAAAUUCCCAAGCCCACCCAAACAUCCAUCCCACCCCCAUAUAUAAAAAAUCUAAAGGGAAAGGAAAAUAUUUAAUAAUAAUAAUAAUAAACAUGUUAAAAGAACUCUGCACCCCUCCGGGUCCUCCUGGGCAGUAGCAGCAUCAGUGGCAACAACCAUACUUGUGAAGCCCCACCCUGGGCCAGAUAGUAAGUGGCAGGAGCAGUCCUUGUGAGGCCUGCCAGGCCCCGCCCCAGGCCAGGUGGUAAGUGGCAAGAAGGAGCAGGGCCCUCAGGCACUCACCACAGGGAGUCUUCCUGGGCAGCAGAGCAGUCCUUGUGAGGCUUCAGGCCCCGCCCCAGGCCAGAUGGGAAGUGGCAAGAAGGGCAGGGCCCUCAGGCACUCACCACAGGGGAGUCUUCCUGGGCAGCAGAGCAGUCCUUGUGAGGCUUCAGGCCCCGCCCCGGCCAGAUGGGAAGUGGCAAGAAGGAGCAGGGCCCUCAGGCACUCACCACAGGGGAGUCUUCCUGGGCAGCAGAGCAGUCCUUGUGAGGCUUCAGGCCCCGCCCCAGGCCAGAUGGGAAGUGGCAAGAAGGAGCAGGGCCCUCAGGCACUCACCACAGGGAGUCUUCCUGGGCAGCAGAGCAGUCCUUGUGAGGCUUCAGGCCCCGCCCCAGGCCAGAUGGGAAGUGGCAAGAAGGAGCAGGGCCCUCAGGCACACACACACGGGACUCUACCUGGGCAGCAGAGCAGUCCUUGUGAGGCUUCAGGCCCCGCCCCAGGCCAGAUGGGAAGUGGCAAGAAGGGGCAGGGCCCUCAGGCACUCACCACAGGGGAGUCUUCCUGGGCAGCAGAGCAGUCCUUGUGAGGCUUCAGGCCCCGCCCCAGGCCAGAUGGGAAGUGGCAAGAAGGAGCAGGGCCCUCAGGCACUCACCACAGGGGAGUCUUCCUGGGCAGCAGAGCAGUCCUUGUGAGGCUUCAGGCCCCGCCCCAGGCCAGAUGGGAAGUGGCAAGAAGGAGCAGGGCCCUCAGGCACUCACCACAGGGAGUUUUCCUGGGCAGCAGAGCAGUCCUUGUGAGGCUUCAGGCCCCGCCCCAGGCCAGAUGGGAAGUGGCAAGAAGGGGCAGGGCCCUCAGGCACUCACCACAGGGGAGUCUUCCUGGGCAGCAGAGCAGUCCUUGUGAGGCUUCAGGCCCCGCCCCAGGCCAGAUGGGAAGUGGCAAGAAGGAGCAGGGCCCUCAGGCACUCACCACAUGGGAGUCUUAAUGGGCAGCAGAGCAGUCCUUGUGAGGCUUCAGGCCCCGCCCCAGGCCAGAUGGGAAGUGGCAAGAAGGAGCAGGGACCUCAGGCACUCACCACAGGGAGUCUUCCUGGGCAGCAGAGCAGUCCUUGUGAGGCUUCAGGCCCCGCCCCAGGCCAGAUGGGAAGUGGCAAGAAGGAGCAGGGCCCUCAGGCACUCACCACAGGGGAGUCUUCCUGGGCAGCAGAGCAGUCCUUGUGAGGCUUCAGGCCCCGCCCCAGGCCAGAUGGGAAGUGGCAAGAAGGAGCAGGGCCCUCAGGCACUCACCACAGGGGAGUCUUCCUGGGCAGCAGAGCAGUCCUUGUGAGGCUUCAGGCCCCGCCCCAGGCCAGAUGGGAAGUGGCAAGAAGGAGCAGGGCCCUCAGGCACUCACCACAGGGGAGAGUCACUUAGCCAUGAAAACAUAAAUGAGAGAAAACAGUUAUCAUAGAUUUGCACAGAAGACAUGGAAUAGGUUGCAAGGGAAGUGUUAUGUUUCAACUGCCUUAGCCACUAUUGUGUGUUAUAAUAAGCCAUGUAGCUUGGCUUAAUAAACCAAGUGCCCAGUCACUCCUGACUGACUCUGCUUUUGUCAGAAGUGAGUAAAUGCACUGAUAAUUUCAUUGUGUCCGAACCUGGGGUUGUAGUUGGUUCCUCCUUAACUAGCCCCUGUCUAUUAGCUAUUGGUAAACCAUAGUUUUCAGUCUUGCUAACAGUCGUAACCUACUAGAGAGAAAGUAACCACUGGUCUGGGUUUGGGUGCAGCACUAAGCUAACUCCUUUCCUCCAAGAGAAGAGUGAAACAGGAUCAGUUGGACUGAGUACAUUAGCACGGAGACCUGUGCACAGUAUGGUUUAUCACACCAAUCUUCUUGGCUCACUGUUAUGUGCAAAUGCAGCCAUUGACAGAUUAGAGGUGGUGGUGUAUUGCUUUGCAGCAUGUGUGAGUGGGUGAGGGGGAAUGCAUGGAUUUGCCAACAUGACUACAAACCUCCUUGCAUCUAGGUCAGAUAUUUGAUCCCCAAUAUAGAUUCUGAGAUGUAUAGCCAUAUGUAUACAGCUUUCUUGUGCAAACCAUGAAAGCUCAUUUAAUUUGCAUAGUGGGAGGAUUAGUUAUAUUGGUAUCAAACCUGUAUGUAUUUGUAUUAUAUCCUGCUUUUCCUCCAUAGAACAGAGUAACUCUCUCACCUGUAUGGAAGAGGUUUGGCAGAGAGGGAUAUACCCAAAACUAUUUGGAGAGCUUUUUUAGCAGCGUAGAUCUUGGAGCCUCUGAAAUCAUAUUUGCAUGGGCCUUGUUAUUCUCUGGUCUGGUACAGAUGAAACCCUGAUUGAUCUCUCUCUUAACCAUGGUUGGACAGACUGUCCAGAGCUAGUUUUAAUUGUGUGUCUAGCUUGAGUGAGUUUGUUCCUCCCAGAGGACUGCCUUCUGAAGAAGCAAGAAUUAGACCUGUCACUCCAAUGCUCUCCAGGAACUUGGCUCUUCCUAGGGAUGCAUUUCCUGACUGCUCAAUGCAAGGGGGCAGGACUUGGCUCUGCUCUGAGUGAAACUGGCAUCUUGCCACCUCAUGUGCAGCAAAAGGAGUUGGCUGCCUUCCUCUAUUCUGCAACUUGGAGACAAUCUGGCACAGUGAGCCUCAACUGCUGGGGUUUCUACAGUCCUGGCCAGUCAGUCUUGAGUACAAGCAUAAUUAUUGUUUUCCAUUACUAUUUAUUUAUACAAAUAUUUAUAUAUUGCCAUAUCAUAAAACAUAAAAGCAGUGUGCACUGUUAAAACAAUAUUUUUUUUAAAAGUGCUGAUAAUCAUAAAGGCAACUGACUGUUUCCAGGUGUUCUUGUGCCUAACUGGGGGUUACUGCUUGCUAGGGCUGGGCAAUGUCUGGUUUUCAACAUUGUGACAUAUCUCCAGCUAAAUAUUAUGAUAUACUGAUGUAUCACGAUGUCUGAAAUAAGGAUAGAGCUAUGUGGAAGCAUUGGCUGGCUUCAAAGUUUUUCUUGCAUGGUGAGUUUUGCCUACACCUGCUCUUGUGAUUCACUGCCCCCUGCAGGAAGCAGGGGAGAGUUGAGCUGGCUGAGUUAACAGGGGCUGCAGGAAUUGAGAGAUGCAUUGGAUGGCUUCACAGUGUUUUCCACAUUGUGAUUUUUGCAUUGCACACACCCACCCCAUGAUUUGCGAUAUAUUGCCAGGUCAAAAAUUAUGAAACUGAUAUCACAAAUGGACUUCAAAUCGACAAUAUAUCAAUAUAUGGCCCAGCUCUACUGCUUGCUAUUUAUUUUAUUUCUUAUUACCAUGAUUUUUGUCCUGAAAUUUCACUUUAGGCAAAGUCCGGUGGCUUUACUACUCCCUGGGUCUCCCCCCCCCCCCCCACUUUUCCACCCUUCACACGUGCAUUUGUGCAUGUACACACAGAGCUCUACCUCUGGCCUCUGUUUUUUUUACUUGAAAUAAACCCUUGGCACAGGACAGGAGAGAUGUCCACCUCUCAUUUCUUGUUAUGGGAAGUUGAAUUGACUUCCAGCUGCCUGUCUGGGUAAUUGGGAAGUUGAUCACUCAGUGACUGAAUCAAUGGCAACUUCAGUUUAAAAGAAAACAAAAGAAAGAAGAACUGAUUAAGUUGGCGUCAAGACUGCCAUAGUGAUGUUGGUAGUCUUUGGCUUUUGUAUGUGGACUGGACAAGAGGUCGUGAACUGUGCUGAAAGAGGAAGCACUGAGGGUGGUGGUUGGACAAAUGCAGAAUUAACUGAUGGAGGCAGCAGCACCUCAAACAUAAGUGGGAGAGGAGGUGGCAUUGUCUUUCUCUGAUUUGUUGCUGUUCUCCUUCAGCUAGUGGGUUGGGAGUUGAGUUGUGAGGUGGGCUUAAAAGUGAGCUGCAGCAGUUCUGUUGCCACUACCACUGCUGUCUCCUUUCCUUGGUUUAGGAGUGGAAGAGACUGAGGCUCCACCUGCACAAUCCAAUUUAAAGCACCAUCAUACGACUUUAAGCCUGGGAAGUGUAGUUUGUAAAGGAUGCCAAGAGUUGUUAGGAGGCCCCUCUUCUCUUCACAGAGCUACAAUUCCCAAAGUUUCUUUGGAAAAGGAAUUGGUCAUUUAACCUCUGAGAAUUGUAACUCUGUGAGGGGAAGAGAGGUCUCCUAACAACUCUCCACAUCCUUAACAAAUUACACUUCCCAGGAUUCUUUGGGGAAAACCAUGUCUGUUUAAAGUGGUAUGCUCUGCUACAGAUUAAUAGUGCAGAAGGGGCCAAAGGGAGUAACCAGAUAUCCAAGCAAAGCAUGUGCAUUACUGUAGAGCUGUGGUUCCUUGCUAGAGGUGGUUGUUUUCACAUUGGUAGACUCCUUCCCUUUUAGUGUCAUUGCAACCACAUCAUUACUGCACUGCAUCAUGAGUCUCAGCUGGUUCACAAAAAUGCUUCUUCAUGGACCUGAAUGCAUGCACUCCUGUUCAGGUUGGGCCUCUGAGGAGGGGGACCAUCAUCUCACUUCGGUCAAGCUACCAAUGUGAGUCUGGAGCUGCCCUGAAACUCUGUUUGGAUCUCAGAAUGGAGUUCCUCUUUUAGUCUCUAUGCUAGUCCCGCCCAACUUUGGUUGUUGUGAGAGAGUAGCUAAUUUUAAAAAUACAUUCUCCUGUACACAUACAAUUUUCCAUGUGGGUGAUUAGAGGAAAAUAAUUAUUAGGAUGUUGGUUCUUUGUAAUUAUAACAACAGAGAGUCUCCAUGACACUGUCGUGGUGGUAGCAACAUCUUCGCUUCGCCAAGGAGUUAAGCAGGAAAAAGAAAAAUGCUGUGCCAGUGUGGAGCUGUCUGUUGCUGUUCUAUCAGUGGAUUGAACUUGCUGCAGGAUGGUGAUGUGGUAAGAAGAUGAAAUGGGAUGUAUGUUUGUUCUUUGAGUGACCAAAUUUGAGGCCUCUUACAGUUGCUAAAUCAGAAGGAGCAGUUGAAACAGUUACAACAACAUCAGUAACCUCUGAAGACAGUGGACUUCUUUUUUUCUUUUUACAUCGCAGAGCAUUCAACAGUUGCUCCUGCCACCAGGAACGGGCAAGAGCUGCAGACUAUCCAGCUGCCCAAGUGUGGAGAGAGUGCAUCUUCUAGGGAACAAAUACACAUGGUGUCAUUUGGGCAUAGUUUCUUAAGUUGUGCACUUCUGGUGUGAGUAGAUAAGUAUUUGCCACUGAGGAUGCCAUGGAAUAUUCAAAGAAAAGCAUCUGAAAUAGCUGCAGCAGCAGUAACAUCUAUGUUGGUGGCGGGAAUUUCAAGUCCUAGGAGCUAAAUGCAAUGCCUCAGACUUUUCCGUAUAGCCCUUGGAAGUCUCUGGAAUGCCUCUUUAGGAUUCCUCUUUUAACAUCUGGCUGAAGCAUUCUACACUUGAUUUUCUACUUGAUUGCCCUUCACCUCUUUCAUCAAUUGCUCUGUGGGUUACAAAUGCAAACCAAAUCCCAGGUAGACAUGUCUGCACCUUUCACUGGUUCUUGCUCUGAAGGCAAGCUGCAAUAUAACUGUAAAUCUCCCUUGACCUGUUCUCGUUCCCCCUUGCCAUUUAAACACUGUGGGGGUCUUAAGAGCUCUGUCAAGGACCCUUGAUAGGAUUAGCCUCUCCUGUAUAGUAAUGUUGAGUCCAAAUCAUGUUGCUAUAUGCUGAAGCAAUUUAUGGGUGAGGGAGAGAGAAACCAGCUAGUGUAACAUGCAUAUGGAAUAAAAGGAAUGGUGCCUGUAAUUAUAUCCUUCCGCCCAACUGUCUUUCUCGGCAUGUCAGGAUUGAAAUGCUGGCAGUUUCAGUAAAUGCAGAGAGACCUUCCCUUUGGUCACUUUGUCGUAGGUGAAAUGUAUUGAGGUUCAGUUAGGUUUAUGGGGGGCAGCUUCUUUCUUUAAAAAGACCCAAUGAAGCUUCAUAUAUUUCUUAGCUCAUAUCUGCACUGCAGUUUAAUCCUGGUUGAUCUCAUUGCUUUGCCUGGUUUAUUGAUUUAUUAACAAAACUUCAUUGGUUUUUAUACAGAUAUAAAUACAGGAACCAUUAAGCACCAUCUAGCAGUACAUCUAAUGGUGUUUGUUUUAUCCAUUGACUCUAGACAUAAAUGUUGGCAUUCAGCAUUCAAACAUAUUACUUUUUUAUUUUAUAUUUCAGUCUGGUUCUUCUAACGUUGAUCUAUUGUUGGUCAUGCUGUGGUCAGUAAGAAGCCUACUAGUUCUCUGUGGUGCAGGGUGGAGUUGAAUUCAGUGUCCAAAGAUAGUAGGGCUAAGGCAGGAUUUGGAGAAAGGGGUUGGCUUGUAAUUUCAGAUAUAAGUGACAAUACUCUAUUCCAAAAGUUUUUUAACAUGGGGGCAUUCCCACCAACUAAGAAAAAAUGUCCCAAGAUUUCCACGGUCCUUCCAAUAUGAAAGGGAGGAAUUAAUUUGUGCCAGCCUGAUUGGUGUCCAGUGCCAAUGGAGGAUGUCCUUGAGCAAGUCUUCCUGCAAGGAGCAGAGAUUUGGGGGUGGGGGUCCAAAUACCUUUCCAUUUGUGAUCUUCAACUGGAUGGCCUAAAUCUGAUUUUCAUACAGUUAUAAGGCCUCUAUCACCCCCUGCUUCAUGAUCUAAUACAGGGGUCGACAAGAUUUAGCUCACCUGGGCCGGUUCACUCCAGUGGAGAUCCCUCCGUGGGCUGGAUUGCACGCAUGUGUGAGUGGGCGCGCCCACAAUAACAUCUGCAUCCAGAUGUAAUUUCUGGCGUCUGCGUCUGCGCAGACGCGAUUUCCGGUGCUGCAAAAGCGAGUCCGCACACCGUGCUGUGCCAGUUUAGCGCAGCAUGCGGGGACUCACUGAGCGGGUGGCUUGGUUUGGGGGCGGCUCGUGGGCCAGUUAAACAACCCCCGUGGGCCACUUAUGGCCCAUGGGCCUUAGGUUGCCGACCCCUCAUCUAAUAGAUUGCUGUAUGUUAGGAAAGCAGCACCCUUCAGGUCAUAUGGUUGUUUGUGGUGCUUGAGAUGGGAAGAGGCGCUGGGGAGGGUCAUCUGCUGCUUGGAGCUAGAGCUCGUUGAGCACGUUGUCAGCUUGGUUGUUAUUACUCACAACCCAGGUUCUGCCUUUCUGCUGGACUAUCAACGUAAAAGGGAAGCCCCAGUGAUAAGCUAUGCCCACUUCUUUUAGUACCGAUGUUUAAGGCCAGAGAGCACCCUACCAUCUCUGUGUGGCUGGGCUGAUGUCCUGGAAUAUUUCAAUGGUGGCUUCACUGUACUUUAUGUUUUUAACAUUCUGUAGUGCUUUGUAAAUUGAGUCUUUGAGCCUAUAGUGUUCAAAGCAAAUUACCACAUUUCUCAGGGCUUCCCCAGUUCUGCUUCUGCCUCCUGGAACCCGAUGAGCUCUUUCUGUGUCAUUGGGGGACAGUGGUAUGUUUAUAUUCAGAGAUAGUAUCCAAUCAGUAAUGAAUUGAACCAUGCCCCCCGCUUCCUGGUUCUCCAGUAGGUUUGUAGACUAUUUCCCCCCUCAAAUCCUUGUCCAAUUGCUCUUCCAGCUUCAUAGCUAAAUCUUCAGUCAUCAUUUGUAAGAGCUGGAUCUCAGACUGAUUGGUUAGAGCAAGAUUGUGUGCAUCAUUUGCUGUUUUAGAAAUAUCUGGUAGCUGGUUAGAUAGCACAUCAAAUUUCUGCUCAAGCAGAGCUAGGGCUGCCCCCCAGUCUAAGGCUAGUGCCUUUUUUAAAUUUAUGUACUCAUCUGAAUCUCCGUCCUCCUCUAUUGUGGCAGAUACUCUCCUGCCUUUUGGAGUCCUCAUAUUGCCUUUGGUCAUGUCAGUGUCUGAGGCCUCCUCUGAAGCCUCAGACAGAGCUCCAUCUAUUUCUUCCUGAAAAUCUAACCUUGCAGAUUUACUUUUAGGUCCCUGUAUUCCUUGUAUCGGACGCGGGUGGCGCUGUGGGUUAAACCACAGAGCCUAGGACUUGCCAAUUAGAAGGUCAGCAGUUCAGUCCCUGCUCCUGCCAACCUAGCAGUUCGAAAGCAUGUCAAAGUGCAAAUAGAUAAAUAGGUACCGCUCCGGUGGGAAGGUAAACGGCGUUUCCAUGCACUGCUCUGGUUUGCCAGAAGCGGCUUAGUCAUGCUGGCCACAUGACCCGGAAGCUGUACGCCGGCUCCCUCGGCCAAUAAAGCCGAUGUCAAUAGGAUCCACUCUGCUUAGAUUUUGUCCUGGGGGGAUUGGGGACACAGUCUUAUGCCCUCAUUUACCUUUCCAGCUAGCCAUGCCCCCCCCCAUUUAUUUGUUUCUUUAAAAUAAUAGACACCCACCCACCUAUUUCCACCAAUGAUUUCAUUGCUGGGAUUGUAGCAGUACCUGAAUUGAACUGUGUGUCCUAUGAUCUGGAAUCCUGCAUGAGUUUGGGCAGGUGCACCUGACAUGGAGAAAUGAUUAUGGGAGGUGAAAACUAUGUCUCUAUCUUACCCCAGCUCCUCUGCAAAAAUGCAACCUUACACACUUGUGCAACCCCUUGCAACGUGUCGUUUGCACCUCUGCACACCGGUGUAUUGCUCUGAAAGGGUAUGUGCCUUAUUUGUGGUAUAAUGCUGCAGAGUGGUGAGCCAGUUAUCCCCAACUUAAAGGAAUAUAAAUGGCUAAUUCUGUUGCUGCAGAUCUGCCCUUUUCAAAAUAAGUUGCAUUUAUUGUGUUUUAGUAUUUAGAAAUAGAAGUCUUGAAAGGGAGGAACUCACUGUAUGAGGGGUUUUGUAUAUAAAAUUGUAAUGUCUCUACAGGUGUUGGGGUACACAGAAGAGAGGGGGAAGAGAAAGAAAAGAAAGAAAGAAAGAAAGAAAGAGACUGUCAAAGCAAAUGACAAGUGGAAGGAAUAGCCUUCUAAAAUGAAUAGAAUUAAUAGCUACUUAUUUCUUGGAAUAUAUGCGCAAAGGCUGACUGGGGCUCUGGUGAGGCCUAGUCUUGUUCUUGCUGUCUUAAUUGGGCUCUGUUGUUUGCCUCUAACCACCAGCCAUCAGCUGCUAUUAAAUGCUAAAAAUAACAAGGCAUUUCAUUUACACCCCCUUAUGGUUCUCUGAUUUCUGAUGCCUUGCAUGUAUCUUCUUUUCACAAUCUGGCAUUGUGCUGCUCUUUGGUUGAAGCUUUAGGAUGGCCACACUUCAUAUUUUAUUGAUAUUUGCUCAUAGUGGUGGCAUUCAGACUCUCUGGGUGGUAUUCAGUGUAGCGUGAAGUAAGUAGAUCUGUUAGCACAAAGAAACAUGUUUGUGCAACAGAACUUCCCCCCCUCUCCUUCACCUAUAUUUCUCUCCCAUAUCUGUUUUGUGUCUGGACCUAACCCUUUGGAGCAGGUUCGAAAAGAGUGGGAGGCCCAGUGGGAGACAUUCUGUUGCACAAGCACAAAUCUUUAGAGGACUAUUUUCACAUCUGCUGUGGGGAUCCUGUAUUUUGGGGAGGAUUCUGUAGUAUCUCUACAGCAGGGGUGGAGCUUCUUUUUUGGCCUGAGGGUGGUACUGCCCAGCUCCUAAGGUGCACAUGCACACAUGCUUCUAGCAUCUACGUAGCUGACAUUAACUUUUCCAGUUUUGUGCCUGAUGGAGCAGUGGAAACAUAAGCCUCUCCCCCAGGCUUAUGUCCCUCAUCUGGUGGUGUUCACAUGCAACCUGAGACUUCUCCUGCAUGGAGGUCAUCUCAGCACUUCCCUCUUCAAGCCCAUUCUGGUUCUAGGAGACAGCAGGGAAGAGGGCAGUGGGGAUUUGGCUGGCCUGCCCCUUACCUGAACAGCCUAUUUCUGCAUCCCUACCUCUGUCUCUGACUACUCAAACCCUUCCCCCUCCCUCCCCUUGCUGCCCAUAAAUCACUGGAUCUCUCUCAUGGGUCAGCUUCCUGCCCACUGCCUCCAUCACAAACUUGUCAAGGCCUUGCCAGUUGCCCUCCCACCGUGAUAUAAGAUCUGUCUAAUUUGCAUAUUCCUGCCUGUUGAGUAACUGGGAGGGACAGCCCAUCUGUGGAUUCCCUCCAUCCCCAAUGAAGGUACCAUGAAGGUCCAUUGUCACAUUUUCUCCAAGUUUUCUGCUAUCACCACCACAGCUAAAUUGGGCUAUGGGCCUGUGGAAGGCCACUCUGGAAGGUUCGGUGGGCUAGAUUAGGUCAUUAGUAAGGGCUGGGGUUCCCUGCUUCUGGUUUAGGGCAUACUUUCAGUUCGUGUAGGAUACUUGCACUUCUUGGGAAUUGCUCCUGCCCUGCAUGAAUGGAGUGCAAUCUAGGGCAUGCUUCAUGCGCCCCAGCAGGUGAGGAAGAUCUGUAGGGGCAGGCAAGCUGUCUUUAGGGAAGUUUGUUUGGCGUUACUGAUCCUCUUACUGAGGAGCUGAUAAGAUUCCCUGGAACACAGUUUGAAAAACGGCUGGCUUAUAUAAACAUUAAAUGUGCAUCCCCUGCAGAUCUGCAUUGCUUCGUGCCACAAAGGAACUUCAGAGCUCGGCAGAAAACUGUGAACCGCCUCAUGCAGCAAAAUGACUAUAACCAAAAAUAUAAAGAAGUUGACACACUUUCCUUAAGCUCUCAGCUGACUUGCUGGCACCGAAGGUAGCUCACUGGGAGACAAUCUGCCUUGCAUGCAGAAGGUCCCAGGUUCAGGAAGAAAACAAUAUCUGAAAUCCUGGAGGGCUGCUGCCAUUCUGCAUUGACAAAAUGGAGCUAGAUGGUCUGACUUGAUAUAAGGCAGCUCCCCAUAUUGCUAUAUUGGGCCUAGAUAUGGGAAGGCCUGGAAAAAAACCGGAAACAUGGGGGUGGACACACAGGGUUUUCCCCAUUUUUUCCCCGAAGCCGUUGGAAAAAAACCUGCCCGUUUUUUUUAAAACCAGUAUUUUUACCAGCCCCCCCCCCCAGGCCUUCUCAUCUCUAAAAUUUUGGCCUGUAGCGGAGAGCCCCCAUGAAUUCAGAGCUGGAUGGAGUGGCAGAUAUCGCUAGAGUAGCUCCUAGCCAAAGCAAGGGAGGUGGCACUCUUCAAGUGGGUGGCCAGAGGUAGAUGUAUAGCCAGGUGUCCAGUUAAACUCAGUAGUGGAAAGAGGUGUGUCCAUGAGACUAACAGCUGAAACCACAGAUAGGAAGUAGAUAGGAUCAGGUACUCCCAAGGAACAGCAGGUUGCUCUCUAGAAAGGCUAGAGACCUGUAUACAAGGUAGUAUGUUGCUUGAGGCAAAGGCCCGAGACUAGUACUGUUUAUGUGAUUAAGAGUUGUCAGCCCUCUCUUUCUCUGAGUCAUAGAAUCAUAGAAUUGCAGAGUUGGAAGGAACCCCAAGGUUCCUCAUCUAGUCCAACCACCUGCAAUGCAGGUACCUCAACUAGAUCAUACAUGACAAAUGGCCAUCCAACCCAGAGUUGGCCCGUCAAGGGCGCAGGCCCAGCGUGUGUGUGUGCGUGCAAAAAUCAUGCCUCUCCACUCUGGCUCAGAGUGGCUAGAAGGUCUGUCCAUGCAUUCCUCUUGUGCUGCUCUUCCAUAGCUGUGGGAAACUGGGUGAGGCAUGCAGGCUCCUCUGAGUGCCUUGGCGGAGGAAUCUGGUCACUGGCAUGGGCUGUUGCAGCAACUCUGCAGGGUGCCCUCUCCAGUUAGAAGUGGGGAGAGUUGCAGGAGGAGGAAAAACAGGGGGGGGGAGGGAGGAAGGAGACCAAAGAGAAAGCAGUGAGUGGAGGGAGGGAGAGAGAGAGGCAGGAACAGAGAGAUGGACUAAUAGAGAUGGAGGAGAGCAGACCCAACCUUGAUGGCCACAGAGGAAAUCACUGGGUAAAUGGGAAAGGUGGCAAAAAACUUUUUUACAAAGGUUCUGGUACAUUGUCUCUUACAGCUUCAAAGGUACAUGCAUCUCCUUUCCAAGGGUACAAGGGAGCCUAGGUACACCUCUGAUCCAAUCUCUGCUUAAAAACCUCAAAGGAAGGAGAUUCCACCAUCUCUUGUGGGUGUCUCCUUAGAAUAGAUUUUCCUGGGAUGGAGGAACAAAUUGUCUGGCUUCCCUAUAUUCUACUUGGAAUUUCUUUUGAGUUGUGGUAGAGGCCUGGUUCUCCUAAGCCUAAUGUACCAUCCAGGUCCCUCUCUCUCCCCUUUCCAUUCCUGCAGUUCUGCCUGACUGCCUAGCUAAACUGCUUCAAUCUGCAGCAUAAUCUAUCACUAGAUUUCUCCCUCCUCCAUCUCCGGUGCUAAACAAUGUACGUGCAAAAAGCAGAUCUGACUGCUAGAUCACGUCUAUGAGGAAGAUGAGUAGCUGGCACCACAGCCACUUGAAAGACAGUGAUGGUCCACAGCAGGAAAUAAGUCCAUUCAUCUGUAGAACUUAGGCCCUUUGCUGUUACCUAUCCUUUGUCCUACUGUCCCACUGGCUGAAGCUGAUGGGAGUUCUAGUCCCAAACAUCUGACAGGUACUACAUUGGGGAAGGCUGAUGAGGCCCAGUACUAUCUACUCCCAAGUGGCAGUGAUUUUCCCAAGCUCUCAGGCAGAGAAAGACUCUUUCCCAGCCCUACUGGCUGAUGCCUUUUCCCAAACUAGAUAAGAAGGGCUAUUCUUGGAACUUUUUAAGCCAGCAUGCACCUGCUCCAUAUGUUAAUACUUUCCAGAUGCAAAUUUGCUUGCCCCACAUAUAACAUCAGGUGUAGGGCAGGCUGCUGUGUUUUGGGGGUGGGGACAAAUUAGGAUAUCUGCCAUGACCAGAAAUUGGAGGUUGCCUACCGCUCCCACCAUUAUGGUGUAUAAAGCAAAACACAACCAACAUUUGUGUAUUCUUUAUCAUACACAUUGUCCAUCAGUAUUACCAAACUCUUUGCUGUCCUUUCCCCCUCUGUUCUGUCUUGCAGAGAUGCUGGCAGGUUAUUAAGGGACAGAGCCGGAAGCAAAAGUAAUUGAAACUGCUGGAGCCUGAAAUAAAAUAAAGGAACGCCCACCCCAAUCUUUCCCCCCCUCUUUCUUCUAAUUUUAGCUUAAGGAGCUUCACUGGGUCACAUCGAUCAGUUCCCUGGGUCAUAAGAAGUUUAUCGCUGUCCAGAGCUUGGCUGAUAACUCGGGGGAAAUAAUUUGGCAUCUAAUUAAACUGGCAUUUAAAAUGCGCCAAGUCUAGUAAGUGGCAUAUCUCCUCCCUCCCCAAGCUGAAUAGUUUUUUUAAAAAAAGAAAAAGGGAAGCUGCUUUGACAUAACCAUUCGCGCUAAAGAGAGAAGCAGCAAGACUUGGGUGGGCCAGAAAUGUCCUACUGUAGUGUGCUGCACUCUGACUUUCUUUUUGACAGCUUUAUAGCCUGUAGAGAGAUAGGGAGAGAGAGAGAGCUUUUGCACACAUGCAUUGUUGAGUUUCUUUUUGCCUUGGGUGUAGAAGAGGGUUUGCCACCUGCCCCUAGAAAAACAGAAUCCUUUUUUUGGAGGAAAAUGUCCCCUGUCUGGUUUGGACUUCAUCCCCCCUUUUUUGAGGUCCUCAUCACCACCCUCAAAACUGUGUGGGUGGGUCUGACAGCUCUUGUCCUUCUCAAGGUGGCUCCAAGUUGACUGAAAACCCCCAAACCCUAUACUCUACAGUGCCACUUCUCUUCCUCCCACCCUUGCAAUGACUUCGACCUUCCAAGCAUAAUGGAUGGCUCCCUCACUCCUUUGUAGGUGGGCCAUCACGAGCCCCAAGGGAGGCAAAGAGGGAGAGGGAGAGAAAUACAGGGCUAGCCAGCAGCAGUGCUCAGAGGAAUGACCAAUGGCUUCAGUAUUCUCUACACGAACGCACAGAGUAUGGGAAACAAACAAGAAGAACUUGAACUCUUAAUACAGGUUGGCAAAUAUGACCCCAAUAGGCCUAAUUACUGAAACCUGGUGGGAUGAGACUCACGACUGGAAUGUAGAAAUUGAGGGGUACAACCUGCUUAUAAGAAAUAGAUCGAACAGGAAGGGAAGAAUAGGGAAGAUGUGUGCAUUUGAGAAGAGAUCCAUGACUUGGAGCAUGGAAAGCAAGUUGAGCGAUUAUGGGUAAAAAUUGUAGGAGAGGGAGACAGCAGUCCUUAGUGUGGAUGUUUGCUAUAGGCCUCCAAGCCAGACCAUCAGCCAGACUUGGAUGAUGCUUUCGUAUAGCAGAUUACUUAACGUUCAAAAAGAAGAGUAGUAUGGCAGACUUCACUUCCCCCCCAAUCUGUUGGAACUCAAACUCUGCCAGGAAUGUAGAGUCCAACAAAUUCUUCCACUGCCUCGCUAGCAAUUUCAUUACCCAGAAGGUGAAAUAAGCAACAAGGGAGUCAUCUUUCUUGGGCCUGGUCCUCACUAAUGGGGAGAAACUGAUCAACGAAGUGAAAGGAUGGGGAAACUUGGGAGGAAGUUUUCAGUUGGCAGUGGUGCAGCAAUAAAACUGCUAGCACAUUCACAAAGCUAAGCAGGAUCCAGUAUGGUUUCAAAUUGAAUGGGAGACUGCAUGUUGAGGUUCCUGCAUUCCAAGGAGUUGGACUAGAUGUCCUUAGGGUCCUUUCCAACUCUACAAUUCUGUCAUUCCGUGAUUCUAUGUCCUCAUUGAUUUCAUUAUACACCAAGGGAAAGUUGAGUGUAGUCAGACAUGCACACUGGACUUUAAGAAGGCUGAUUUCAAAAAGCUUAAGGAACUACUAGGUAAAGUCCAAUGGUCAGAAAUACUCAAAGAGAAGGGAAUCCAAGAUACAUGGGAGUUUCUUAAAGGUGCAAUACUGAAGGCAUAAAGGCAGCCAAUUCCAAAAAGAAAUAAAAGUGGAAGGCACCUAUAGAACCAGGUGUGGCUAAAUAAGGAGCUGACGAAUGAGUUGAGAUGUAAGAAGGGCAUGUAUAAGAAAUGGAAGGAAGAAGAAAUCACAAAGGAAGAAUAUACAGAAGUAGUCAACAGCUGCAGGGAGGUCAGGCAGGCUCAAACUCAGAAUGAACUGAGGCUUGCAAGACAGAUUAAAAACUAUGUUUCUUUGGCUAUGUUCAAAGCAAGAGGAAGAGCAAGCAAGUAGUAGGUCCUCUGUGUGGGAAGAUGGAGAAACGCUAUUGGGUGACAGAGAGAGGGUGGAACUGCCCAAUACUUACUUUACCUCUGUCUUCACCCAAAAGGAAGGCAGUGCCCAACCUAGUGAUAACAGAAUAAACAAUACAAGAAAGAGCUGCAGCCCAAACAAGGAAAAGAGGUGGUAAGGGAACACCUAGCUAAUUUAAAUGAAUUCAGAUCUUCAGGGCCUUAUGAGCUGCACCCAACAGCACUAAAGGAGCUUGUGUAUGUAAUCUCAUAGCUUCUGUUAUAAUCUUAAAGAACCUCACCUGUUCUCCAAGAGUUCUCUAAGACUGGAUGCGGGCAAAUGAUGUCCCCAUCCCCAUAUUCAAAACAGGGAGGAAAGAAGUCCUAGGUAGCUACCAACUAGUCAGCUUGACAUUGAUACCAGCGGUGCUUUUUUUCUGGGAGUACUCAAGGGUAUGCAGUACCGAAACUUUUUGCUUCUUCAAAUGUUAAAAGUGUAACACUUACUGUAACAACUUCAAGGUGAGUACCAGCACCUUUUUUCUUUUCUUUUUUUUUAAGCACUGGAUACCAGGAAAGGUCCUGGAACAGAUCUUUAUAAACAACUUGGAUGAAGGUAUUGAGGGGAUGCUCCUCAGAUUUCAAAUGACAUCAAACUGGGACAGGUAGCUAAUGCUGCAGAAGACCUUAACUGGACCCAAAUCAGAAUUCAAUAUUACCUUAACUGGUCCCAAACUAACAGAAUGAAAUUCAGUAGAGACAAAUGUAAGGUUCUGCUCUUCAGCAGGAAGAACCAGUUGCACAAAUAUAAGAUGGGGAGGGGCACCUGGCUUGCCAGUAGUACAUUUAGGGGUCUUAGGGGUCUUAGUAGACUGCAGGCUUAACAUGAAUCAACAAUGUGAUGGACAUGCAAAAAAAAGCUGAUGUUAUUCUAGACUACAUCAUUCUGCCUUGGUCAGACCACACUUGGAAUACAGUCGUACCUUGGUUCUCGAACAGAAUGUGUACCAGGAGUCCAUUUGAUUCCCAGAACUGUUAAAAAACUAAGGUGCGGCUUCCAAUUGGCUGCAGGAGUGCGCUGCAGCCAAGUGGAAGCUGUGGAAGCCAUGCUGGAUGUUCGGCUUCUGAAAAUUGUUCAAAAACCGGAACACUCACUUCCAGGUUUCGAUCAUUCGGGAGCUAAUUUGUUUGGGAGUCAAGGCAUUUGAGAUCCAAGGUACGACUGUACUGGACAGCACAGUUUAAGAAGGACAUCAACAAGCUGGAAAAUAUGCAGAGGAGGGCAACCAAGAUGAUAAAGGGUCAAAAAACCAAGCCUUAUGAGGAAUGGUUGAAGGAACUGGGUAUGUUUAGCCUGGUAAAAAGGAGACUGAGAGGAGAUAUGAUAGCCCUCUUGAGAUACCUAAAGGGCUGUCACAUGAAGGAAGGAGCAAACUUGUUUUCUCCUGCUGCAGAGGCUAGGACCCAAACCAAGGGAUUCAAGUUAGCAGAAAGGAGAUUCUGACUAAAUAUCAGGAAAUGCUUUCUGACAGUAAGAGCUGUGGAGAAGAACAGUGGAAAAUUGUCUCCCUCGGGAGGUUGUGGACUCUUUUAUUGGAGGUUUUUAAGCAGAGAUUGGAUGGCCAUCUGUCAUGGAUACUUCAUCUGAGAUUCCUGCAUUUCAGGGGGUUGGACUAGGUGAUCAUUGAGAUAUCAUCUCAUUCUAUGAGAGAGGUCUCCCUGCAAAUCUAGUUGUGCACUUCCCAGAGGCUUCAUGAAAUUAGGACGGGGGCUACAUUGGGCUGGAAUACUUGGACACUUUUGGUUUUAAAUGUUCUAUACCUCACCCAUGUAUUGGAUUAUGGCAGUGUGCUCUGUGUGGGGCUUCCCUUGCACUUGAUCUGCAAACUGCAGUUAAUGGAAAAUGCUGCGGCAUACAGUGGUGCCCCGCAAGACGAAUGCCUCGCAAGACGAAAAACUCGCUAGACGAAAGGGUUUUGCGUUUUUUGAGCCGCUUCGAAAGACGAAUUUCCCUAUGGGCUUGCUUCGCAAGACGAAAACGUCUUGCAAGUUUGUUUCCUUUUUCUUAACACCGUUAAUACAGUUGCGACUUGACUUCGAGGAGCAACUCAUAGAACGCGGUGUGGUAGCCUUUUUUUGAGGUUUUUGAAGACUUUGGUGAUUUUUGAAGCUUUUCCAAAAUUUCUUUUGCAGCCAUUUGGUAAGUUAAACUUUUAAAACUUUUUUGGGGGGUUUUGGAUUUUGGGUUGGGGUGUUUGGAAUUCAAGGACUUGGUGUUGGGGAGGGGUUUGCAAGAAUCUGGAAGCUUGUGGGGGUUUUUUUCUGAAUUUUUAUGAUUUUCUGUGACCAUUGGGCCACUCUGCUGUUUUUUAAAAAAAAUUCUGGAUUUGAAUUUCUGUGUGGUGGGUGGCUGGGGGAACAGUUGAGGGAGGGGGUUCUUCAGCAAGAAGCAAAGAGUGGAAGAGGAACCUUCUUUGAGUUGUCGCCCAGAGUCUUAGAAAAUGUACUGUACACUUUGUUGAUUUUUAAAUGUUUUUCUGUCAUGUUUAGAAACUUAAUUUAUUGUUCCUUCAAUUUUUGAAAUGCUCUUUACAGUAUGUGUGACUUUAAAGAGCACUUAAUAAACUCUUGUUGUACCAAAUUUGGCUUUGUUUGGACUUUUUUUGACCAUAGGAACGCAUUAAUUGAACUUCAAUGCAUUCCUAUGGGAUUUCGUGCUUCGCAAGACGAAAAAUUUGCUAGACGAAAAAACUCGCAGAACGAAUUAAUUUCGUCUUGCGAGGCACCACUGUAAUUACCAAUGGGAAUGAUAACUUGUUAGCAUGUAACACCUCUGCUCAGAGACCUGCACUGGUUGUUGAUUUGCUUCAGAAUCAGAUUUGAGAUCACCUUACCCUAUAUAUGUCAAUUCGAUCACCAUAAUCUACGGAACUGGCACUAUUACGGGUACAACAUAAUGCCCGUUUUGCAUCUGUAAUAAAUGGAUCUUUUAGUAUGGCACUAAAAGGUUUAGAAAUCCUUGCCUAUUUGCAUCACAGGCACCUUCACUAUUAGUGUUUUUGGCACCUUCUGAAAACAUUUUUGUCUAGGGAAACCUAUCUGGAUAUAUAGAAUGUUGAUGUGCUUUAACCUGUUUUUCGUUUAUCUUUGAUUUUAAUUACUCCUUGAAUGUUUAAAUAGCUGGCUUUAAUUGUUUUUAAAAUAAUUUUAUUUUUUUAUGCUCCUUGUUAACUGCUUUGCAUUUUUUUUUUGUCAAGCAGUAUGUAAAUUUCAUGUAAUAAAUAAUUUGAUGAAAAUGUAUUGGCACAAUGAGCAGUAUAUUUUCCAAGAGCUCAGUUGGUAUAUAUUCGCACUCAUCACAUAACCUGCCCAGCUUUCAUCCCCCAGAUUCCUCAUCUGCAGUUUCUGCUUUUCUCCUGGCCACUUUUUGAUGCUUUUUUUUGGAAAUGUGGUGUUUUAUGCACACCCCACUUCCCUUUAAAUGGCUACCACCUCCUUUGCCAGCACUUGUUCUGAACUAAAUUUGGUGGUUUGACGUGUUUUCCUUGUAAUGCUGCUCGGUAGAGGUGGGCAGGAAUGGGGAAGAAUAUGGCUUUGUUCUCUCUCUCUCUCUCUCUCUCCCUCUCUCCCUUCCCUCCCCCCCCCCCACAUUUCCUUGCAUCUCCAGGGUUUCUUUUGAUACUGUCACUGCUGGGUUUUUUUGAUAAUUUUUAUUUUUUUGAGCGUCCAGCCACAUGCUUCCUGUCAUCAUUUGUCUGACUAGGGUCUUUGUAGCCUCUGCCUGCCAAGCUCUCUGGGCUGAACGUUAAUGGUUCCAUGCCAUUUGCCAUGUGCUUUCAGCAUGGACCGUUCCUCAGUAGUAAACUGCAUGGAUCUGUAAGCCACGCCCAGCUUUUCAAAUGGGACAAAGCCUUUGUAAGCUCACCUGUCUCUUGAGGUAAUAUUGAGUGUCCUGCUCAGUGUUCCUUUAACACAUGAAGCUGUUUACCUGUCCCUCCCAAGGAGGAGAGCUUUCCGUAGUGGCCCCUUGAGAUUGUGGAACAACUUACCCCGCUGUGUGAUUUUUGUGCACCUCCCUUGGGAUUGGUUUUGAGGAUGAGAGAGAUGUAGCUCUUGGUGGGAGUCUUAGACUGUUAGAAGGAACAGCAAGGAAAAGAACUGGAAAGGCAGGAUGCAAAUUUGAGAAAGAAAUCAUAUGAAACUUAAGAGAAGAGGAGACGAGUUGGUUGGUAGGUAAGAACCAAGGUCACAGGUAGGGAAUGUGGCAGAUGAAGCUGAAUUAUUGGCACCAACUCCUAGGGUCCCAGGUCCCUUCGGUCCCGCCAACAAAAUGUUUUGAGAACCCUGCCAAUAAAAUGUUUGAUGGGCAUUACAGUACUGUGUUUCUUUCUUUUCCAUGUUUGGACCCCAUUUCCCAACAAGCCCUGUAAAGGAACUUGUACUAGGCUUGCUGGAUGGCAAGAGACCUGGGAUUGGGCAAAAACCUCUGACAUCAUUUAUGAUGGCCCUUGUGAUUGGAGCAGAGAGAGACGAGUGGGGAGAGAAUGCAAAUUGCUUGCUCCAUGGGGCAGGUUCACAGAGCUCUGCCAGGAGGAGAGAGGAAGCAGCUCCUGGUCAUUCACCAUUUUAAACAAUUCAACUAGGAGUGCCUUAUUCAGAUGACUGGAGGAUAACGCUCCCCACCUAUUCUCAUUAUCAUUCUUCUUAUUAAUCAGCCCUUUCCCCCAUAGUCCCAGGGCGGGUUACAACAAUUAAACACAAUAUUUAACCACAAUUUAAAACAAAAUAUUUAAAAGCAUUUUAAACACCUUACUGUCACAGUAAUAAGGCAGGUCCUAAAAAUAUGCCGAAGCAGGCAGACGCAUAAUUUUGCAGCCCACCCUCAAUGAUUUGGGGCUGGUGGGGGGAGAGGCAACCAGAUGCUAGAAACUUUGGUUUGGGGACAGUUGGGUUCAAGUCCCUUUUUAGCUGUAAGAAUUCAGAGUAUUAUGUCCAGUAGGAGUGACUUAAGAUAGGCAGGUGAACCACCUGAAUCCCCAUUUUAAAUAAACUCUAGUCUAAAACAUGCAUUGCAAGUUCUAUAGCACCACGUUUGAUACACAGUGGUGGCAGCUGCGGCCCUUAGCUUGCCUUGGUGCCACACACCUUUCCCACUGCUCUCAGCGUGGUGUUGUCUGUUGGCAGGAGUGGUGGGUGGCCAGGCCUGUGGUUCAGGGGCUGAAGGAGGUGCUGGUGGAGAGGAAAGCCUGAACAGGAUUCUGGUCCCAGUGCAAGGUGUGCGCACCACCCACCACCAUGGAGCAGGUGAAGGCGCUGCAGGUGAUUUAGGAUGAGUGCAAAGACCAAGCCUAAAGUGGGCAGGGUUUAUCUAGCCCCCUUCCAUAUUUUAUUCAAGUUGGUGCCCAUGAGCUGAAUUAUUGAUCUCUUCAAGCAUCAUCUGGCAGUUGGUCUGGACUCUGUUGUGAGGAUAUUCUAGCACUAGAUUUCCUGCAUGAAGCCAGAAGCUGGGUGAGCCUACGAGGCCUUCUUUGCCUCUGAUUCUUUGUUAUGUUCAUUUCCCCAAAUUGUUAGUGGAGAUUUUGACCGCUUCAUCUGCCUCAGAAGCAUUACCCCUCUGAGGUAAAGGGGAACCAACUGUGGCCUGCAAAAACACAAUACUUGUUAGAACACAAAGUGCUUAUUUAGCUAUGAUUAGGCAGGCAGGUAGCUGGGAAGGCAGCUGCUAAUCUGUGAAUAACCCGAGAUCCCCAGAAGGAACGCGUUGCAGGUGGUAGAGAAAUGAGGCAUUGUAUUAGGGUCUGUGGGGGGUAACCAGGAAGGUAAUAUCUGUGCCAAACUAAUAGGGAGGUUUGUGAAAAGGAUGCUGUUCCCCCCCUCUCAAUUACUUUGUGCCUAUGAGGUGGCCAGUAUUUGUAAGUAUGGCCCUUCCUUGUCCCUUAUUACCCUAUUGUAUUGUGUUCUUCCCUGGUCCUUGGCAUAUCUCCUGAUGACAGCAGGAUCUGUAGUUGUUAAGUUGGAGUCUUCAACAUAAUGUCUUGGGAAAAGGUUGUUGGUUUUGGCCCAGUUUUCCAAUUUGUUAAGAUUGUGAAUCAUGAUUCUAUCUUCACUGCAUUGUUUUCUGUUCUGGACAUGGGGUGACUAAGUGAACACCAGCAGUUUUUACUUCUGUGUCUGCUAAAGUUAUCCAGCAUCCCUAGUGCUAGCCCCCUCCUCCAGCCACCGCUCUCUACAGCAGGCUUCACCCAACCUGGUGGCCUCUAUGAACCUUACCCAGCAUGGUCAUACUGGAUGAGGUUUAUGGGAGCUGAGAUCCAAAACACCCAGAAGGCACCAGGUUGGUUUCCCUACAAAUGCUCUCUUGAGUUUGCAUGGGGAACGCAUUUGGCUCUCUGACCUCUCUCUCCUGCCACAAGCCUUCUAUAGUGUCCUUGUUUUUGCUUAAGUUUGGAGGACUAAUCUUCCUGAAACUUGCUAGAUUUGAAAAUCUGUCUCCACUUUCUUGCCCUUCCUUAUCAGGAAAAUGAAGAGUUUUCAUACCAAGUGGGUUGCAAGAGUACUUCGACACAGAACCCGUAGGCUGCACACUGCCUUGUUGUGUGGGGAUGGCGGAGCAAGGCCAAAAUUUGACGCCCCGCCCUGCCCUCGCACUGCCUUUCCAAAGCUGGCUUAGUGAGGCUCCAAGCUUUGGCGAUGAGCCACAAGGCUCUGGCUAACUAGGCUUUGUGAAAGACGUAGGCAAAAUCUAGGAACCUGUCAGAGCACUCACACCUCCUUCCCAAACCCCAGCUUACCCAAUGUAAGUGGGUGGUAUCAGAUGAUUCCGAGGGCCACCCAAAAAGCACACUGGACUACUCUGAUCCAGAACAAGCUUGCCUGAAGUGUUGUUAGACAGAAUGAUAGUAAUGAAACUCUGUGUGUGUGUGUGUGUGUGUGUGUGUGUGUGUGUGUGUGUACUGAUUGCAGAAUUCAAUUUUAUACAAAAUUUGUGCUAAGCAUGUUUUUUAAGAGUCACACACAUAUGCAACCCUGGGUGUGUCACUUGUUAAAACGCCUUGAGAAACAACCUCUCUGCAGAAUAGUUCCACUGUUCCGUUUGGGGUUUCAUCCUCUUCCGUUCCCCCUCUGCUGCCUUUUCUUUCCAGUUGCCCCAUUUUCGUUCUGCGUCUGGAUAUUUUUAGCCUGCUUUAUAUAUCUGUUUCUCUGUCCUUCUCUCUCUCUCUCUCUCUCUCUCUCUCUCUCUCUCUCUCCUCCCUCUCUCCCCACCCUUCCCAGUUUGCUUUUCUGUCAGAGGCAGGGAAACUGGCAUUUUCUCAGUUUUCUCAUUCCCACCCCCCCUCUCUGUUGGGUCUGCCUUGCCAUUUCUCCAUCUGUUUCUGCUUCCAUUGGCUUGUUCACACCAUCUUGUUUACUUGCUUAUUUAAGUAAAUUCAAUCUUGGUGUUUUCCACCUAGUCUUUUACUCUCUUUUUUUUGGUACACGUCAUGUAAAGGUUCUGGGGAUAGAACUACAGCAACAUGUUCUGCUCUUUUUAAUGCGAAUACAGUGGUAUUAACAUUUUCCAGAGAUAAUUUCAAGGAAGGAAGGAAGGAAGGAAGGAAGGAACUUGUCUCCUCUCCCCCCUUCCCACCUCCACCCCCACUCCACCUAAUGGGCUGAUUUUCAGGCUCAAAAGUGAGGACUGUGUUUCUGGUGAUGACUGAGCAGGUGAGCAUCAGAAGAGCCCCCCUGGAUCAAUCCAGUGGCCCAUCUAGGCCAGCAUCCUGUUCUCACAGUGGGAAGCCAGAUGCCCCAACAGGAAGCCUGAAAGCAGGACUUGACUGCAAUAACACUCCCCCCUCCUUCCAUUUCCAAGCACUAAUAAACAGAAACAUACUGCCUCCAGCAGCAUUCUAGUCCUUAUUGUUAAGAAUUUAGGAAGCUGCCUCAUACAGAGUUGGGCUGUUGGUUCAUCUAGCUCAGUGUUGCCUACUCUGACUGGCAGCAGCUCUUGGGUUUCAGGCAGGAGAUCUCUCCCAGCCCAGCAAAGAUGUGCCAUUGGGGAUUGAGCCUGGUACCUUCUGGAUGCAAAGCAGAUGUUCUACCACUGUGAUGUGACCUGAUGACUUUUAGGCAAUUUGCACUGCUGCUUUGAAUAAUACAGCAGCUGCUGACUUAAACAUAGAAGAUGUGAUGUUGUAUUCUGAUGUUAUCUCAAGUGAGAAGAUCAGUGGCAGGUGUACUACAACCCUAUGUAGAGACACACUGAGAUUCAGUGGUUAGUUUGUCAGACUAGAACAGGGGUCAGCAAACUUUUUCAGCAGGGGGCCGGUCCACUGUCCCUCGGAGAUUGUGGGGGGCUGUACUAUAUUUGGGGGGGGGGUGAACGAAUUCCUAUGCCUCACAAAUAACCCAGAGAUGCAUUUUAAAUAAAAGCACACAUUCUACUCAUGUAAAAGCACUAGGCAGGCCCCACAAAUAACCCAUUUUAAAUAAAAGGGCACAUUCUACUCAUGUAAAAACACGCUUAUUCCCGGACUGUCCGCGGGCCGGAUUGAGAAGGCAAUUGGGCUGGAUCUGGUCCUUGGGCCUUAGUUUGCCUACCCAUGGACUGGAACCUAGGACACAAGGGUUCAAAGCCCCACUUGGCCAUGAAGCUGAUUGAGUGGCCCUAGGCCAUUCACAGCCUUUUAGCCUAACCUACUUCACAGGGUUGUUGUGCGGCUUAAAUGAGGAGGAUGAUAACCACGUACAUUGCUUUCAGCUCCCUGAAGGAAAAGGUGGGUGAUAGAUAUAUAGUAACAGUGACUACAGUUUGGGAAAGUGACAUGGGAAACCUGUUUUCAAACCUGUUUUGUCUGUGAUCCUCACUAUGAGUGGCCAAGGCACUGUUUCCACAUAACCUCCUCACAGGGUUAAAAAGCCUUCUCUUUUCAUUUUGCUUUGCUCUUUAAAAAAAUAGUACCUACCACCAUUUCUUGCUCUCAACUAUCAUUGAGGCCCAAAAGACUUCCCUGUGUUUUUCACAGGUCACACCUAUAUCCCUUUGCUUAUGCAUACACAUCCCAUUCAAAAUAAAUGUUGCCCCACAUUAAAAUAAUCAGCAUUAACAGUGUCUCCCAGUCGCUCUUGCCAAGCCUCCCUUGGUCUCUAUUCCCACCCCCUCAGAAACACGGAGUUAUUUCCCAUCUAAAUCAGCACUUGGUAGACUGCAUGGCCUGAAGAAGCCCAUCACCACACAUUAGAAUAUAUUCAGUGUGACAGGGUAGGGGUUUUUUUGUGGGGAUGGUCGAGCAGCGCCGUGUUUGUCAGUAAAGUGGGCAUGGAACUCCAGAUAGUAGUGUGAAUUUGAAUAUUUUUCAAGACGUAAAAUAAUAAGGGUGGGAGAUGAGUUGGAAAAUAUAAAUGAUUUGGUUUGGGGUUUUUUUAAUUAACAAAUCAUUCUUCUGUUCAUAACCUGUGUGUGUGUUAAGCACAGCUUUUGGCACGAAGAAAUCAGCAAUCACUUUUACGCUGAAACCAGAGCUUUUCAACACCUCAUUAGCAAACCUCAUUAUUUCAAGCAGUAAUUAUUUGGGGGCUCCUGGAGCAUAAUUAAGCAAAAACCUGCAAGAGAUGACUGGCCGGCACCCUUUCACGUCUGAAGCAAAUCUUUGCAGCAGUUGCAUUCGUGUAACCAGCACCCUUGAUCCUUUAAUUCGCCUGCUUUCCAUUUUACCUGUUGGUGACUUGUCCUGCUGAUUAUUGGCACAUGUUGAAAAGUAUGGCUGGAUCCAGACAGGGGUAAGGCUGGCAGAGGAGGUCUGCUGAUGAGGAAAAACCUGUCAAUCAAAGGCAGGGGUAGGGAACCUGUAUGUAGCCUUCCAGGCACAGUCAUACUGCAACUCUCAUCAUUCUGGACCAGGAGUCAGCAACCUUUUUCGGCCAUGGACUGGUCCACCGUCCCUCAGACUAUGUGGUGGGCCGGACUAUAUUUGGGGGUGGGGGGAAAUGAACGAAUUCCUAUGCCCCACAAAUAAUCCAGAGAUGCAUUUUAAAUAAAAGCACACAUUCUACUCAUGUAAAAACACCAGGCAGGCCCCACAAAUAACGCAGAGAUGCAUUUUAAAUAAAAGGACACAUUCUACUCAUGUAAAAACAUGCUGAUUCCCAGACCGUCUGCGGGCCGGAUUGAGAAGGCAAUUGGGCCGCAUCCGGCCCACCGGCCUUAGGCUGCCUACCCCUGUAAUCUGGACCGUUGGCUUUGGUGGCUUGGGCUGCUGGGAGUUUGAGUUCAACAACAUCUGCAGGGCUGCAGGUUUAACAGCCCUAAUUGAAGGUAUCUUGUGGUCUUGACUUUUCUUAAUUUCCCCUUUUAGUAUUCAUUAGCACUGUGUGACAUACUGCAGGAUGGGGCUAUUGUAAAGAACAGUGAUGCUAGCAAUUGAUUGCACAACUGAGAGGUGGAAGGUGAUGUGUGCAUGUUCUUGGGUGCCUUUUAAUAUUUUUUUGCCUCAGCUAUCAAGUGUUUGGGAAGCCACUUGCAGUAGGGCAAUCUGGUGUUUAGAAGCUGCAUCAGGCAAAUUCGAUUUUUCCUCUCUCCUCCCCAUUCUCCCCCUUGCUCAUGUAACUUACCAGUUGCUGGAUGGUGAAAUGGAAAUGCCCUCCAUUCAAGGCUUUUGAGAAGAAGGAGAGGAGUAAUAAAUGCAGUGAUGGAAAAUUAACUGGAUAUGGCAUUGAUGGAGUUGGGGGGGGGGGGAGGCUUUGGGAAAACUUCAGUCCUGGCCUCUCUUCAUUUCUAGCAAAAUACUCUGCAUAUGAUUUGGGAUGAAAUCAGAGAAUGAUACUAUUAAAUUCACAGUACUCUCUCAGAAAAAAGACUGGGGAAAACGAAAAUGGGAUGUCCUAGAGGAGGAGAUUGGGAUUCUAUCAUAAAUACAACAGGAAACAACAGAAUUUGAACAUAAGGAAAUGGGCUUGAAUUAAAGUAUAUAGAAUGAGGAAAUACGGAAUACUAUUCCAAUAUGUACUCACUUAUUGGAGGGAUCACAUAGUGGAGGGAUUUUAACAUGGACAUGUAACCAGCAGACAAAAAAAAAUCAGAAGCCCUUUUAAUCUACAAUCUGUCUCUAAUAUUUCUUUUUCUUUUGUCUCUUGUCUUUUUUUCCUCCCUCUUUCUUUCCUUUUUUUCUUCUGUUUCCUUUUUCCUUUUGGAGCCCUAUGUUUGGGGCCUUUGUUAGGUUUCGGGGAUUGUGGUAGAUGAUUGAUGGAGGGCCCUGGGUGGGAGACAGGGUAAUGUUGGUCUCCCAGUGUGAGAGGCUGGGAGGAGAAAAGAAGGAUCCCAGGUGAGAUCUGGGAGGGACUACUACCCUCUGUAGGUGGUGGGGGCUGAGAAUUGCCUCUAGGAGAGGACUCCAUAUUCUACCUGUUCUUUUUCUAGUUUUUGUAGCUAUUAUCUUAUUGUACCGUGGAAUACUUUUAUAUUGGGGGGGGGGGUUUUACACCCACACAUCUACACUUACUUAUAAGUUGCUGGAAACUGCAGGAGGGGAGAGUACUGUUGUGCUCAAGUCCUGCUUAAAGGUUUCCUACAGGCUUCAGGUUGGCCACCUCAAGAACAGGAUGCUGAACUAGAUGGGUCAUUGGCCUGAUUUAGCAGGGCUGUUCUUAAAUUCCUGCUGUGGGGUAAACCUACAGCUCUACCAGCGGACAAAGCUAGAGAGACUUAAUUGAACAGGCACAGGGAUCUUUUUUAAAAAAAAACAACAACCCACAACUUUAAUAGGCCCCUUGAUGUAUGCAAUUCAAUAAUGAAUGGAGCAAAGAAACAGCAAAUGACAGUCACUUGCUGAGACUCUCUCUCCUUGUGGAUUUUAGUAGGCCUCUGUGGGGAGGGUGAUGUGUGUUUGCAUGUGUGUGUGUUUUCCCCUUUUCAUUCUUAUGACACUGUAUGUGCCAGACUCUCAUUCUGACCUUCCUGCCACCCAUGGCUAAUCUAGAUCUUUGCCUGUAUUCCCUUUCUAGGACUGAGUUUGCCCUGAAAGAAGCCAUGUCGACAGGCGGCAUGGAGGAUGACAUCCCUCAGGGAGAGAGGAAAACUGUCACGGACUUCUGUUAUCUGCUGGAUAAAUCCAAACAGCUCUUCAAUGGCUUAAGGUCAGUCAGUUGCAGGUGUUUUGUAUAGGUAGGGUUUGAGCUGGGGGAGAAACCAACAACUCAAAAAUUCUGGAACCUGGCAAUCUAGAUUCCUUACCGGGAAAAGUUUAAAUCUACAAACUGUAUUAAUUAUGCAGAUUUUGCAUUCCUCGCGUUUUGCACAAUUCUAGUUUUGCUAAUAACACAGAGCUCUGCAGUAUGCUGAAUCUCCACUCCAACUCCAGAAACCUUCCUGAAUCCACCCCUCUGGCUUCUGAAGCUUUAUCUAGAAGUUCUCAAGUGCUUGGCAGCUACCACAAGGAUAUAAUACAGUAUGUGAUUCAAAAUAAGAGAUGACCCGAACACCCUCAGUUUCCUGAAGUGUGUACAGCUUACAGGAUUCUUGGUGUGGAGCAUUGGGUUGCCUUCAUGCAGAAUAUAACGUUUUUCCUUGGGAAAUGAGUACAUAGCUGAAAUAAAUGAGCAGAAGGAUUUGGGGAGAUGAAACAGGAGACUGGGCAGUGACUGUGUCCAUUGCAGGAAAAAGAGCAGGGAUUACCAAAUGAAGCCAGAUGGGUUUGUGUGUGAAGAAACUCAACUUUAAAAUGUGGAAGAAAACAAUUGGUCUUCAGGCUUUUUCUUUUCUUUUUUCUUUAAAUAGCUAGAAGUUAUUUCUUUGGAACAUCAUUUUAGUCAGAGGCUGUGUGUUUGUGGCUUUAGAAACAGCGACCGCCCAAACUCGAGGAUUCUGCCAGAGCUGUCAGAUUGUCCUUUAGAUAUCGUGUCUGCUAUACAAUUGCAAAAUCUUGGUGCCUCUGUGUUCUGCCUCCUUAGGGGGACACUUCUAUUUUAUUCACAUUUUUAUCCUUCCCUUAAGGAUCUCAGAGUGGUAUUCAUGAUUGUUUCUUCCAACCCCAUUUUAUCCACCCAACUCACUUUCGUUCCCUUUCAGCCUAACCUGUUUCAGAGACAGACAUAGAGAAUGGCCCUGUUGGCAUGUAGGAAGGCAUUGUUUUCCAUUCUGCCCUGUAGUCAUUGCAUGACGCACUGUUUCUGUUCUGCUGCAGUUCAUUUUCUAUCAAAAAUAGUUAUUUGUCUCGCUGUCUGCUGUGGCAAAAUUAUGUAACUUGCUUAAAUAGUUAUGUAAAUUAUAUUGUCAUUAUGUUAUUCCAAUCCGAGGUGGGAAUGCAGUCAGUUACGUAUCAUUUGCAGACUGAAAGCAGCAACAACAGCAAAUGCCAAUCAUGUUUCCUGGAUUUAUAUCAAUUCCUGAAAUGGGAUGAAUAAGUGAACAUUAACAAUUUCUGCUGCUGUUUCUGUUUUCAUCGGAAUUCUCUGAUCUCUAUUACCCAGUGAGCUUUAGCCAAUGAUCUGAAUCCAGGUCUUCCUACUGUGAGUCUCCCAAAACAUCUGGAGGGCCACAGGUUUCCCACCCCUAUGUUGUUUUGAGGAAGGACCACAUCUGUCUUGCAUGCAUCUGUCUUGCAUGCAGAAGGUCCCAGGUUCAGUCCCUGGCAUCUCUAGAAAGAACAAGGACUAGGGCAGACCCCCAUCCAAAACCCUGGAUUGCCUAUGGUCCUGUGUGUUAAAACUGAUCCUUGGUUAUAAUUAGAUGCAAGUGGAAUUUGUAAAGUGCUGAAGAUACCUCAAACUUUGGUGCAUGUGGUAUGCUCAAAAUGGGCACACACAGCAAGAAUUUGUCUCCCAUAAACUGCCUCCGCAGCCUUGACCAGUUGCUUGCUCCAGUGUGAUGAUCCUGUGCCUUCCUGCUUUAGAGCUAAUAUUCACAAAGUGCUGUGCAAGUAAGGAGAGGGCUUCAAAGUGCUUCAAAGCCCACUACCUGUUGCUAUAACUUCAAUGGCAAGCUGAAAAAAACCAAAUUAAUGAAAAGCAAGAUAGUGAUCGGCCCUGUUGCUGCUUCAUUGGCAGGCAUCUAAGAGGUGUGCAUCCAAGAAUCCUCUCAUUUAAACUCUUUUAUGUCAUACUGAAUCUGCUUUUCCCCUUCCCUCUUUUAGUCAAGGUGACUCUGGCAAUUGUUUUAUUUUUUUGUGUGGCUCAAAUGUUAAAUCCCUCCCUUUGUGCCAGAGGCAUCCCUUAUGUGAAGCAGCCUCCUAUAGGCAGCGAUUGUUGUUUUUGACACUGUCAAGGUCCGCCGAGUGGAAGGUAGAAAGAAGGGUCUGUUCUGGGAGAAAGGAGCCAAGGCUCUUUAGCAAGCCCCCUUGGAAGCUGCCUGAGAGCUUGGUAUAGUGAAAUGGUGGAGGUGGUGAACUGCAUCUUUUCACAGUUAAGCUUAUACCCUACUUUUCCAUAUGCAGUUCCCUUCUGCUGAAGUGGUAUGACCCAAAACUACCUUCUCUUCCUGCAUAAUCUGAAUGAACACACGGUAGCAGAAUGAGGUGGUGGAAUCUUGAGCUGUUAAGUAUUUAUGUAAACAUCAGUGAUGACUGAUGCCCAUUGGGACUGAUAGAGUGAAAGACUGGGAGCUCAACAGUAGAUGGAGCCAGAGCCAAUAACAGAUGGAGCUAGGGCCAACCAAUUGUAGUUCUGCUCCCAGCCUCCUGCCUGCUGAGUUCCACAAGGGCAUCCCUGAGGCCAAGGAGGAUGAAUACGGCAGGGAGGUUCUCCACCUUGACUGGUUGUGAGCCAGAAGGUAGGUAGGUGGGGGCUAGCUGAGGGUGGACUGAGGUUAGUGGGGCAGUGCCCCCUAUUAGCCCAAAUGAAUGAGGCUCCACUGGUAAGCAUGUAUUUAAGACUUUAUACCACUUUUCAGAGAAGACUGACUCUCAGUAUGGUUUAUAAUCACACUCACAGAAAUGAAAUAUUGAAAACACAUAAAAUAACCAGUCACAUCCCGAAAUAUAUAUAAGGCAAGAUAGCCCAUUUCAAACUGCAAUCAAACUAACCCCCAAAGGCCACAUCAAAGAAAAACAUCUUUAAGACCCAUUUGAAAGAGACUAGAAAUGGGCUUUGCCUUGAUACCACUUGGAACUGAGUUCCGUAACUGGGUCUCAGCUCCUGAUGUCAGGCUUCAGAAGCAGGUUCACGUUGUUGAAUGUUCCACUACAUGAUUUUCUUUGUAAAUACAUGUUAUUGAAGUCCCACAUCAGAGACAAAGGUUCUUGCCUUGCCUGCUUCAAGCUACUUCUCUACUCGAAGGAGUGAGGUUUUUUUUGUCUUGUUUUGCUUUGCUUUGCUUUGCUUUGCUUUUUGCUUUGUUGUAAUGUGAUCUCCUUUCCUCCCCUCACAGUGGUACAGUCCAUGCUGCGGCCUCAUUGCCACUUCAUUCAGCUGUGCACACAAAACUGCUUCUUGUAGAAGAGCUCUUGAGUGCAGGCAUUUAUAGUCUUUGCUGCGUGUGUGUGUCCUCUAAUCAUGCAUGCACGCUGUCUGGUAAAGCAACCUGCCUGCGAGUGAGAGGUGGAAAGGGGUGGGCGCGCUUCUGCAGAAUUCCGGCUGUAUCUUUUGUCUCAGAAAAACACGAGCCAAUACAUUUCUCCAGAAAUGAAAACUGGAGCAAAUGGUACUGUGUUUGACUGGCUCUACAGAGCGCCUGGGCUUGGUGCCUGCAGGCCUGUGGGGAUCACUUGGUGUUUGCUGCUCUUGGCUCAGGUUCACUCGCUGGUGCCUGUGGGUAAGCAGCAGUUACCUGAGUUACCGUCUCCCAGGAUAAUAGGGAGUGUAAGAGCAGGAAGGGGAGGUACAGAGCACCAACCGACCACAACAGCAGUAUCUGUUUACAGUGGCGAGUGGCGGGGAUUGGAUGGUGAAUGUCAGUCAAUAUCCAGCCUACUCUGGACUGGCUGUUUGCUUUUAGUGUUAGACCAAAAAUUUGGAGCGAAAUAAAUCUUGCCCAUUGCUUUUUUCUUUUUAAACAAUUUUUAUUAAAAGAUUUUCCUUGUUUACAAAAGCACAUGCACUGUCUCUUUUUUCAGGUUGUGUUUUCUACCAGCUACAUUUGUUGUGAGACAUUGGUGUUAUAUGCAGUAUAGGGUUGGGAAGAAAAGAGGGGUGGGCGGGGGAGAGGGGGUGGUGGUAAAGCUUUUGUUCUUUUACUUAGUGUAUGUGUAGGGGUUUUGUGUCAGCGCCACUUGGGUAGGUUCUCUUUCUAUUCUUGUUAUUUUUCCUUGGUGGUGAGAGAGGUUGGGGUGGCCUAGGGUGUGGUUGAUUGUCUUUGGUUGGCUUCAGUUGGAUUUGUUUGUGCUUGUGGGGGGGUGGGGUGUUGUUGGAUUAAGUUAGCCAUAUUGAAUUGUAUGCUGUUGGUGGGUUCGUGUUGUUGUCUUGUUGGGCUGUUCAUGUGAUAAAGGGGAGCCAUACCAAUCCAGCCCAUUUCUGAGACUGCUUCAUCUGGUCAGUGACCGAAAUAAAACAAUUCAAUCAUUCAUUCUGACACUGCUUAAAGAACUAGGUUGUGGAACUGAAAGAGAUGGUCAUGGAGAAAGUGCUGGCAAACCCCCAGGGGUCUGGCUUACUCCUUUAAUGCUGAAGAAUUAAGUUCACCCAAUCAGCUUUGAAAUCAAGUUAUAUGAGCAAGGACCCACACAUUUUAGAGUGGGGUGGGGGAGCUGGGUGUCCUGGAAAGCAAAAGAAGAAGAAAUGUAUGGUUUCUAUUGACCCAGCCCUGGUGGGAGGAUCUGAUGUCUGAUGCUGCACUGAGCUUUGGAGGCACUCAGGUUACCUUUGAAGCCCAGAUGAGAUCAUGGAUUAACCCCAAGACUUCUAUGCUCAGAAGGAGGGGAAGCUCUCCUCUGGGUUGCACUUGGCCUAUUUCUAAGCUCAGGGGAGGAGGAAAAGGAUGCCCUCGUACGUGCUGCAUGGAGUGUUUUAGCAGUGGUGUUCACCGUAGUCAUUUACCUAUGUUCCUAAGCAAAAGGUCACAGCUUCAGUCCCAGGCAUCUCUAGUUAUCUCCUAAUCUUUUGUAGGGAAAAUGGCUAAUGCAUAUAGAUGCUGAUUUUUUUAAAAGGGUCAGGUAAUAGGUAACGGGAAAGGCCUCUGUCCAUGAUCCUAAAUUGCUGCUGAUAGUGAAAGGAGACGGUACUAUGCUAGCAGGAUAGACAGAUGGGAAGCUGCCUAUGUUAUGCUUUUAGGACAAUGGCUUUUUGAAUCCUUGGCCAAGAAAUCUUAGGUUUACAUGUACAAUGUGAAUUAGCGCAUUUUCAAACCAGUCAAGUGUGAUCUGAUAUCUGGUGCCGAAUGUGUAGGGUUGUAGAAAAAGUAACCCCUACUCAGAGAAGACCCAUGGUAAACUUAGGCCCAUGAAUUUCAGUGGGUCUUCUCUGAGUAGGACUUAGUUCUCAGUAACCCGUAAUCAUUAAUGGUGGGUUCUUCCUUGUUGUUCUGCCUUCACAACUUGUAUUGCAAGCAUAAUGUUAUCCCCACAAGUUGAAUUCUGUUAGCAUCACCCUUGGAAAUAAGCCCACAAAAUGUGCUAGUCUGCAAUUUCAUUUUUCCUUUAACAGACUAGCCUGAAAGGAACUGACUGGCAAAAGAGGGGCAGGUUGCUGAGUGGCCUUUGGCCAACAGCAUUUUCUGGGCAAAGGAAAGGAAAGGGGGCCUUCAUGCCUUGAUUUCUGUGCUAGGCCCAGAGAAGGGGUAAAUUACUCUCGCCCUACUCUGCCAGCCUUCUCACUUGCCAGCAUGCUGUUUCUUCUGUCCAGAGGCUACAAGGCAAGGGCUGAAAUACAAGGCUGGUGUUACCCCUCGGCUGGCAGGUCAUGUUGACUUUCCACUUUUUCUUCUUCAAGUGGCAAGUGUUAAUAAUAUGUCCAUCUUACGUAAAUCACUUAGAGGGUUUCCAUAAUUGCUAAACAAAUCCUGUUAAAUAAAAAAAAAAUCCAUAUUGCACCUUGUUUUCGCUCCUAUCCUUCCCCAGGCAAAGUCACAAGCUUAAUAAUUGUCAUUGUUAAUAUUAUUAAAAUUUAUUACCUGCCCUUCAUCCUAAGGUCCCAGGUGGGUUACAACAUUAAAAUACAAACAGUUACAACAUUAAAAUAUUAAAACAGUUUAAAACAGAAAUAAGGUGGAUUCUAAAACUGUACACCUCAGAUGUCGAAAGCUGCAGUAAGGAAGUGUGUCUUCAGCACUCCGACCAGAAUCAUUAUAAUGAAGGUGUCAGAUGGCCCUCUAUGGGGAGGGAAUUCUACAACUUAGGAGCUGCCACAUAAAACACCCUCUCCUGUGUCAUUGUAAAACAACAACAACACCCCAAGCUCCUGAGAGCAGAGGAACCACUAAGAAGGCCAGCUCUGCCAAUCUUAGCACCCAAGAGGAUCUCUAGUGAAAUAGUUGCAGAGCUGCUCACAAUCUUUGUGUUGUCACGGAUACUAGCCAGUAGACAUCUUCCACAGCCAGUUUUCCCUGGUUCACUCUGAAAUUUGCAGCUUGUGUUUAAGCUUAUCUUGGGGAAGAAAGAUCAUUUUGUGCUGAAUAUGGCAUGGAUUCUUGCAAAUUGUCCAAACUACUCAUUAAUGACCCUGUUGGUGAGCUGCAUGUCUGAGACCCCAGUGCUGGUAUAAAAGCAAGUGAGCAGCUCUGCGGGAAAGUGAAAGAGUCUAUGGGAAGGUUAUGAAAAGCAACCACUUUGUGAUCCCAUUCUCUAUAUGGACCCGGUUCCCUGCAGGGCCAAAACAAGCACUUGGGCCACAUAUGUUGUUUUCCCUGAAGAAUAGCCAAGCCUAAGACGCAUUGCAGAUUCCUUCACCACCCACCCCAUAAUUGCCUGCAUUCUGCAAAGGCUUUUUGUUGCGGCUGCAUGCUGGGCUAAUAGCUUCUUCCUAUUAUAAAUCGUGAGGAAGCAGGAAUUGUGUGUGUGAAAAUCAGUGUGCUGAGGAAGAGGGUGUCCCCUCCUGCAGCCGAAGGAUGUGGUGCAUCCUCAGUAGGCUUUGUGCUGUCAGUGCUGGACAUGCGCCUCCCUUUGUGGGUACCAGUGUUCUUCAAGGAAUUUAGGUAGCGUUGGAGAAAUUACUAAGGCAUUGGAACCAGUAGGCUGCAUUGAUGCUGUGGGGCCACAGGAAAGGUCCAGAAUGUGUUGGUGCAAGUAGAAUCUAACACUGAAUGUUUAAAGUUUUUUGUAACCCUUCUGGCUGUGAAAGAUGUGUGUGGAUGAUACCUACUGAAAGCUCAGAAGCUAGAGAGCUGCUGCCCGUCAGAUUUCUUUCUAGGCCUGUGUGUUAAAAGUGCAGGUGACUCCCCAUUCAUGUUGGAGGCUAUGUUAUGCGCUCCAUGCGCAAAAGUGAAAUGUGCAUAAGCGGAGAGCACCCUGGAGAGUCCUCAUGGGUCAUGAGGAGACCUUCCCCAGAGCCCGGAGAUGACUGUAAUCUGUCUCCAUAGUUGGAGCCAGUAAAUGCUUCUGGAUACCAGUUGCUGGAAACCAUAGGGAGGGGAGAGUGCUUCUCUUGUGCCCAGGCCCUGCUUUCAGGUUUCCCACAGGCAUCUAGUUGGCCACUGCAAGAAUAUGAUGCUGGAUAAGAUGGGCCAUUGGCCUGAUCCAGCAGGCUUUUCUUAUGUUCUUAAAUUAUAUACCAGAUAAGUGGAUAGAGUAUUUCAUUCCCUUCCAAGAGGGGAGGCGAUUGUUUCCUAAGCUUGAAUGGUGCUGAUUUUAAGAAUGGGAGGGGACUUGCUGUGUCUUGUGAAUAGGUUUGGAAGUACUCAAGGCUGUGCCUGUGAGUUUUGUCAGCGAGAUUUGCAUGCCAGAAAUUUUAACCAGGGACCUGUUGUUGAACAUGGUCACUCACAUAUUAAAGUGUGUUAUUGAUAAGCCUAUGGCUCUGCGGGGUGGCGAAUGCUUCCCUCUGUGAGGGAACAUUCCCAGAUCCGCUGAAAGAGGCAGUCAUUAAACCGCUUCUUAAAAAACCAUCUUUAGACCCGGCCAGUAUGGCCAACUAUCGCCCAGUCUCAAAUCUUCCAUUCUUGGGCAAGGUGAUUGAGCGCAUGGUUGCUGAACAACUCCAGGCACGCCUGGAGGAUGCAGACCAUUUGGAUCCCUUCCAAUCGGGAUUCAGGCCUCACCAUGGGACUGAAACUGCCUUGGUCGCGCUGGUUGAUGAUCUCCGGCGAGCCAGGGACAAAGGUGAGAGUUGUUUCCUGGUUCUGCUGGAUCUCUCAGCGGCCUUUGAUACAAUCGACCAUAACAUCCUUCUGGACCGUCUAGAGGGGCUGGGAGCUGGGGGCACUGUUAUACAGUGGUUUCGCUCCUUCCUCCUGGGCCGUGUUCAGAAAGUGGUGGUGGUGGAUGAGUGUUCAGACCCCUGGGCCCUCACUUGUGGGGUGCCUCAGGGUUCUGUCCUCUCCCCCAUGCUUUUUAACAUCUAUAUGAAGCCGCUGGGAGAGAUCAUCAGGAGGUUUGGGCUGGGUGUUCAUCAGUAUGCGGAUGAUACCCACCUCUACCUCUCUUUCAAAUCAGAACCAGUGAAGGCGGUGAAGGUCCUGUGUGAGUGCCUGGAGGCGGUUGGAGGAUGGAUGGCGGCUAAUGGAUUGAAGUUGAAUCCUGACAAGACAGAAGUAUUGUUUUGGGGGGACAGGGGGCGGGCUGGUGUGGAGGACUCCCUGGUCCUGAAUAGGGUAACUGUGCCCCUGAAGGACCAGGUGCGCAGCCUGGGAGUCAUUUUGGACUCACAGCUUUCCAUGGAGGCGCAGGUCAAUUCUGUAUCCAGGGCAGCUGUCUACCAACUCCACCUGGUACGCAGGCUGAGACCCUGCCUGUCCGCGGACUGUCUCGCCAGAGUGGUGCAUGCUCUGGUUAUCUCCCGAUUGGACUACUGCAAUGCGCUCUACGUGGGGCUACCUUUGAAGGUGACUUGGAAACUACAACUAAUCCAGAAUGCGGCAGCUAGACUGGUGACUGGGGGCGGCCGCCGAGACCACAUAACACCGGUCUUAAAAGACCUACAUUGGCUCCCAGUACGUUUCUGAGCACAAUUCAAAGUGCUGGUGUUGACCUUAAAGCCCUAAACGGCCUCGGCCCAGUAUACCUGAAGGAGCGUCUCCACCCCCAUCGUUCUGCCCGGACGCUGAGGUCCAGCGCCGAGGGCCUUCUGGCGGUUCCCUUAUUGCGAGAAGCAAGGCUACAGGGAACCAGGCAGAGGGCCUUCUCGGUAGUGGCGCCCGCCCUGUGGAACGCCCUCCCAUCAGAUGUCAAAGCGAUAAAUAACUACCUGACAUUUAGAAGACAUCUUAAGGCAACCCUGUUCAGGCAAGUUUUUAAUCUGUGAUAUUUUACUGUAUUUUUGGUUUCUAUGGAAGCCGCCCAGAGUGGCUGGGGAAACCCAGCCAGAUGGGCGGGGUACAAAUAAUAAAUUAUUAUUAUUAUUAUUAUGGGAAGGUAUAUAUUGAUACCUAGGGAACCAAAGCUGCUGCUGUUAUAAGUUUUGGGGUCAGUUCUUUUUGGUGAAAGUAGUGGGACAAAUGCCGUUUUAUUCAUUGAUAAAUAAAGCCUACUAUUUAUGGGGUAUGAAGUAUAGUAUGUGACAUCUUUAGAAGAAUACAAUACUAGUAAGGAGGAUCUUAAUCUGCCCCCUCACUCCAAAAUCUAUGUUUUUAAUGACAAAAUGACCCACAACCCCAACCUUGGAUGGAUAUGUAUAUAGGAACAUAGCAACUGCCUACCCUGUGUUGCUCAGGAAUUCUUAAAACAACAAAAAACAAUCCAUGCCAUGUUGAAAUCAGUGGUUAAAAUCAGUGCAGUUUUGAAAGGCUCCACCUAUCAUCUUGAUUCAGAAUGGUGCCCGAUGCUCUUCAAGCAUAGAUGAAAACCUGCUGCUGCUUCUCAGGAACCAUUGUGCCACAUUUAAUUGUGAUACCUUAAGAGGUGUCCAAAUGCAAAGCAAAUGGACAGUUUUCCAUAAUGUAAACUGGAUACAUGAAUGUUAGCGUUAGGAUUAUGAGGCAGGCAUGAUGAGAUAAGUAGCACCAGGUUGUCUCUGGAGUGUCUCUUCCCACAGUGAAUGCCCCUUCUCCUUUCUUCCUUGCUUGGUAACAUGGACUCUUCCUAUUGGCUCUCUUGCAGAGACUUGCCUCAGUAUGGGCAGAAGCAGUGGCAAUCGUAUUUUGGGCGGACCUUUGAUGUUUACACCAAGCUCUGGAAGUUCCAGCAGCAGCACCGGUAAGAGCCAACUCUGCAUCGAGAUGGCUGCCUACCUCUUCCAGGAACACGUGGGCCAGAGUGGUGUGUAUGAUGGUGCCAGUUGGCUAGGUUGCCCAGGCCACCCUCCUUUCCUGGGCAAGAGAGCCUUAAACAACCCUCAGAAAAAUAGAGCAUUAACUCAAUGGAGAAAAUACAAUACAUAGUGCAAGUUAACUGCUUUUCCAGUCAUGGAAUCAUAGAAUCGUAGAGUUGGAAGGGAUCUUGAGGGUCAUCUAGUCCAACUCCCUGCAAUGCAGGAAUCUAAACUAAAGUAUCUGUGACAGAUGGCCAUCCAGCCUCUGCUUAUUAACCUCCAAGGAAGGAGAGUCCAUCACCUCCUGAGGGAGUCUGUUCCGCUGUAAAACGGCUCUUACCGUCAGAAAGUUCUUCCUGAUAUUUAACCAGAAUCUCCUUUCUUGUAACUUGAAUCCAUUGGUUUAGGUCCUACAGUGCAGAGCAGGAAAUAGCUUGCUCCAUCUUCCAUGUGACAGCCAUUUUUAGCUAUUGAAGAUGUCUGUCCUAUCUCCUCUCAGUCUCCUCUUAGCCAGGCUAAAUAUACCCAACUCCCGCAACUGUUCCUUAUAAGACUUUGUUUCCAGACCUUUGAUCAUCUUGGUUGCCCUCCUCUGAACAUGUUCCAGCUUGUCAAUGACCUUCUUAAAUUGCAGUACCCAGAAUUGGACACAGUACUCCAGGUGUGGCUUGACCAAGGUAGAAUAGAGCAGAAGUAUGACUUUCCUUGUCGUUCAUCUUCUCUCACAGAGUAGGUAGUUACUUGUUGGAAGCUAAGAAUCAGUAUGAAACACUCUCAGCACCUCUGCCAAACUACAAUUCCCAUAAAUGUCUGUGGGGAGGAGGGGAUAUUAUGCCAGUUAAAUUGGUAGAAGCAUGUAGUAUAGAAAUGCCCCUUGAGGUGGUGUGUGUGAGAGAGAGAGGGGGCGGGGAGAAAUGUGGUUAUCAGCAAAUGAGCUUAAUACUGCCUUCUGAGAGUCUGAGGAUUUCUCAGGGAAUUAAUGCAACAUUUCUUGACUGGUUCCAGAAUUAUUAUUGACAAUCUUGGGGGGGAAAUGAGUACACUAUCCAUGAGAGAAUGGAUGACUAAAAUCUGGGGCAUAGUAUGUAUGGUAAAGCUCACACUUAUAAUCAGAACCAGAGAGGGAAGACAGCAAGAUAAUGGAGAAAGGAGUCUCAUUAUAAUGUACUGGAGCAAUAAUUGUGUUGCUUGGAACCUUGUAAUAUUGAUAUGCUGUACUUGAUUUUGGUACAUGAAUAUAUCCUGCUAUGUUCAGUUCUAGGUAUUCCUUUUAUUUUGGGCACUCAGUAUUAUAUUUUGUUAUUUUUAAUUAAUAUAUAUGUAUGUGUAUAAACAUAUAGAACGUGACACUCUCCCUUUCUUCUCCGCAAAAAUAAAGGCAAGUUCUGGACAAUCGGUACGGAUUAAAGCGCUGGCAAAUUGGCGAAAUCGCUUCCAAGAUUGGGCAGCUUUACUACCACUACUAGUAAGUGACAACCCUUCCUGGAUGUAGUGUGUGUGUGUGUGUGUGUGUGUCUGUCUGUCUGUCUGUCUGUCUGUCUCAGUCUCUCUGUAAUGAAAGUCUUGCUGGCCUUAGCAAUUAAGAGUGGCAAAAAGUUCAGUGGAAUGUCAGAAGUGCCAGGAGGACUGCUGUGAGACGGACAGCCCUCUCAGCCAAGGGCAGGAGGGGUACAUGUUCAUCUAGCAGAGCACUGAGCCCUUUGUGUUUCUUCCCACACAGCCUUCGCACGUCUGAAACCAGCUACCUGAAUGAAGCCUUUUCCUUCUACUCUGCUAUCCGCCAGAGGUCUUACUACUCGCAAGUCAACAAAGAAGACAGGUCAGGCCAUGCCUCAGUCUUGUGAGUUUUUUGCAAUUUAAAAGCGAGAAGUGCUGGAUUGUCAAACUUGUGUGACUUGGAAGCUGGUGGGCAGCCACUUUCAGUUCAGUUGGCAUCCCUUGGCUACCUGUGUGUCUCCUCCCUUGAGGUGCAGGUGUUGGCAGGAGCAGGGAUGGGGGAACCUGUGGCUGCUCAGAUGUCAUUAGACCAUAAUGCCCAUCAAGCCCAAGCUGGGGUCUGGGGUGAAGGAGUUGUAGUUCAGCAGAAUCUGAAGGGCUACAAGUUCCCUAUCCCUGAUGAGUCAUAGGCAGCUGUUGAAUGAGGGCCCAGGAGUAGGAGCCAAGUGAGUCAAUCAAGGAAGAAGCCAAGACUUUCAUGUGAGCCAGAUCCAGGAGAAACCUAUUAUUAUCCAAAACUGUAGCACAUGGGUACUCGUGGCUCUCCAUUUGUUCUUAGACUCCAGAUUAUUAUUUUUAUUUCAACGUUUGUAUCCUGCUUUUCACCAUCUAGGUCUCAAAGCGGCUUACAACAAUAAGCUAUACCAUAUACAUAAUUUAAGAACUAAAUUAAACCACCAAAAGUUAAAACCUAAAGAAUCUAAAAAGAAAAAGAAAGUAAUGCAAAACAUCCAAGAAGUAUUCAGGGUGCAGUGGCCUCCUGAAACAUAAUGGUCUUGACCAGGUGUCUGAAACUCAGUAGGGACAGUGUCUGUCUAACUUCUUGUGGGGAGUUCCAUAGAGUUGGGCCUACAACACUGAGGGUGCAGAUCCUUUUUGGCAUUGAGUUGUUGUUUUGGUUUCUCAUCACUGCUCAUUCAGGAAUCUUUUAUAAGCCCUUCCUGUUGAGGAGAGCCAGUUACCACCCUGGCUUGGUGGAGCCACUUGGUUAUUUAGGAGCCCAUCACUGCCCAGGGUACUGCUUCCAUCUGUAACACAUCCCCCUUUCCAGCGGAUGUAACAUUCCAGCCUGUGAAUGAACAGGGUUUCCAGAGUGUUCUUCAGAAGUAUGCUUUAUCUCUGCUCAAUGUUCUAAAGCAAUGUCCCCUCCAACACUUUGGCGAGCAAGUAGAUAAAGAGAAAGAAAAGACAUAAAUACAUGGAAUAAUGAGUAAGGCAACUCUGUACUUGGGAAAAGAACUUAGGGUAAAAGCAAGAACCCUAAGCCAAGUGCCACAGCAGAUAUCUUAUGGAUGAUAUGAGUGUCAAGCCGCCUUUACAAGCCCAAUUUUCCAGAGUCAUUUGGGAAAUAAGAUCCUAUUAACUAAUUAUAGUAUAGAUAGGGUGAACCCACAGAAUCAGCAACUUGCUGCAGUCAGCCCUUUGGAACUGUCUUCCCUGUUAUGGCUGUUUACUUUUAAGGAAAGGGCUGGUGCUGUGAUGUUUUUUAUUUUAAUGAUCUUUUUUAUGUGUGUGUGCGCGCGCACCAAAAUAAUACAAUUUUUAACACACACACGCACACAUAUAUAUAUAUUCUACUAACGCUUAAUUGUUUUUUGAUGAUUGCUUUUUAAUAUGUUUUUAGCUGUUUCUAUUUUAGUUGUCAGCCGCCUUUAGUCCCAUUAGGGGAAAAGGCAGGGUAUAAAUAAAUACAGCAGCAGCAGCAGCAGUAAUAAUACCCCUGGUGGGCUUUAAUGCAGGGGAAGCAGAAUACAAAACUGUAGGUUCCCGACAGGAGCCCCAGUGGCUGCUGCAGAGAGGGUGAAGGGCUUGGGAUCUUUGACCUGGAAGCCCCUUCCCAGCCAAACAUGCCUUAACGCUAGCUGCUUUGGAGAAUAGUGUUUUGGAAAUGCCUGUCUGAUAUCGUCAUUGGAGGUGUGAAACCAGUCCUGGGGUGCUCUUUGCUAGGGAUCGUCUACAUGAGACUCCAGGGUGCCAGGAUGCCUGCCACUACCUUCUAUGUCACCCACAUAGAAGGUCUUAGGGAAUAUCUGUUCAAAAACCCACAAUGCAUGAUGAUAAACUGCGAGAAAUGUCACAACAACACUGGGCACAAACUUGGGACUUCAAACAUCUUGCAAGGUGCUGCCAAAAAGAAGGCCCUCCCUCCCGUUUUAGCAGGGGGUUCCCAUGCAAGCCCUUUCCUGGUUCAGGAAGGGGCUUUCAUGCAAUCCUGCUAAGCUUGAGCAGGAUUUAACGUCUCAUCAGCUGAAGAGUGGGAGGUUAUUUUAUUUUAUUUUAUUUUAUUUUAUUUAUUUUAUUUUAUUUUAUUUUAUUUUAUUUUAUUUUAUUAUUUUAUUUAUUUUGUAUACUGCCCUUCACCUGAGGAUUGCUGAGUGGUUUAUGGUAGAAAAAAUUGCAGGAUUUAACCCUACCUCCCACCAUAUGUUGUCACUAGUGAUGCCAGCUGAUGGGGUGGCUGGGUAGGCAUGGUUUGGGGAAUACAGCCUUGGGGGCCAAGAUUGCCCCACAGACUGAAUCUUACCCGAUUCUUUUCUUAAGGGAUACAAGCUUUCUUCUUACAUGCUCUAAAUCCAGCCAUUUUGUUCCUUUCUGUCAGAAGCUGGAUUUAGUAACGGAGGAACCUGCCUUAUUCCAAGCCUAUUUGUCAAUCUCACUGGCCAUGACUUUCCAGGGUCUCAGGCAGGGAAAAGUAUUUCCCCAUCUGCAGCCACCUGAGUCGUUUGGCUAGAAGUGCCAGACACUGAAUGUGGGACCUUCUGCAUGCAAAUCCUGUUCUCUAGAGCUAUGAUCCCUCCCAUUGGCCAGAUAGCUGUGCUGGCAGGUAGUAAAGAGGCACGUAGACCUCCAGAGUAAAUUAUCUCUGGUCCUCCAAGCACUUGUCCUCUCAAGCUCCAAUAAUUCUACGCGCACUGAAAGUGAAAUAUUUCUGCCUAUACUACAGCUGUGAUUAAAAUCUAACAUGGGCAUCACUUGAUAUUCCUUCACAGGAGCCAUGUUCCUCUUCAUUUCUCUUCCAUCUGCUAAAUAAUUUUCCCUUCUCCAAUUUUCUUUCCUCUUUUUUUCUUCCCUCCCAGGCCUGAACUGGUAGUUAAGAAGCUGCGUUAUUAUGCACGAUUCAUUGUGGUUUGCCUUUUACUGAACAAAAUGGAUGUCGUCAAGGAUCUUGUAAAGGUAAAACCAAUAGUACCAUUGUGAUGUGUGUAGUUAAGACUUUGCACAUGCUCCAAGGAGCUCGGAGCCUUGUAUUAGCUUUGCCACGACCAUGUGAGUGCAUGUUAAGUUGAGGAUGGCCAGAAAGCAUUUGUGCCUGGCUUUUCCCCCACUGAAGCUCAGCGCUCUAAUCACUAUGCCACCUUGACUGUCCAAUAGCAAUUCCCAAAUUCUGUGCAGUGAGAAAUUAAUGGAAGGGUCCUGGAAUCUCAGGGUAUCCAUCCAUGGAGGAGGCUGUUCGUUGUGUUGCUGUAUGAAUCAUUGCCCUAUUCUUGCUUGCUUCCAGUCAGCCCCUGCCUUGGUGCAGAUAGUACUUUGGGUAUAAAGUGCAGUUGGAUUACUCCCGCCCGGAAACUAAUGUCCCCACUGUGGAAGGACAUAUGGAUCCAGAAUUGGCCUCCACAGUCACUUAUAGUUAAAGCUAUGGUCGUAUAGUUAAAGCUAUGGUUUUCCCAGUAGUGAUGUAUGGAAGUGAGAGCUGGACCAUAAAGAAGGCUGAUCGCCGAAGAAUUGAUGCUUUUGAAUUGUGGUGCUGGAGGAGACUCUUGAGAGUCCCAUGGACUGCAAGAAGAUCAAACCUAUCCAUUCUUAAGGAAAUCAGCCCUGAGUGCUCACUGGAAGGACAGAUUCUGAAGCUGAGGCUCCAAUACUUUGGCCACCUCAUGAGAAGAGAAGACUCCUUGGAAAAGACCCUGAUGCUGGGAAAGAUGGAGGGCACAAGGAGAAGGGGACGACAGAGGACGAGAUGGUUGGAGAGUGUUCUCGAGGCUACCAACAUGAGUUUGACCAAACUGGGGGAGGCAGUAGAAGACAGGAGUGCCUGGCGUGCUCUGGUCCAUGGGGUCACGAAGAGUCGGACACGACUAAACGACUAAACAACAACGUCACUUACGGACUCAUUGUUAAAACUAUGUUUAUGGAAGACAAUCUUACUUGGCUGCAAGUGAUCACCAAAGAAGAAAGAAGAAGCAGCCUCAGAACUUCCCACUCUUAGGAUUAGAUGGCUUUUCUGGGCUUUCUUCUUUUUCCAAUUAGGUUUUUGGCCGCUCUCUCCCUCUCAGUUUUUCCUCUUUCAGGGUUGUUAUGCAAGUUAUGCAAGUACAAUAGUGCAUGUAGAAACAUCAGAGACUGGAGUAAUGAUUCUGGAAUACUGUAAAGGCAUAAACCUCUCCAAGUGUAAGAGGAAACAGCAGCGCUUCCAUUAUUAAUUUGAAGUGGUGGUGAAGUUUGUCUUGUGUGUAUAAAAAUAAUAAUAUCAGUCACAGUAUUCUAUGACAGGGUCUGGUCUGCAAGCUUCAUUCAGGUGGCCCACAGCAUGUCUGCAGGAGCAGCAGUUGUGAAUGGAGGGUGCAACUUACUGCUCUGUUGUUCUCAGAACUCAGCAGUUCACCUGGAAGCCGGGUGGUAUGGACCUGAAGUGAUGGAGGGGAAGAGGCACUUGAAAGGAGUGGAAAGCAGUGGAUUUAAUAGAAGGCUGGAUUUAAGGAGUUCAUUCAUGAUUAAAUUAAAAAUCAUCUAGCAUAGUGCAUUAUUAUUAUGGUUAUUGUUACAUUUAUAUCCCACAGUUCCUCCAAGGAGUUCAAGGUGGUGUACAUAGUUCUUCCUCUCUCAAUUUUAUCCUCACAACAGCCCUGUAGGUUAGACUAAGAGACUAUGACUGGUCCAAGGUCACCCAGUGAGCUUUGUGGUGGGGCCUAGAACUCUGGUCUCCCAGGUCUUAGUCUAGCACUCUAACUGCUACACCACACUGGCUCUGCAUUACAAUAGCUACACAGUAAUCUGCCAACACCCAUAGCACUUUCCAAGUAGUUGCAGGUUGGGGGAGUGGAAGUUUGGGAACCACUGCUCUGUGAGAACAGUUGCACAUUUGAGAAUAUGAUAGCUCAGAGCCGAGAUGCAUAAUAUGGUGAAUGAAGACGAAUCAGAGAAGCUCAGACCAAAGAAUACACAGAGCCUUUGGGAAAAGUACCGAUCGAGAUCUGCCUGAAUAUGAGAGUAGAAUGGUAAAGUGAGAGGCAGCAGAUAAUGAAAUGGAAAGGACCUUCACACAGGUGGCUGGAGGAGUGGAACAAACAAAUGAUUAAGUUGUGAUCCUGGAGGAGGGGAAUGAAACCAUUAACAGACAUUAAGAAACAUCUUGAGAUGGCAGAGAUAGAGCUGAGAGAGAAAUGAUCCUGUGUACAAGUUGGAAUGAAUUCAAAGGAAAAAGCUACCGAGCCUGUGCCAAUUCUCUUGGGGGGGAAAUGGAAGGAACUUUUUUCCAAAUUAGGACGGAAAAUCAUGGCCAACAGGAAAUGGGAUUGGAAGAUAUGGAACUGGAUGCGAAUUAAUUAAUAUACAACAAAUGGGUAACUAUGGAUUAUUAUCCUUAUAGUGGAUGUUGGGUUUUUAUUUUUGUUUUUGAGAUAAGGUCAACAUACCAGAUUGGAAGAAGACUAUUCUAGGCAUGCCAAAGAUUAAGACAUUCUGGGAGAUUAUCUAUAACGAAAUGAAAAAGGUAUUUAAAUAUACCUUUCUGAAGAAACCAGAGGCCUUUCUCCUGGGCAUGGUUGGCCAAUUGGUGUCAAAGAAGGAUAGAACUUUUUUUAUGUAUGCAACAACAGCAGCAAGAAUACUCAUCGCGAAGUAUUGGAAGACACAAGAUUUACCCACCCGGGAAGAAUGGCAGAUGAAGUUGAUGGACUAUAUGGAAUUGGCGGAAAUGACUGGCAGAAUCCGAGACCAGGGAGAAGAGUCGGUGGAAGAAGACUGGAAAAAGUUUAAAGACUAUUUACAGAAAUACUGUAAAAUUAAUGAAUGUUAGAAAAAUGUUGGAAUGAAGUUAUAUGGCUUUAGUAGAAAUGUUACAAGGAAUUAAGUAUAAAUAGAUUAAUAGAGUAUUAAAGGGAAAAAUAAUGUUAGAAUCUGUUAAGAUAAUUAAAGGAUAGAAAGCAGAGGAAGAUGGAAAGGAAUUGCUGAAACAAUUAACAGAAGUGGAAUACAAAAAGGGAGGUGUGAGGAGGUCAUUGAAAUAAGUGAAUGAAAGAUAAGAUAUUGAAAUUGUUUGAUGUGUUUUAAAUUGUUUUUGUUUUGUUUUGUUUUGUUAGUUUAAUGUGUUUAAUGUGUUAGUGUUAUGUAGUGCUUUUGUACUGUAUUGUAUUGUUUUUGUAGUGUUUAAAUUGUUGGAAAAGUAAUAAAUAUUAUUUUCCAAAAAAAAAAGAAGAAGACUAUUCUAGGCAUGUACUGAUAAUAACAACUGGGGAGCCCCUUUCGCACUUUUUUGUGGAAAUGAGCAUGAACUUGUGUCUGGGGUUGAAGAUUAGGAAAACAUCAUCUAGCUGAAUGCAAAACAGCUGGAUAUUAUAAUGGAAUACAGCUAGAUACCAUCCUGCAGUGAACGCUUUGAAUCAGAAGUUCUCACCACUCUUUUUAUGUUUUAUUAUCUUUUUCUUCAUCUAGUUUUCCUUUUCCUUUUUCCUUUUAUCCGCUAUGCUUUUGCUUAUUUUUCGUUUUGUUCAUUAUGUCCUCUACUCUGGCUUAAUGAGGUUAGAAGGUGAUGCUUGGCAGGUGAAAGACCCUGCGUGAGGUGCAGGGAAGGGAAGAUCUCCCAGGGUUGGAGGCUGGGAGAAGAAAGGGAAGCUCCCAGGUGAGAUAGGAAGGGUGACAAGGGUUAAGGAUCUACCUUUGGGAGAGGGCUUUUUUCAUCAUCCACCUGCCCUGCUUUCUCUUUUUCUUUUCUUUCUCUCUUUUUUGUUUUUAUUUUUAUUUAGAUUAGUUUGAUUACUUUGUUUUUUAUUAUGGUGUAUGUUGAAAAAUUUCAAUGAUGAUGAUGAUGAUGUAGCACAGCUUACUAGGAAGCGGAAAUGUGCCAACCAGCGUGGAUGUGGCCGUGCACCAUGGAUCCUCGCUUCCUCACCUCUAGUUUACUGCUGUUACUGCUUCCCUGAACACUCUAAACAAAUUUUUUUGAGCAUUGCCACAUGUUUGCUUACUUACUGCACAUGCCUACUCACAAAAUCUAAUCAAGUUAGCCCCCCGCCCAAAGCAGCACUAAAUCAUCUCAUUUGUUGCUCUCUGUGCUUUCUAGGAAUUGUCAGAUGAGAUUGAAGACUACACCCACCGCUUCAACACAGAAGACCAAGUGGAGUGGAAUCUGGUUCUCCAAGAGGUGGCUGCAUUUGUCGAGGUGAGGACUUAAAAGUGAAUCGCUGCAUUUUCCUUUCUUUCUGAAAGAGCGCAGUGUCUUCCCAGAUCUUGACUCAUAUUCUACAUCUUCUGCGAUAAUCCUCAGGCAAAAGGGGCAUUUAGCUCAGUGUUCUAUCUUCUACAGUAGCUAGGCAAAUCCCUUAAGAAAUUGGCAAGCAAAGGAUGAUGGAGUGUUCCCAUUUGUUCCCAACAUUGGGUAGUUAAAGGCUGCUGCGGAAUAUGUAGACCCUUAAUUCUUACAACUAAUACCUCUUGUCUUCUCUGUUAAUUGGUAUUUUUAGCAAGCCAUCUGAGCUAGUUACCAUUAUUGUAGUUUGCUAUUCUGGGAAGCAGAGUUUUUGUUUAAAAGGCAAACCACACACCCAUGCUUCUAGUUCUCAUUAUUUUAGUGAGAAGCUUUUAACCGCUGAAAGAAACGGGAGGGCAUCGUCUUCCUUCUGUGCCUUCAAGUCAUCUCCUACUACUCAUUCCCCCUCCUAGUAACUCACCUCCUGCUUCUAUAUUGUCCUUUGCCUUUUCCAAAUAGGAACAAUUGCUUUCAUAGUGUUAGAAAAAGUUAAUUGAGCAACAUUAUACAAGGGAAGCAACAUCACUCAGUGGUAGAAGAUCUUCUUUGCAUGCAAAACAUCCCAGAUUCAAUCCCCAAUAUGGCAUUUCCAGGGAUGUCCCCUGUCUGAGACCAUAGGGAGUCAUGACCAAAGAGUGUUGGCAAUACUGAGUUUGAUGAGCCAAUGGUCUGACUUGGUAUAAGGUAGCUUCCAGUGUUCCUAAGAUAAUAUAAAUUUUGCCAGCAUGUAUGUGUAUAUAUACAAAAAGCAGAAUUAUUUAUUCCUAAGAGGGAAGGAAUAGAAUGCAAGAGCCGUACUCAUAAGCCAAAUCUUGUGAGGGAAAUAUGUAUAAUUAAGACUAGAAUCUUGCAGGGAGCAUUCCUUUGAUCACAGCUGCUCUUAUUACUCCUGGACUUUCCAAAGCUCGCAGUAAUACAUCAGAGGCUGAUUUGCAGUUCACCUGGUGCUGGUCCAUCCUCAUGGUAAAGUGAGUCUUCUCCAAAAGAAACAAGCUUAGUACAGGAUAAUUGGCAAACAGAAUCCCAAAUCACAGUGGCAGUUAGCAUUAGUGUUAACCUGCUCCAUUGCCCCUUUCAUCCAGCUUAAUGUAGUUGGCUUUAUGGGAAAGAGCUUCUGAAUUUCUGCACACCCACACUCACACACUCCCAGCAGAAUAUUUGGGAAAAUACGAGGCUUGCUAAUUGCUUGUUCUUUUGUUGCUGUGUUUUUAUUACUUCCAGCAAGGCUUAACCUGAGUCCAGAUAAUUCAUGCCAGGGACCCUCAUUCUCAUGCCUGUCUCCCUUUCUUUCCAGGCAGACCCUGUGAUGGUGUUGAAUGAUGACAACACCCUUGUGAUCCUCUCCAACCGCCUCUCUGAAACGGGAGCCCCUCUGCUGGAGCAGGGGAUGAUCGUAGGGCAGCUGACUCUCGCAGAUGCGCUUAUUAUUGGCAACUGCAACAAUCAGGUGGGAUCCUGUACACAAGCCUUUCGUCCCAUGUCACAAGUGGGGUCAUUUUAUAUCAAGCAAUCCAACUUUUUUACCUCAUGUCAUCCAGUUUUCUUAAUACUUUGUACUCUUGUUGAAUGAUCAAAACUAAAUUUAAAUCCAAAAUUUUAGCUUUUUAUUUCAUCCCUUUUUUGAGUUAUGAGGGUUUGAAAUUAAAAAAAUAAAUGACAAUUUUGGCUUUGUCGGACUACACAAAAACCUUAAAAGCUCAGUCCAGCAUUGAGAAACUGAAAACACCAAUCUCUUCAGAACUUCAUAUGAAAGGUCACAAGAUGGACUUAUUUUAAAUUUAAGUUACAGAAUUUAAAAUUUUAAAAAGUGAUUGAAAAAAUUAAUGUGCAUCACACCUGGCACACACUCACCAGAUCUUGUGGAGAACAUGCACAUAAGCUGUCUGUGAAGAGGGAGUUGUGCGUAUUUCCCAGUCAGUAUACAUAAUUUCCAGCAGGACUUGGGAAAUGUAUAUAUAUCGCCUAACGUGUGUGUGUGUGUGUGUGUGUGUGUGUGUGUGUGUGUGUGUGUGCGCGCACACACACACACAUGUGUGCGCAUGCACACACAUACACACUAUAGGAGAUUUAUCAAACUGGAAAAGUUUGGCCACUGAGAGUGCUUCUACUCUUGCCAGCUUGGACAUCAUGCUGAAUCGUGGUUCAUUUUCCAUAAUCAUGGCUCAGUGUUAGGUCUGAAUUGAACCAAUCUUUGUCCCCAGGGAUGAACGUGGUCUUCCAGGCUACACAGAGUGUAGAGCACAGGUGCAUAAAGCAGCCCUUGACACUUCCUACCACCCACAUUUCUUUUAAACAAACUAGGAGGCAAAUCUCUGCUCAAGGCCCUGGAGAGAGUCAUCGCAGGUCAGAAACAGAUGGCACCAGGCUGAAAGAACCAUUGAUCAGGCUCUGUAAAGAGAUGCUGAUUAAUUUAUAAAAGUCACACAUCUCAAAAUCACAACUUGAGCUUUAAAAAGCCUGUUGCCGUGUUGCAAGCUGCAUUAUCCAUAUGAACAGGCUUUAAAAAAUAAUGAGACAAAGGUUAUAUCUAUUUGACAAACAUAAUUGGCUUUCUAAUAUAGCAGAGGUAGCCAACAAGGCACUCUCCAUAUGUUGCUGGACCCCAACUCCCAUCAUCCCCAACCAGCAUGGCCAGUGGUAAGGGAUGAUGGGAGUUGAAGUCCAAUGACAUGCAGAGGGCACCAUGUUGGCUACCCCUGUACUAUAGCAUAAAGUAUCUAUGGCUCCCCCAAAGAAUUAUGGGAAUAGUAGUUUAAUGAGGGUGCUGUGAAGUAUAUUGAAGAUCCCUAACACACCCACACCCACACCCACACACACACACACACACACACCCCUGUAAUUUUUAGAAUUAUCUAUGAAGAGAGAGUGGUAAUGAUAUAGGCCCUCAACAGUAAUUUUAAGCAUAAUUUUUGAAAAGGGAUCUGGGCUUCUCCCUGCAUUACCUUUAUGACUGUGUUCUGCCAGUUUUCUAGACUUUUUAGAGGGUGAAUGUUUUGCUCCUUUAUAUGGCUUUAUAAUUUGACUUUUAAAUACGUAUAUUCUGGUACUAUUUUUAGUAUUUUGCACUGCAUUGUGCUUCUAUUGUAAUAAUUGUAAAGUGGUAUGCAAGGUUUCAUUUUUUGUUUUUCUGUUUUUAAAAGCUGGUACAGACACAUACUUACUUGGUAGCUCAAAAGACUUUCAUUUCCAGCACUAAUGGAUGAAAUUACACAUAAUUUGAGCUUUCAACAAGGACUAGAAGUUCCAGACCUUUUUUUAUAUACGACUUGACAUUUCUUGAUUACAUAUACAGCAGAGCCAUCAUUUUCAAGGCAGCCAUUGUCGCAAGCCUGACCCAUCUGGAACUAUACUUGACAGUCAAAUAAUGCUUAAUAUUCUUUCUUUAUGUGAGGACACAUUUUAUUCUUACUCCCCACCCCCACGCCAAUGACCUGGACCUCAUUACUUAAAAAACCUAUAUGUAACUGUACUUACUCUAUGUGCUUAUUUUAUGGUUUGGCUUUUUAUGUUUUAAUUUCCAUCUGUUAUGUAAUUAUUCUUGCCUAUUUAUAUACAAUUAAAAAAUCAAAAAAAUCUUUACCCACCAGAAAUGGCUUUCAUUAUCCUAAAAACCUUUAAUUUGCAACUGUGUCUCUGGUAGGUGAAGUUCAGCGAGCUGACAAUCGACAUGUUCCGGAUGCUGCAAGCUCUGGAGAGGGAACCUAUGAACUUGGCAUCACAAAUGAGCAAGCCAGGGCUGCAGGCAAGUCCCCUCGUCUUUCAGCCCUGCACUCACCAGGCGAGGCAGUAGAAAUUUAUUUUAACUUUGGUUUGAGAUCAGUUGGAAUUCCAUGUUAAGCUAAUUGUAUAGAUCUGAGGAGCAGCUGUGCUGAGAUGAAAAAUCUAUAACCUCCUUUCUUUUAGUGACAUGCGCUGCUUGUUUCUUUCUUUCUUUUUUUAUAUAGGAGACAACCGAAAAGCCAGCAAGAAGGGAAAACCCUCACAAGUACUUGCUGUACAAGCCAACCUUCAGUCAGCUGUACACCUUCUUGGCUGCGUCAUUUAAGGUUUGUGCCAAAGGAGGAGGUGCCUCUUUCUAGUGAUAGAAUAUCCCAAAUAGUGAAGGCUCAUCCAAUAGGUUGCCCCAACAACCUCAGUCUGCCAUGAGUCAGCCAGCAUCUUCCUGUCUUCUUACUCGCAACCACUCGGGGGGGGGGGGGGCUGUCAGCUCCUUCAUCUGUCUCAGUGUAGUCACUUGUAUAACUCAGCAGGGAUGAGAAUGGGAGCAAAACUAGGAUUAGGAGGUUCUACCUAUUGUUGGCUCUGGCACUAUCUACUGUUGGCUUCCCUGCCUUCCGCCCCGCCAGCCACCACUGCUCCUAAAAUACCAUUUUGCCGAGUCAAAAUGCAAGUGAGCAGGUGUGUCUCCUGAGAACAAAAGGUGUUUAUGGAGCGCAAUUGAAAUGAAUAAUGACAAAUUUAAAAAAUACCAUCAUUGCUAUGAAUUGAAUUUUAUUCAUCUGUUUAAACUGUUUUAUACACCUUUGCUUUGGAGAGCUCAAGGCAGCAAGCAACAGCAAUUUAAUUUUCAAAUUACCCUGCAGUGAACACUUAAAGCAGCAGUGGAAGACAAUUGAAUACAGCAGCAAUAAAAAAUUAUUCACAAAACCAAAGGCAGUUUCAAAUUGGGGUGGGGGGGGAGAGAGACAACCACUACCACCACCACCAUUAGAUAAGGGAGCAGUUUCCAGUCCAAAGAUAGAUAUUUUUUUAUACCAGCCUAUUGAAGGCUGCUGCAAGAGGAGCUGAGGCAGGUUUCCCUCAGAGUUUGUACAGUUGGACACAAAUUUAGAAUUAGGAAGAGGAGAGAGAAAGAGAGGCUGUUUUGCCUCUUCCAGAGAUGGGUGGGUUGGUUUAUAUACAGUCAAUCCUGACUUGAACAGGUUCUUGUAAUAAUUUUAGAAAGACUGUCAAACCUAUUUGAACAGAAGCAACAGCAAGACAAAAGAGGUUUCUUUGUGCGUUGCCUGGAGGUUGGCAAUGAUUUUUUUAAAUAAAAAAGUUGAAAGUGGCAUAUGAGUGUGUCACUUCCGUGUUGCUCUGCCCCCUCCCAAGCAUUCAUUCAUUCAUUUAGCAGUAUAUGCCGCUUGGUUGUAACGAAACCUCUGUUUACAGGAACCAUUAAAAAGAUCAAUAGGAAACCCAACUGUUUUGUGUUGAUCAUUUUAAUGGAAAAACAUCAAGACUUACUGCCCCUGGGGUUUGCCAACACUACUCCAGAGCCCCUCCUGGACAGCACGGAUGGGGUGCUGCUGCGUAACAGGGUGGACGAUAGACCACAGCAUCCCCUGUCUGUCUCUCUGGCCCAUCACCAGAUGCUGAUCUCCUAAUCCCAUUCCAAGAUCAAUAGGUUUUCUGGUAAAGGAGAUAGUAUUUUUACAGACAAUAGCAACACCUGCCCUUUGUCCUCCUCCGCCUAAGUCUAGCCUAGCGCUGUAACAAGUACCCAGAGGGACACGGCUGAGUUAGGUCAGGCCCACCCAACUCACCCAUCCAAGUCUUGGUAAUGCAUACCACAUCUGCCCUUUUAUCCACCACCAGUUUGUGGGUGAGCAUGGUCUUAUUGUGGACUGACCUGGCAUUCAAUAACAGCACCAUUGGACCAGAGGGCUAAGAAGUAAGCUAUCAGCAACUUCCAGAUGGGUGAAAGGUGGACAAGAGCCUCUGCCCCAGUUGUGUGGAAACAGGAGAGGAGUCUCAAUGGAGCUAGCAGUGGGAAGGACACUAGAACUCAAAGAUAUCCAGUGAAGCUGAAUGUUGGAAGAUUCAGGACAAAUAAAAGGAAGUGUUUCUACACCACAUAGUUAAACUAUGGAACUCACUCCUGCAGGAGGCAACAAUGGCCCACCAAUUUGGAUGGCUUUGAAAGAGUAUUAGAGAAGUUCAUGGAGGAUAAGACCAUUGAUGUCUACUAGCCACGAAAGCUAUGCUGUUUCUUGAUGGUCAGAGGCAGUAAAUGCUUCUGAAUAAAAAGGUAAAGGACCCCUGGACAGUUAAGUCCAGCCAAAGGCGACUAUGGGGUUGCGGCACUCACCUCGCUUUCAGGCCAAGGGAGCCGGCAUUUGUCCACAGACAGCUUUCCGGGUCAUGUGACCAGCACGACUAAACCGCUUCUGGUGCAACAGAACACCAUGCUGGAAACCAGAGCGCAUGGAAAUGCCGUUUACCUUCCCACCGCAGUGGUAUACCUAUUUAUCUACUCGCACUGGUGUGCUUUUGAACUGCUAGGUUGGCAGAAGCUGGGACAGAGCAACGGGAGCUCACCCCGUCGCAGGGAUUUGAAUUGCCAACCUUCUGAUCAGCAACCUUCUGCAUACUAGUUGCUGGAAGCCACAUGAGGGGCGAGUACUUCUAGCAGGGCUCUUAUUAUCUUUUAAGGAUGGAAUAUUCCUUCAAUCCAGUGCAAGUCCUACUGCUACAUUUAUUUUAAAAAGCAUUUUUAAUAUUCAUAUUGGGUUAUCCUUGAAACAGACAGCUUAAAAUAAAUGAUAUGUAUCUGUAUUGUGCAUUAAUAAACAAAUGCCUACCUCCCCCCUCUCCAAUAUUCCCUCACCAACUCCCCUCCCCCCCUUCUCCUGUCAAACUUUCAGGAGCUGCCUGCAAAUAGUGUCCUGCUCAUCUACCUGUCAGCCACUGGCGUGUUUCCUUCAGGUCGUUCGGAUAGUGAAGGUACAAAUAAAGGAAUGCUCCCUGUCAUGAGCAGGGCCUGAAUUCUCUUUAUGAUCCACAAUCUGACGAGGGAAGCCUCCAAAUGCUUUUUCUCUUGGAGAAUAAGCUAUGGGCCGGCAUUGCCUUUGCUGGGUAUGGCUGCCCAACAGGAAGUGGCGUUUGGAUUUUCUUCUCAUGUCUACCUUUGUGCCACACCUUAAGAUUUUUCAGGUGUUGGAAGCGUUAGCACCCGGUUCAGGUGCUUUACUGGGCUGGAAGAUCUUCUUUGUGUGGUGAAGAAGUGGGGUGUACGGACCCUUAUGCCAUGCACACUGCGUGAUGCUCAGCAGAUGUGUAUCCCAUACGUCUCCAUUAGUUUCUCUCUCACCUUUUUCUCCAAGGAGCUCAAGGUGGUUUACAUGGUUCUCCCUCUCAUCAUUUUAUCCUCACAACAACCCUGUGAGGUAGGUUAAGCUUAGUGGGGAUUUGAGCCCUGGCCUCCCAGGUCCUAGUCUGACAAACUCUCUAGCCACUACACUACACUGGUUCUCCUUUCAUGCCCCAGGGAGAAAAGACUGGACAACAAAGACAUUUUUCAGCCUGAGGGCCACAUUCCCUUCUUUGAAGGCUUCAAGGGGCCACAUGCCAUUGGUGGGUGGAACAAUGAUUGUGAAUUUUUACCUUUGUGCAGUAGACUAGUUUCUAUGUAUAAAUGAUACACACAAACACCCAGCCUCCAUCCACAUAAGCAAGAGGCAUUAUCAGGGUUUAAGGACACAUUCCAGCCAGCCAAAACCAUUCACAGUGUGAAGUAGAACCAGUGAGGGUGAGGGUUAUGGCCUGGAGAGAGGGAGAAAGUCAUAAGGGCCAGAUAAAGAGCCCUGGAGGGUUCCCCACCUCUGCUGUCCAACCAGGUCUUAAAAGUGUUAGGAGGCUCCAUAUGGAGCACAUCACAGUACUGGGGAGUGGUGUGUGCCUGAUUUUCACUACAUGAAGAUGAUAACCAGCCUUGUAAGUGUUUGGUAAAUGGUGCCUCCUGAAUGCUUCUGGGGCUCAUUGUCCCUUUUAUUUAAAAAACAAAACAAAGCAGUAUGAACACAAAGCCGUGUUGAUAGUACUCAAGUGCAGCCAAAGGAUGACUGCUGGGGGAGGGGGGGCGUGCUGUAGAGAUGGUGGAUAUUUCCUCACAAUUCAAGCCCUUGUCAUGACUUUGGUAAUUUCCCUCCACCCCACCUCCACCUCCACCCCACCUAUCCGACCCGGAAGAAUAUUGGGAUGCAGCUGCCAUCUGUGCUUUGUUUGUUGUUUUGUUUUUUAAGACAACUCCCCACCCCCCUCAAAAAAUACAAUCAUGAAGAUGAUCCAUUCCAAAAAUUGGCUGAAGCUGAAUGAAUGGAUUAUACAAAGUGAAAGAAUUUGGUUCUCAUGGUACCAUGUUUGCAUUCAACAACAACAAAAAUUCCUCCUAGUAGAUGUUGUAUUAAAUCUGCUCCAUUCACUUAAAAGACUUGCAUUCCUUUAUAAAAUGCAUGCUUGUUUCAUCUUUCCUUGCAUGAUUCAUAAACCUUUCCAGAUACUUAUAUUUUAAAAAACCCACAAAAACACCUGUAACAAAAAGUUUACAGGGUCUUUUUUGCUGUGUACUUUGGUGCCAAAUCUUUGUCCUCUUGCUUGACUCUGGUUUUUGUGGGUGGGUGGGUCUUAUGCCUGCUGCAUGAGCUUUUGUUGUUCCCAACAUACGGUAGGACAAAUGUCCAUCUCCACCCUUUGUAGAGCUUUCUAGAUUUUCUGUUAACGCUUCUGGCUCAAAGUGGGAGGUGAGCCUUGGGGACCAUCUGUGCAAAAUGUCAACCUCCUCCAUUCUGCCCCAGAGAUGACAUUAAUGCAGCUGGGACUCUAGAAGGGAAAGAGAGCUGGCCUGAUUAAGUCAUUGACAUGGGGAGGAAGCAGAAGGGGUAAAAAUAAUUAGGGAUAAUUUGAGGAAGGGGUAAAUUGAUAGUUGGUAAGAAUAGGUUUGUCUUCUGUAAUUGAACAGAGUUUGAGGAAUGGGACCUGCCUCUUGAGGCACAACAAGGCAGAUAAUCUUAGAGCGCUUGAACCAUGGGAGGAUGGAGUAUCAGACAAAGAAAGGGAGGAUAGGUCUAAGGAAAAAGAGAAGGAGGAUAGGCUCUGCCUCACCCAUGAAACUGCCCUGUAAUCUUCUGAGCUCAGUAAGGCAAAGUUGCAAUGGCAGUAUUCCUGAUACUUGCUUUUGCACAACAAAUUAUUAUUUUUUAAUCGAUGUUUCCUUUUGUUAGCUGCUUUGGUCUUUCCUUGGGAAGGUAAAACUGGUUAUUAAUCAGCAAGUGAAAUUUGUGGAGUAAAUGAAGAACCAGGAUUGUUGUCUCAGCCCUUCCAAUUGUACCCAUGUACAAAAGUCAGCCGAAGAUGAUCCUUGUCAAUCCAUGUGGCCAACACAGACCAAUGUGGCAUUGCUGAAUUCAGCCUUGUAAUGAUAAUUUUAAAAAUAUUGGACUUGCACAUAGCUACCUGCAGUCCACAUGAUUGGCUUUCUGAGCUGAACGUACAGGGAAGGGCAACAGUAUCACUUGUUCCCUAGAAUGUUACAGCUUCAGGAGCAUGGGAAGCAGCAUUUGAGGGAGGCACCAUCUGCAUUGUAUCUUUAAAGCAGUACCAUACCACUUUAAUAACUCAUGGCUUCCCCACCAAGCAUCCUGGGAGCUGCAAUUUAUUAAAGGUGGUGAGACUUGCUAGGAGACCCCCCCCCCCAUUCUUCGCACAGAACUUCCAUUCCCAGAGUACCCCAGCUAGAGGGAACUGUUAAACCACUCUGGGAAUGGUAGCUUUGUGAGGGGAAUAGGGGGUCCCCUAACAAGUCUCACCACCUUAACAAACGGCAGUUCCCAGGAUCCUUUGGGGGAGCCCUGAGUGUUUAAAGUGGUUUGAUGCUGCUUUAAAUGUAUAGUGCAGAUGGAGCCUGAUUCUAAAGACCGCAUUUGACACCUGUCGAGUUUGCUAUGUGAAAUGAGUAAUUGCGUCUCCAGGAGAAGGAGUAAAAUCUUAGGGCCAAACUAGACAAAUUAUACUGUCUCCACUGGGAAGAGAUGGUUAAGCGCAAAGACCAUUUGGAAAAUCCCAUUGUCUUGUUGUGGAAAAUGCUUGAAUUCCCACUAGGCAGUUGUGAAGCUGGUAGUGAAGCAUGUUGUGUAAGUGGCUGUUGCCCAGAGUUGGGUCAAAAAACCAGCUUUUCCUUUUUUAAGCUUCCCUUGGCAUUCUCCCAUCAGCGUUCUCUCUCUCUCUCUCUCUAUCACUAUGCUGGUGGCUGGUAUCCACAGCAAAUCUGGAAAGGUUCUUCCUGACCUACUAAGGUGGAAGGAUGGAUUUCUAGUUCUUGGUUGUAUUGAUUUUGAUUGUGGUGUGUGGGUUUAAACAUGGCGUAUAUUGAUCCUUCCUGUAUAUAUGUGAAAUAAACACGGUUUUAGUUAGAGAGGUCUCUAAUGAAAAGGGCACAAUACUUUUGGCCCUACAAUCUAAAACAGGGAUAGUCAGCUGGCAGCCCUCAAUUCCACCUAUGGCAGCUGUACCAAAUUCUAAUCAAGAUCAUAGUAAGUUAUAUUGGGACGAAGUGAGUCUGUGUUGUGUUUUGAAUUCAUAGGCUAAAAUGAAUCAAAAGCUAAAGGACAUCUUGUAUUGUCAAGAUGGGGGACAGACAUUGGCCAAGUGAACUUCCAAACCCAUAAUCCAUUAGUAAUCUGCAAGCUCUCCCAGAUUCUCCUUUUUCUCCCAAAUGGGGGCUGCUGUCCAUAUCCCGUGUUUGUUUCAUUGCCAACACGUAGCUGUGUAGCUGCUGUUCAUUCUGGCCUCCUGUUUGCAUUUUCUGCAGGUCCCUAUGAUUUUGGGGGUGUCCUGACAAACAGCAACCGGGACAUCAUAAAUGGGGAUGGCAUCCACAAGCGGAACCAGUCGUACAAAGAGAUGCACUGGUGAGUACCAUGUACCUGGAAGAGCAGGUGGCAGGAGCCCUCAGCCCUUGGAAUUUAGUUACAGGACUUUUGCUGCCCCAUGGUUUCAGUAUUUGUACUGGCUUCUUCCAACUGGCAUUUUGAGGCUGGUGCUUCUCCCACAACUCAUACACAUUUCCUAUAAAGCCCUAACCUCAAGGGCAGGGUUGGGGGGUAUUUUUCAACCUGCGCAUCACAUUCCUUCAAUAGUAACAUUUUUGGGUGGCUGCAUGCUGGUGGUGAGUGGGCCCAAAGGCAGUAGGGGGAGCAGUGGAGAUGACACCUUCGUGCUGUAGGCACAGACCUUCAUCACUCCAGCCAGGCAAGCAAGAAGCAUUAUCUAGCAGCUCUUCUUAUGUUCUUGUGACCAUGAACUCAGGCCUCUCUGUUUAAACUGGUGGGUGGAGGGUCCUGUUUAGGUUUGCUUAGUUUCCCUUAAGCGCUUUUAUAAAUAAGUACAGUAAAUGGAAGGUUGUGAUGGGGGGUGGGGAGACCCCUGGAAUGAUGUUAUACUACUAAGGAAGCAACAAUCUCUUCCCAGGUUCCAAGCGUACUUUUGAACCAUUUCUGUUCUCUCUUUUAGUCUACACCCUGGUGAUCUGUAUCCUUUCACGAGGAAGCCUCUGUUUAUCAUAGUGGACUCCUCUAACAGCGUUGCCUACAAGGUAACAACUUUUCUCCAUCAUUAUCACCAUCGUUAUUUAUUUAUGUGCCUCCUUUCCAUAGUUAAGGUGUGCUCUAGAUGGCUUACAACCCCAGAAAAUUGACAUAAUUUGCUCUAGUUGGUACAAAAAUGCAACCAAAUCUUAAAUGAUAAAAAAUGAAAACCUCUCAGUAAGUAUACAGCAAAAUUUAACAAUUGUUAGUAGAUCAUAAGAUCUGAGAAUAAAAACUAAGCAAUGUAAUCCCAAUAACAGGUAAAAAUAAUGUAUGUCAGAAUUAAAUCUUGACUCCAGCAUUAACUCCUAAACAACACCCCCCCAUGCCAAUAGUUUCUAGACAUACUGGACAGCAGGACUUACUGGCCUCACAGGUCAAAUAAUCUCUGGCCUCUCCAGCACCCGCUGGUUUUGCAGCUGGAAUCAGGAUGCUGCCCCCCAGCCCAGCCCAGCAAAGCAGGGAGGAGGCUCUUGCAGGACUCACAGAUAAGAUGAUUUUUAAGAUGUCUGUGUUUUGAGUGCUUCUAAAGUCAGCCCCUCUCCCUACACCAAAGUAAUUUUUUUUAAAUGCAUUUUACGUGUGCCAUUUGUUGUAAAUAGAACAUUCUUGUAAUGUGUAUACAGAAAAUUUAUUCAAGGGAACAAAGCAAAAAACCAAACAAAAUUUUAAAAAACAUAAUGCCUCGGUAGUAGUAACUGACUUUUAUAAAACACUAAAAUGUCCUCUAUGAAACAGUGAAAUACCCAGCACAUUUGGGAUUUGGUACUGAGCUUACUUCUGAGAUUUAAAGCACAAUUGCAACUGGCCUUUUUAGAGUUCUCAAAGGUGGUGUGAUGUGUUAGCCCAUGGAUAACUGCAGCCCCUUUGGAGAGACAUAGCCAUGUUCAUGUGCCAGCAGCUGUACUGUAACUUCCUUCCUUCCUUGUUUUGACUAUUUCAGUUGUAUUUUGCUCUUGCUAAUUCUAGUUACCUUAUUGCACAUAAUAUAUAUAUGAGUGUCUGUAUCGCAUGCCCUGUGUAGAGUAGCACAGAGCUCUGUGCUUAAUCAUCACUUUGACAUUGGGAGGGAGAGAAGGGGGGUGACUAUUACUCUGAUUAGACCCAGCUGCUCUUUAAUAUGUUAACAAGCUUAGUAGGAAUUACCUUAAUGAAUUUUAGUGGAAUUGACACAUUUGGAAGAGCGCUUCUGUCUUAACAGGCUGAGUCCUGGAUAGAAACUAGAAGGAUGCUUUCCUUCCUUUCCCCUACUUAAAUUUCCAACUUACAGAAAGUUAAAUUUCAUGUUGGGUUGUCCACAUGACAUCCCCUGGUGCACUGCAUAGACUUCUGUUACUUAUUUAGAACAUUUGUAGUCCACUCUUCUGCCAAAAAGGCUCCCACAGUGGCUUACGGACAAAAACAUGACACACAAGGAAAGUGAAGGGGAAGUGAAAGAAGUGGGUGGGGAAUCAAACUCAGGCAUUAAUUCUUAAUGUUGACAUACUUCUGUCUCUUGAGACAUUGGAGGAGUUUGCCUUUGAGGGUGAAGUCAAGCUGUUGGAAGGUUACAGUAUCUGCUGUGGCUGUAGAGACUGAGAUGGGAGAGACAUGUUUUGUUGCAUCUGGAGCAGAUAAAGGCGUCCAGUUGUGCUGCUGCAGAUGUGCCAUGGCUCCUUUUUUAUCUCUGUGCUUCUCCCAGUGGUCAUUCCUCCUCUGGUCACUGCUAGGGAUACACAAGUUGACUUUCUGCAGGCACUGCAGUCAUCUGCAACUGAUUCCCACUCCAAGGGGUUGAUGUUGCCAGCCUUCAUGUCUCAUUUGCAGACAUCUUUGAAAUACAGAUUUGGUCUGCCAGUAGGCCUAGUGCCUGAAACCAGGUCCCCACAGAGCACGUUCUUGGGGAUCCUGCCAUCUUCCAUUCUGUGGACAUGGCCAAAGCAGCAUAGAUGCCUGAGACAGGAGUGUGAACAUGCUGGGAAUGUGGAUUUGGGAGAGCAUGUCUUUGUUUGAAACUCUGUCCUCCCAUGUGAUAACCAAAAUCUUUCUGACACAGCACAUGUGGAAGGCAUUGAAGUGUUGCUCCUGGUGGAUGUAAGUUGCCCACAUCUCAAAAUUACGCAGCAAUCCCUUCCACCCAAUUCAGUUCUUGCCUUGUCAAGUUUAAAUAAUAACUUUAAAUACGGAGACUUCGUAUUUUUUCUGUUAUCAGCAGCCCGAUUAACAGUAGCUGACAAUACUGGAAACCUAUUGAAAUCCCAUUGAAAUCUCGGUAAAUAAUAUUUGGAAUGUGGCUCUGUCGGGACACCUUACUCGUCAUAGAAGGGUAAUUAAAGGCAUUUCAAAGAUAGACACUUUUGGCGAGACUUGGCUUCCAUUCUUUUCCUUUAUAAAUGAGACAGAAGAUACUUUUAUUCCACACACAACACAAGAAUCUCUGUGGAGAGGAUACUUGAAUGGACAGUGCAUAAAUAAACGUAUUGCCUGUGUACUGUGUACUGUGUACUGUGUACUGUGUAUGAAACUUAAUAAGAAGAUACCACUGGACAAAGUUACUGUAUUUAUAUGCUGUUCUUGUAUUUACGUGAAAACCAAUAAAAAUAUUUGGAUAUUUUUAAAAAAGAGGGAAGUGUUCACAAAGUUCAGGUAUGGCUGUUCUGUUGGUGUUGAUUCAAGGCCACUCUUUCUGCUUUGUACUGUGGGCCCUUUUUGACUAGAGAUGGAUCUUGCUUGCCACCAGGGAGUAAUCCAGGUUGCAAGCAGCACUGUGGUAGUUCUGAGUGACACAAACACAAUUUAGUGCUGAUCGCCUGGUGACAGUCAAGUCCCUCUGGUGCCAGUGGCCUGACCUUGGAUGUCUCCAGAACACCCUGUGUUUAGCCAUGGCAGAGAAGAACAUGUUUGUGAUGCAGAGGUGUAGACAUAUUGCUAGGGAAUUUUACUUUUAUACUGAACAUCCCACUCUUUUGAAAGAAAGGGGUUUGUAUGGGGCUCCCAGUGGCCCUCCUCUUCAACCAACUGAUCGGGUUUACCUUUCCAUUAGCUUUCUAUUGCUGUAUGUGUAUGUGUAUGUGCUGUAUGCUCAAACCAAACUGCUGAGAUCUCUCUCUUUCUCUCACUCCUCUUCCAGAAUUUCACAAACUUAUUCGGACAACCACUGGUGUGCCUACUUUCACCAACAGCAUAUCCAAAAGCGUUGCAAGGUAUGAAGGUGUUUUUCCUCUGUAACAGGAGUUGAGGUGUUGCAUUGUGUUCCUGUAUUUUACAGCAACAACAAAAGUCAGUGGAAAGGGGGUAUUAGCUUCCCAGCUUAAAAAGUUGCAGUGACACCUCCCCAUCUCCCGACCCUCAUUUGAUCCACUGAACCACAGUGAGAAGUUCUUUCUUUUUUUGCAAGAACAGGGCAUUUGUCGUCUGGAAGUUUACAGUAAAUAUUUCACUAACAUACUUGUUGAGCCUUGAAAUUGGCUGUCCUGGAUGCCUGGAGGAACUCUGGUGCUGAGUCCUGUUGUUGCUGUUGCAUUGCUCAUUCCACUGCUGGGUAAACAAAAAGCUCUUAGCCUGGUGCCUAGGGAUUGAUAAGAAUAGCACCAGGCAUGAGUCUGGGGAGAGCAUUCCACAGGUGGUACUACUGAAAAGUGUUGCCAGCCUCCUCACUUCUCUCAGAUGCUCAGGUGGGGCACAUUGAAAAGGACUUCAAAUGAAGACUGCAGGGACUGGGCUGGUUUGUAUGAGGAGAGGCAGUCCCUGAAUUAUUGUGCUCCUGAGCCUUGUAGGGCUUUAAAGGUCAAGGUGCAAUCAGGCUCUUUAUUUUCUUGGGGGAUAGGACCAUAGUCCAGCGGGUUGAGCACUUUCUUUGCAUGCACAAAGUUCCAGAUUCAAUCCCUGGCAUCUCUAGGUACGGCUGGGAGAGACUCCAGCCUGACACCCUAGAGAGCUGCUGUCAGUCGAUGUCUACAGUACCAAUCUAGAUGGACCAGUAAGGACCCCUCUGCACUAUACAUUUACAGCAGUAGUAUAUUGCUUCAAACAAUCAGUUUCCCCCAGAGAAUUCUGGGAACUGUGGUUUGUUACUGGUGCUGACAGUUGCUAGGAGAUUCCUAUUCAUGUCACAAAUCUACAAUUCCUAGAGUUACUGUUUUUAUUUAUUAUAUUUAUUAGUCACUUUUCGCAAAAUAAAUAAAUAAAGUGAGUUCCCUGGGAAGAAUAAUUGAUUGUUAAACCACACUGAGAAUUGUAUCUCUGUGAGGGGAAUAAAUCUAACGACUUUCAACACCCUAAGAAACUGCGGUUCCCAGGAUGCUUUGGGGGAAGCCAUGAUUGUUUAUAGUGGUAUGAUACCGAUUGAAAUAUAUAGUGCAAACAGAGCAUACGACAGCUCCUUUUCUCCUUAACGUCUGCUGUCCUUUUGCUUCAUGCAGAUAAAAUGUGGGGCAGGGGGGCGGUAUUAUCUCAUCUUCCUUUGCAGCGGUAACUGUGGUGGGCACUCUCUCUUAGGGUUUCUUCCUUGCCUGGACUAACGUUAACGGAAGUCUUUUUGGAGUGCCUUGUAAUCUAAUUAGGGAGCGAAAUAUUUGAUCAAUUCGAAAGCUCUCUAUUAACUUUCCAACCCAUUUUUCCAGUCCCCAUAACUGUAAGUGGUUCUCUGGUGUGUCGCUCUCUGAGAGAGCAGCCCCUUUACUGCUACUGGUUCCCAGCAUGAAGUCCAGUCUGGUGACAUAAUUUGUGACACAGGAAGGUGGUGGUCAGCAGUGAAUGCAUGAAAGGAGCUGGAGACUUCACCCUUUGGCCUUAUUGAGGUAAGUUCUAUUAUGUGCCAAGAGGUUUUGAGUAAAAAUAAAUAAAUAUUGUUCCUGUGAAAAGAACACUAAAUGAGGCUGAGUACACAUCAUACAUUUUUUAAAAAACAACAACAACAUUAAAUCUCCCCCCAAAAGAAACCUGGGAACUGUAGUUUGCUGUGGGUACUUGAAAUUGUAGCUCCUGGAUUCUUUUUCUUUCUUUUUUCCCAGAGAAGGGUGUGCUUUAAAUGUAUAAUAUGUACAUAGCCUCAGUCAAAGGAAUGAUGAAAAUAAUAGAACUUACCCUUUUUCAAGCAGAAAACACCUACCAACUGGUGAAUGUCUCCAGCGGGAGAGGGGAGGAAGAUCGUAUCUUGUUUAGUGUAAUGUUCCUGCUGAUCAGAACCUUAAAUCUCUCCUUUUUCUCAUUUUACUUAGUUGUACAAAUUUGAAACAGAGCUAAGAGCUAGUCAAGUUUGAAGGAUCAGCUUUCAUUCUGGUGAAUAAUUGGGAUGGUGAUUGCUGGCAAAUAAUUCUUCAUAUGUGUGUUUUGGGGAUUGGGUUGGGGAUAGUUUUUUUCAAGGUAUUGUGCUUCCUCUCCCCAUUGGGGUAAUAGUGCCUCUUUGUAUUGGAUGACGCUUUGGAGAAACGUUUUGCAUUGGGUAAUAGAUAAUCAAAUAAUAUAGCUAUCAGUGGGUACAUCAUAAUUAGGAAACACUCCUUGAUCGCCACUGCCAGGGUGUCUGCAGUGCUCAGUAGGAUAUAAUAGAAAUGGGGAACCUUUUUGCAGCCCAAGGACCACAUUCCCUUCUGAGAAAUCUUCUAGGGUCCAUAUGCCAGUGGUGGGCAGGGCAACAAAUGUAAACUUUACCUUUGUACAGCAGAACAUUUUCCUCACAUGCUCAUACACGCCCCUUCUUUUUCCUCUAUCCAUACAAGCAAAAGGUGGUCUCAGAAAUCAAGGGCAUAUUCCAGCAAGGCAUAUUGAGAUGCGAAGCAGGGUCACUGAGGGUUGUGAAUUAGGGAGAUUUCCCUAAGCCAGGUAUAUUUGGCUCCUGGGCCUAAGGUUCCAUAUCUUUGGAUAGACAGAUUUCUGCUGGUACCUUACAGAAUGAUAGUUCACAUCAUAGAAUGGCUUUUGGUCCCCCACCCCCCUUCCAUUUGUCAACAGUCGAAGCCUGAACACCUUUCGGCAGUGUAAAAUCUACCUUGAAAUAAAUCUGAGGGUUGUAGCCAAUCCUACUCAGAUUAGGUAAAUUGAAAUUUAUGAGCAUUGUUAAUUUAGGCAUGUUCAUUUCAGUGGGUCUGCUCUGAGUACAACUUCUUUUGAUACAACCUUGGGUUUAUAGGGAACCUGUUAGACCCUUGACAUAAAUUUGCUGCUGCUCACUGCUAAGCAAAGUUUGUGAGACUUGGAUAGGAGGGCAUCUUUGGUGCAUUUAUAAUAGUGCCUCCCUAUUUAUGUGUCAUGGUAGAGGGUUGUAUGGCUGUUAACAGUGGGCAACCACCUCUCCUGUUUCGUAUGCUAAGUGCAUUUUGUGUUCAUUUCCUUCCAGAUCAGUCUCAGCGAGGCAGCCUCUUCACCUUCUUCCUGAACAAUCCUUUAAUGGCAUUCCUAUUUGUCUCUGGAUUAUCAAGCAUGCGCAAAGGAUUGUGGGACAAGUGUCAUGAUUACCUUCGCAAAAUCAACCGGGAUAUUGCACAAUUGCUGACUCAUUCCCGUUCCAUAGGUAUGUACUGUAGGUAUGCUUAGACCAAGGGAACCAUGCAGCUGAAAAUGAACAAAGAGGAUGUGUUUGUUAUUUUUACUAUAAAGGGCCGCAUCUGAGGUUGUAUCCUCAGAUGAGUAGACAGAUUGAUGUUACUGAGCCUGACUAGCAUUAGAUGCAACUCAGAGUCUCCUUUCCACUCCAGAAGUUUAAAAAAUAACUUUCUGAAUUCAGCUUUUCUUUAAGAGCUGCCUUCUUACUUUCUGCAGAUCAGGCCUUUCUCCAGUUUUUUGGAGAUGAAUUCCUUCGCUUACUUCUAACAAGAUUCAUCUUUUGCUCAGCUACCAUGAGGAUGCACAAAAUUUUCCGGGUAUUUAUCUAUUAUUUAUUUUAUUAAAAAAAUCAUACUGCUUGAAAAUCUCAAAGCAGCAUUGAACUCUUCCCUUCUUUUUAUCGAAACAGCUCUUUGAUAGAUGCUGACUGUGGAUUGUAUCCAACCAAGCUCUACUUUGAGUAGACCCAGUGAAAUCAAAGCAGCCGUCAAGUUUUUAGCAACAUUAGGCCCAGUCCUGUAGGAAUGCUCUCCCUAAGGAGGCUCAGCAGGCACCUUCUAUUUUAACCUUUCAAAAUUUGCCGUAAACUUUUCUAUGCCACCAAGCACAGACAAUUAAGAAAACAUCUAUGAUAGUUAUGCUGAUUAUUAUAUUAAAUUUUUACACAGCUUUCUUCAUACGUGUGUGUGUGUGUGUGUGUGUGUGUGUGUGUGUGUGUGUUUAAAAAAAUAAGGUAAAAUUUAAAAUCACAGAUCAUCAGCAUAAAUAUAUCUUGUUUGUCCCUCUCUUCCUCCCAAAGGAGCUCAGGGGUAGCAAACAAUAAAACAAUAAAAAUACCUUUAAAACAAUUCCAGAUACAAACUGGAAAAGAAUCUCUACUUAAAAGGCUUCUUGGAAGAAGGAGGUCUUCAGUAGAAGCUGAAAAGAGGACCACUUAGAUAUUUUUAUGAAAUUGCAAUGAUUACUGUACUGGAAAAUUGAAAUUCUAUUUUUUCUCUCCUCCUCUUCCCCACUUCCUAUAGCAGGAAACUAGAAAUUAUCCAGAAUCCUACCCCCAGUUGCCAAGGGACGAAACUGUGGAGAAUCCACACCUCCAAAAGCAUAUUUUGGAGUUGGCUUCCAUGCUGGAUGUUCGAAAUGUGUUCCUGGAAACCACGCUUGAUGAUUAUUAAAAUGGAAAUACACAUUCUGGCUUUCUUACUGCAAUGGGGUGUUUCCCAGCCACAGAUUUUUGAAAUGGUGCAGUUUUCUAAUGUGAAGAUCCACAAAAGGAAUUUACUUGAUUUUUAUUUUUAAACUUAAUGAUUAUUUUUUUAAACAAAUGGAAUGGCUGUGGGCACGGCUGUUCCAUUCUGUAUGGGGUCAAUUUUAUAAACUAAUCCCUCCUGCAUCUUUUUAAAAAAAUUAAAGACUUAAAGGAAUCCCUUGGGUUUAAAAUUUUGGUUUGUGAUGGUUGAAAACCAGCGACACAUCAUAAAUGAGCCUAAGUAUUUAGGGGGAAAAUGCUAUUGGUCACUUUUCGCCCUUGUAUGUGGAAAUUCUUUAUUUUUGUACGAUUUUUAAAAAUUUGGAAGCAAAAACAAGACACAAACAAACCAAGAAGAAGACCUCUUCUGUCCCCAAAGAUUCUGGAUUUGAAAUGUGAAAAAUGGGAUCACUCAUUGCAAAGCAGCAAUAGCAAUAAUAAAAAGUCUUUCAAAACAAGAUAUGUAUGGCCAACUCAAGAAGGAGCAUCACUUUUGAAGGGAUCGCAGAAAAUGUAGUGUUCCCUACUCCCAUAAAUCCCCUUAUCCAGAUGUUAAAGCUAUGUUGCAUGUUGAUUAAGAAUGCAGGACUUUUAUCCCAUCUCAGCCUGUGAAGGAAUCACCUCCUGACAUAGGAAUCACAUCAAGAGACUGGCCCCCAUCUCUUUAUCGGACCACCCUCCGUGCCUCUUGCAGAGCCAUGACGAUCUUCCUGCCCUGGGAGGAAGGUCAGAACCAGUCAGUUUUUGGGUUCUGAAAGCUCAGAAGGAGACAAUCUGCCUUCCUCCGCCACACAAUGAAGUAUCAUUCCUCAGCUUCUGCCCAGAGACUUGUAUCUAGGGAUGGAAAAUGCCAGCCUCUCUCUCUGCACAUGAACACAUGGCAAGGAACUGCUUCAAACUACCACUGCCACACUUGGACUGUGAAUAAACCCUUAACCUGUUUGUGGUGUUCCCCAGAUCCAAGAGAGCCACUUUUCUUACCCCCCACUCCUACCCAGUCUUUUGUGAUUUGACAACACAAGUUGAUGCUGUGUAGUGGGGGAAAGAUCACUGCCUUGCCUCUGUGGCUGAGCUGCUCAAAAUAAAACCUUGUUUAUAGUUGUGGGAAAGGCACGUCCCUCCCCUCACUGCCUGUGUAAAACAUGAAUCUUCCCUGCCAUAGCUGUGUUUAGAUGAGAAGGUGUGAGGGAACAUACUGACUUUUCAUUUCAGCCCUUAAGUAUUUAUUCUGUCUACAGCAGGUGCAAGGGACUUUUAGCCCACCAGGUGUUGCUGGAUACAACUCCCAUCAGCCUUGGCAAGCAUAUGGCCUUUGGCCAAGGAUGAUGGAAGUUGUAGUCCAGCAGCAAUCUAGAGGGCCAAUCUACAGGAAUCUGAAGGCUGCUGCCAGAGGGCUUUUGCUGGGGUGUCAAGGGGAGGGGAGCAAUGCAAGGGAAGCUAAACUGCCUGAAGGCAGCCUAUCUGUUUUCAACAUAUGUUAGGAAGACACUAGUAUAUAAUUAUAAUUGAAUAGGAAUGCUGCAGCAGAAGGAAAGGGUUGCUGGGGAAGGGUGCUGCUCUCAAAUUGUCCUCAGCACCCAGCUUUUUAAGGCAAGUUGUGGCUCAAGAGGUCUACCCCCACUCCUAUACAACCAUCUUGGAAAAGACCUCAGCGGGGGUUUUUUGCCCACCAAGGAAUAUGUUCAUCUUUGAGUACAGCAACAGGCUUUGAAAGACUUAGAAUGUAAAGAACACAUUCCGUUUCAUUUGAAAAUGGAUACGAAAUCCUGGCAAAAUUACACAGCAUAGGUUUGUGUGUUAAGUGUCUUCCAGAUGGUCCUGGAAGGGCUGCUGAUAAAGACUCCUUUGGUGGUCAUCUUUCAAAUGGGGGCGUGUUGUGGGGAGUUGUUGGCCAGUACAUUCAGGAUUAACCCACCAAACACAGUGAGCACACAUUUCAGGCUUUAUUUUUUUAAGCUUAUUGAGCGUUUUCUGUAAUUCUGCAGUUGUGGGGUAUCUUUGAGAUGUCAAAUAGGAAAAACAAGAGUUUUGUUGUUGCAGCUUGGGUUUCAUGGAGGCCAAGGAGAGAACAAUGGAGUAAGUGUUUCUUUUUCAUCUUUUUCUUCCUGAAUCUGUUUUGUCCGCAUAAAAUAUUGCUUCCUUCGUAUCUCUUCCAGCAGGCUGCCAUGUACGCCAUUGCCCAAAGUAUGAUGCAAUAGCCAACAAGCUGGGCACAACAGCAGAACUGAGAUGCAUUCCAGACUCUGAGAAGGCAAUGCUUGGGAGGUGUAGCGAGAGGUGCCUUAGGUCGGGCAAAAAAAGUGCAAUGGGGCAUGGGCAAGUAGAUACAGAGUUUUUGCAGAGAUGUUGUUCUCUUCCCUGCUCCCCAGUGAGCUUGCUUCUAAAAUGCCUUCAUUUUUGACAGGCAAUUGGAAAGAACAGUUUAAUUGCCAAGUUGUUUCCAUCAAGUUAGGUUUGGUAACUGGCACUGCUGCAUUUUUUCCCUGGGGUGCUCCCAUUUUCCUGAUUUUUUAAAAAGUAAAAUAACAACAGUGUAGGUAAAAGGUGUUUGUUUUAUGUAUUAUAUGCACAGUCUGCUAGCUUGUGGAGGGUGCUUCUUGUAAAUUGUGUGUGUGUGUGUGUGUGUGUGUGUGUGUGUGUGUGUGAUAGCUUGAGAACCAUGUGAAUACAGAUUUUUUUUAAAAAAAUCUAAGCAUAGGUGCUGAGCAGAAUUUUUCUAUUGCAAGAGAGCAUAAUUAAGAGUGCCGUUGCUCAAGACGGUGGUUUCAUGGGUCCAUAAUUCAGAAGCAUAGUUUCAGCAAUGUGAAUUUCUUAUUGGAGGACUUCACUGUCCAAAAACAGAUUAGGGACUUGUGUAGGCCUUAAACUUGGGACAAGUAUUUCAUCUAAUUGUUACUGAACUGUGACCUUGUAAUGUUUGCAAACCAAAGGUUUGUGAUGAUGGACACACACUGACGUCCCUGAAACAUUCUGGUGCCAAUACGUCUCCCUGUACCGCCGAUGUACCUCUGAGUAGUCUUUAAAUGGCAAAUGGUUCUUAGGGGAAAUUUACUAAGAAUAUGGAACACUUGUGUUCAUUUUGGGAGCCAAGGUUUCCAUCAAGGAGAUUCUUCCUUUUCAAGGUCCAAAGGUUUCUCUGGUCACCUGUGGUGAUCAUACGUCAGUUUCCACAGUUGGCUCUGACUUACCUUACUCCAUGUUGCCUCAUUUUAGCUGAAAUAGCUUGUGUCCACAAGCUUGGAAACAAGAUUUCUGUUUUAGAGUUUGCAUUUUGUAUUCUGUUCAAGUUUUGCUUUAACUGUAGAUUUAGGUUAAAACUGGAUCCCAGCCAUACAUAGUCCAGCAUAACAGAUAUGCAAAGUUCAAAUAAUUAAAGGACUAUAUUUUCAAAAGCAAAUAAGGACAGAUAUUACAAUUUUGUUUUAAGAAUAUCCAGUCUACCACAUUGAUGUAAUCUUAUCUUGAUAUUUUCUGCUGCAGCUUCUUUUCUGUAGCAAGCCUGGUGGUUUGCCUGCAAAGAUCUGCAGGCUUGAUAUAGAAUCAAACCAAAUUAAGAGUUGAGGAAGGUAUUUUCUGGCCCUGUUAUGUAUAGGACAAUCAAAUGAAUAGUGAGGGACACCCUUCACUGUACCAACUACACAAAUACAGGAUAUUCCUAUCAUUGUGGCCACAAGGAUGUGGCAAGGAAUGUUUGCUGAAAUCGAAAGCAGGCAACCAUUCUCCUUUUCCAUACCACAUAUUGCUCAAGGAAAUGCUCAAGUGAUCAUGUGAUACUAUUUGGGCUGAUCUCCACAUCAAGCAAAGGGAACAACUCUGCUGGAUGAAGACAUUAUCCAUUUUUGAAAUUAUGCUACUAGCUUUAAAUUUAGAAAAAUAUGAUGGAGAGAUACUGAAAGACCUUACCAGAUGAACUGGUCUUUGUAUCCAGAUCCCCCCCUUUCAUAUAUUCUACAAAAGUACUACAUUCUAUUUGAACAGCUUCUUUUUUAAAAACAACAACCAACAACUUAGAUUUAAGUGGACAAGUAAGUCUGGCAUUGUAGUUUAUGUUUCUAGCUGAAAUUGGGUAAAGAAAAGUUGGCUUCUCUAAUGCCUACAUAGGCACAGGUUGUAAACAGGAACAUUUUGUCUCAGUUUUGCUUGUACAAUCGACUCAGCUUAUGUAGAGAUUAUGUUGCGGGUAUAGCACACAAAGCCAAAAUCAUGUAUAGUAAAAACAAACAAAAAAAAACACACACACAACCCAUUCCUCCUGUACCUCCAAAUGCCAUCCCAAGGCCACCUGUACUCUCCCAAUGCCUCUGAAAACUCUCCCUGCCCCUCUGACCACUCUCUCAAGGUGAGUGCAAUGGCAGGUGGGAUUGCCAACAUAUUUUCCCCCAAACACCUGCCCCCUUUAUGAUUUAUUUUUGGGUUUUUUUGGCCAAGUGCUUAAAACUCUGUGUGCGUAAGUUGUGAGUCAACUGUUUAUUAUGUUGGUGCAGUCAACUAUAAAAUCCAGAAAGACAAAUUAAGGCAGUGAAAAUGCUUUGUCAGAGAUGGGGAAGGUGUGGGAAUCCAGUUGUUGUUGUUGGGCUCCAACUUCCAUCAGCCCCAGCCAACCUGGCCAGUGAUCAUCUGAAGGGCCAAAUGAUCACAGUCAAUAGUUUCAAGGAUUUAAAAGACUCUGGAGACUAUCUGCUGAUUUUCAAUAUGGGCCAAUGCACUAGCUGUUUUUGAGCCAGCAUUGUUGGGUUGAAGUUUCCAGCAACACCUUGUCUAGGAGGAGUAUGUUCUCAGUACAUGGCACAGCUCUUUAUGAAUAUGAAGUAUAGAAUCAGUAUUACAUAAACCACCAAUAUCCCCCCCCCCGGUGGUGUGUUUGUAGAUACACAGAAAUACACCACAGAGCAAAAAAUAUAGGUAGUUCAUGUAAUACUAAACAAGUCCUGAUACUGGAGAGGCGAAACAGUACUGUUGGCCAAAGCAGAGAUGUAAGAAUGAAGAGUCUAGUAAUAAGUCUUCCUUAUCCUGCAGCCUAAGUCUUGGCACUUCUUGAUAUCUCUCUGCCUCUCCUUGAUGACAUUGCUCUGCAUGUGCAGAGCCCACCCUGCAUAGGCGUAGCUAAGGGGGGCAGUGAGGGGCAGCUGCCCCCCAAUCACUAACAAGAAAAAUACAUAUCUGCCCCCCAAAGAAGGUCUGCCCCCCCC